CGUUCCGGGUCCGGACGCUAGCAAAACUACUCCCCGUCCAGGGCCGGUAGUUUUGUUUUGGGGGACUUCUUGGAGGAGCUUCCAAGUGAAGGGAAAUCAAGCAGGAGAAGGAGGACCAGUGUACACCCCCACCCCGACCCAUCCCCACUCCCCAUCACCCCAGCCGGCACCCAACAAGGAGCCGAGAGAGCCGCCAUGUCGACUCAGCAGGCGCCGACUUUCACGCAGCCGCUUCAGAGCGUGGUGGCACUAGAGGGUAGUGCCGCCUCGUUCCAGGCGCAAGUGAGCGGCGAUCCGGUUCCCGAGGUGUCGUGGUUCCGCGAUGGCCAGGUCCUGUCUACUGCCGCCUUGCCCGGCGUUCAUGUCUCGUUCAGCGACGGCCGCGCUGUUCUGAGCAUCGACGCCGCCACGCCCGCGCACGGCGGGAGGUUUUCCGUCCGGGCCACCAACGGAGCAGGACAAGCCACCAGCACCGCCGAACUCCUCGUAACAGCCGAGACGGCGCCACCCAACUUCCUUCAGAGACUUCAGAGCGCCUCGGUGCGGCAGGGCAGCCAGGUCCGACUGAGCGUCCAGGUCACGGGCAUUCCGCCGCCCGUCGUCAAGUUCUACCGCGAGGGCGCCGAGAUCCAGAGCUCGGCCGACUUCCGCAUCGUCCGCGACGGUGACCGCUACAGCCUGCUGAUCGCCGAGGCCUUCCCGGAGGACUCCGGGACCUACUCGGUGACGGCCAGCAACAACAGCGGCCGGGCCACGUCCACCGCCGAGCUGCUGGUCCAAGGAGAAGAAGCCGUCCCUGCCAAGAAAAGCAAGACCGUCGUCCUGGUCGCCACUGCCGGCGGAGCCUCUCAGACGGGAGUCCGCAAGGUGGAGACCGGCUUCCAGAUGCAGGCGGAGAGCGCAAUGAUGACUCAGCAGAGUGCAAUGAUGAGCCAGCAGAGCGCAAUGAUGAGCCAGCAGAGCGCAAUGAUGACUCAGCACCUGGCUCACAGGACCCCACCCAGGGUCCCGCCAAAACCCACAUCCAGAUCGCCGCCCUCCUACCUGAGCAAGGUGACGGGCGGACGCCAGCAGUCCCCGUCGCCCGUCCGCCACGUGAAAGGACCGGCGCCGGCGCCCGUCAGGUCCGUGUCGCCCUCCACCCGAGUGUCCGUGUCCGUGUCUCCCAUCAGACCUGUCAAGUCGCCCGCAUUCACCCGGAAGCAGUUGUUGGUGUCACCCGAGGUGCCGCCGCCCUGGAAACGCGGCGACCACGCGGCCCGCGCAGUGGAGCAACGGCGAGAGCAGCAGACGGUCAUCGUCAGAGAGGUCGAGCAAGCGUCCCAUGCGGGUCGCAGUGUUGCCGUGGCGACGGUGGUGGCCGCCGUGGAUCAGGCCCGCGUCCGCCGGGGGCCGCCGGAUGCCACCGAACAGGCGCAGGCUGGCGAGCAAUUGCAGAUGGCCGCCGCAGAGGCGCUUCACACGGCAGCAGAGCCGGCUCGGCGGGACGCCAUCGUGGUGGAGGUGAAGAAGCAGCUCACCACCGAGAAACAUUUUAAAGAGAUGCCGCCCGAACCCGUCGCAGCUGUCGCAGUCGCCGCCAAGUCCACCGAGACCAAAAAGACCACCAAGACCACCGAGGUCACCGAGACCACGCAGAUUGCGUGGACAGCCUCCGCCUCCCGCACGGACGCCGCCUCGGCCGCGCUUCCGCAUUUCACUGUGGCCAAAGUCGCCGUCCCCAAAGCCGAAGUCACCCGAGAGGUGUCGAUGGCGGGCUCGGCCAUGGCCACCCUGCAGAAAGAGCUAUCGUCCCCCUCCGUGCCCAGAAAGGUCAUCAAGCCCGUCCACUCGCCCAGCCCGGUCCGCCGGGCGAUGGCCGCGGCCACGACGGAGGUUCGCGUGGCGCCCCCCUUCAAAGUUGAGACGCAGGUAGUGGGCCUUUACGCCGAGGAGGAGUUUGAAGACUUGGAGCCUCAGGAGGCGCUGGCGGCGUCCCCGGCUGACCGGCAGGAGGCUGUGGUGCCACCCGCCCUGCUUGAGGGCCUGAAGAACGUGACGGUGACGGAGGGCGAGUCGGCCACGCUGGAGUGCCAGUUCGGCGGGCGGCCGACCCCCGAGGUCACGUGGUUCCGAGAGGACUACAAGAUGGAGAGCUCCAUCGACUUCCAGAUCACCUCGCAGGACGGCCGGGCGCGGCUCCUGAUCCGCGAGGCUUUUGCCGAGGACAGCGGGCGCUUCACCUGCACCGCCACCAGCCGGGCCGGCACCGUCAGCACGUCCUGCUACCUGCUUGUCAAAGUUUCCGAAGAAGCGGAAAGCCGGGAGGAAGCGACGGCCAAGACGACGGUCGUGACUACCGUGACGACAACGGGCGAAACUGUUGCCGCCGAGACCGAGGAGCACGUGUCGGCGGAGGCGAGCGGGGGAGAGGCCGCCGCCGCCCCCUUCUUCGUCCGCAAGCCGAUGGUCCAGAAGCUGGUGGAGGGGGCCUCCGUGGCCUUCUGCUGCCAAGUGGGAGGGAACCCCAGACCGCACGUCGUCUGGAAGAAAAAUGGCGUCGUCCUCUCCACCGGAUACAGAUACAAGGUGACCUACAAUAAAGAGACGGGCGAAAGUCAACUGGAGAUCUCCAUGACGUUCGCCGAUGAUGCCGGAGAAUAUUCCGUCUUUGCCAAGAAUUCGCACGGCGAAGCCUCCGCCUCCAUCAGCCUGCUGGAGGAAGAGGAGUACGAAGCCUACAUGAAGCUGCACCUCGCCGCGUAUAAAACCGAAGUGACGACAAUGAUGACUACGGAGGCGGCGGCGUCGGCGGCGGCCGUCGAGGAACAAGUCGAGUCCACGCUCGUGAGCGGAUACCAGGCGCUCCACAAGAGAGGCGCCCCCCCGAUGAGCUUUGUCUCAGAAACGGAGUUCCUUAUGUCAGCCUUCGAAGAGCGGAUCAUUCAGGAGAUUGAAAUGCGCAUCCUGAGGAUUACUUACGCACAACUGCUUAGUGAGGACGGCGAGCAGAUGGCGAGCGCGCCGGAAGACGGGGCCAUGGCGCCCACCUUCGACACGCUGGUGAAAAACUACCGCAUCGUGGAGGGAAUGGGCGUCACCUUCCACUGCAAGAUGGCCGGCGUGCCGCCGCCCAAGAUUGCUUGGUACAAAGACGGUCAGCGCAUCCGUGACGGCGGACGCUACCAGGUGGAGGUUCUGCAGGACGGCCACGCCAGCUUGCGACUGGCCACCGUUCUGCCCGAGGAUGAGGGCGUGUACACCGCCCUCGGCAGCAACGUGAAGGGAAACUCCGUCAGCUCGGGGAAGCUCUACGUGGAGCCUUCUGGAAUCGUGUCGCCUCAGAGAUACACGCCGCAGCCGGCCAUGCAGAGGAUCCAGUCCGAAUCCCCGCGCUCGCUGAGCCGCUCCCCAGCCCGCUCCUCCAGCCGCUCUCCCAGUCGCUCUCCCGGACGUUCCCCCGCCCGAAGGCUCGACGACACGGACGAGGCUCAGCUGGAGCGACUCUACAAGCCCGUCUUUGUGGUGAAGCCCACCUCGCUCAGGUGCUCCGAGGGGCAAACGGCCAGAUUUGACCUGAAGGUGGUGGGCAGACCCAUGCCGGACACCUACUGGUUCCACAACGGACAACAAAUCAUCAAUGACUACACGCACAAGAUAGUGGUUAAGGAAGACGGCAUUCAGUCCAUGAUCAUCGUCCCCGCCAUGCCCCAGGACUCGGGAGAGUGGACGGUCGUGGCUCACAAUCGAGCCGGGCGCACCACCAUCACGGUGACUCUGACCGUCGAAGCCCGAGAAAGCUUGACGCGUCCUCGGUUCGUGGAGAAGCUGAAGAACAUGACGGUCAAACAGGGCACUCUGGUGGAGUUGGCCGUUAAGGCCAUCGGAAACCCGGUGCCUGACAUCGUGUGGUUGAAGAACAGCGACAUUGUCAGCCCGCACAAGCACCCGCAAAUCAAGAUUGAGGGCACAAAGGGAGAGGCCAAGUUUCAGAUCCCGUCUGCGUCGGGCUCCGACAGCGCGUGGUACACGGCCACGGCCAUCAACCGAGCUGGCCGGGACACCACCCGCUGCAGAGUCAACGUGGAGAUGGACUAUGCUGAGCCGCAGCCCGAGCGGCGUCUCAUCAUCACCAAAGGAACCUACAAGGCCAAAGAGAUCGCCGCCCCCGAGCUGGAGCCCCUGCAUCUCCGCUACGGCCAAGAGCAGUGGGAGGAGGGAGACCUUUACGACAAAGAGAAGCAACAGAAACCGCAGUUCAAGAAGAAGCUGACCUCGGUUCGGAUGAAGAAGUUCGGCCCCGCCCACUUUGAGUGCAGGCUGACCCCCAUCGGCGACCCCACCAUGGCGGUGGAGUGGCUCCACGACGGCAAGCCCCUGGAGGCCGCCAACCGGCUGCGCAUGAUCAACGAAUUUGGCUACUGCAGUCUGGACUACGAGGUGGCGUACGCGCGAGACAGCGGCGUCAUCACCUGCAGAGCCAGCAACAAAUUUGGAGCGGACCAGAACUCGGCCACCCUCAUCGUCAAGGACGAGAAGGGGCUGGUGGAGGAGAGCCAGCUGCCCGAGGGGAGGAAGGGAGCGCACCGGCUGGAAGAGAUGGAGCGCCUGGCUCACGAGGGCGGACCGGCCGGGGUGAGCGCCGCCGACGAGCAGACGGAAAAGACCAAACCCGAGAUCGUCCUGCUUCCCGAGCCGGCGCAAGUGCUGGAGGGCGACGUGGCCCGAUUCCGCUGCAGAGUGACCGGUUACCCUGCGCCCAAGGUCAACUGGUACCUCAACGGACAACUCAUCCGCAAGAGCAAGCGCUACAGACUACGUUACGACGGCAUCUACUACCUGGAGAUCGUUGACAUCAAGUCUUACGACACGGGCGAAGUCCGACUGGUCGCCGAUAACCCUUUGGGAACGACGGAGCAUGUCGUCAAGCUGGAAGUCGCGCAACGGGAGGACUUCAGGCCUGUCCUGCGUCGCGCCCCGGAGGGGAAGCCGGCCGAGCACCCGCACGAGCCCGGUAGAGUCAGCUUCGGCGUCGCCAAGGUGGACCGACCGACCGAGGGCGCGCAAGACAAAGAGAUUGUGAAACUCAGGAAGACGCAGAGGAUCGUUCACGAGAAAACCUCGGAGGAGUCGGAAGAGCUGAAGAGUAAAUUCAAGCGCAGGACGGAGGAAGGCUUCUACGAGUCCAUCUCGGCGGUGGAAUUCAAGACUCGCAGGAGGGACGACUCCUAUGAGGAUUUGCUGAAGAAGACCAAGGAUGAGCUGCUCCACCACCUGAAAGAAAAAGAGGAGGCAGAGAGGAAGAAACUGGAGGAGCAGGGCAAGGUAACCAUCCCCACCAUCAAACCAGAGAGGAUCCAGUUAUCCCCCAGCAUGGAAGCCCCCAAGAUUCUGGAACGCAUUACCAGCAAGACGGUGAGCCCCAUGGACGAGGUGCGCUUCCGACUUCGGGUGGUGGGCCGACCCGAGCCGGAGUGCCAGUGGUUCAAGAACGGCAUCGAGCUGGAGAAGUCCGAGCGCAUCUACUGGUACUGGCCCGAAGACCAUUUGUGCGAGCUCGUCAUCCGAGACGUCACGCCGGAAGACUCGGCCAGCGUCAUGGUCAAAGCGGUCAACAUCGCAGGGGAGGCGUCCAGCCACGCCUUCCUGCUGGUGCAAGCGAAGGCCGCUGUGAGCUUUACCCAAAAUCUGGAGGAUGCCACAGCCCGGGAGAAGGACAUCAUGGUGACCUUUGAGUGCGAAACCAGCGAACCUUUCGUCAAAGUCAAGUGGCUGAAGGACAACGUGGAGAUCUUCUCGGGAGACAAAUACAGAAUGCACUCGGAUCGGAAGGUUCACUUCCUGUCCGUGCUGAUGAUCGAAGUGAGUGACACCGCUGAGUACGCCUGCGUGGUCGCGGACGACGACGGCAUCAGCACCGUCGCCAGACUUCACGUGGAAGGUGCCGCGCUGGAGCUGGUCAAAGGUCUGGCGAACAUCGAGGUUCCCGAGAGCUACUCUGGAGAAUUUGAGGUGGAACUGUCUCGCGAGGACGUCGAGGGCAGCUGGUUCUUCGGAGACAAGGAGCUGUCUGCCGGCAGCAAGCACGUGCUGUCCUCCCGGCGGGGAAGGCACACCCUGACCGUGAAGAACGUCAAGAAGGAGGACCAGGGGAAGUACACCUUUGUAUGCGGGGAAGUGAAGACCAGCGCCUCACUCAGGAUGAUAUUGCGUCCGGUGACCCUCAUGCAACCUCUGUCCGACUUGACCGUCUGCGAGGGCGACAUUGCUCAGCUGGAGGUCAGGUUCUCUCAGGAGAACGUGGAGGGAACCUGGAUGAAGAGCGGCCAGGCCGUGUCCGCCUCGGACCGCGUCCACAUGGUCGUGGACAAAGCCGUCCACAAGCUCCUGGUGGAGAACGCCGGACCGGAAGACGCCGCCUCGUACUCUUUCGAGGUUCCCAGCCAGUUCAUCAGCACCUCCUGCAAACUCAACGUUCAGACCAUCGAAAUCAUGGCGCCUCUCAAAGACGUGUCUUCGGUGGAAGGAACCAAGGCGGUUUUAGAAGCCAAGAUCUCUGCUCAGAACGUGGUCUCGGUCAAAUGGUACCACGAGGACAAGCCGGUGACGGCCGACGACCGCGUGCAGAUCGUGGCCAAAGGCGCCAAGCAGCGACUCGUCUUCAGCAGAACCUUCGCCUCGGAUGAAGGACGCUACAAGCUGCUGGUCGGGAAGGUGUCCACCAGCUGCCGUCUCACCGUGGAAGCGGUUGAAAUUGUCAAACACAUGGAGGACAAAGUGUGCUCAGAGUCCCAAAACGUCACCUUCCAAGUUCAAGUGUCCCACGCUGGUAUCGACCCGGUCUGGACCUUCAGGAACCAGCAGCUUAAACCUGGACCCAAGUACAAGAUGGACUCCAGGGACAAGACUCACUCUCUGACUGUCAUCGACACCAUGAAGGACGAGGAGGGACAGUACGGCUUCCGCGCCGGACAGAAGACAUCCGGUGCAAAUCUCACUGUCUCUGGCGGCGCCAUCACCCGACCUCUGACGGACGUGGCGGUGGCCGAGUCGCAGACGGCAGAACUUGAGUGCCAAGUGGCCAACGCCGAUGCCGAGGGCAAGUGGCUCAAGGAUGGCAAGCCGCUGGACUUGAGCGACAAUGUCAAGAGCGUGGCCAAGGGAGCCAUCCGGCGCCUCGUCAUCGUCAUCGCUCGGCCGCAGGAUGCCGCCGAGUACACCUACCAAGUGGCCAACUCCAAAACCUCGGCCAGUCUACGGGUGGAGGCGGUAAAGAUCAAGAAGACACUCCGCAACCAGACGGUGACGGAGACGCAGGAGGCGCUCUUCACCCUGGAGCUGACGCACGGGGACGUCAAAGGCGCUCAGUGGCUCCGAAACGGCGUGGAGGUCCACGACGGUGACAAGUACGCCGUGAGCUCCCACGGCGGCGUCCACACGCUGCGCGUCCGAUCGUGCCGCCCGCAGGACGAGGACGUCUACUCCUUCAAACUGGGCAAGCUGACGGCCAGCGCUCGCCUCAACGUGGAGACCGUCAAGAUCGUGAAGAAGAUGAAGGACGUGACGUCGCUGGCGGGCACCACGGUCUCGUUCGAGAUGAGCCUGUCGCACGACAACGUCCCGGUGCGCUGGAUGUUCAACGGCACCGAGCUGACGCCCGGCGACUCCUGCAAGAUUCUGGUGGAGCGCAAAGCCCACAAACUGGUUCUGCAGAACGUGGACGCCACCAACCAAGGGGAGUACACGGCUGUGGCGGGACACCUCCAGUGCAGCGCCAAGCUCACCGUGCAAGCUCUUUGUGUGACCAAACCCCUGAAGAGCGUGACGGUGGCCGAGACGCAGCUGGCUACCUUCGAGUGCGAAGUGUCUCACUUCAACGUGCCGUCCACCUGGCUGAAGAACGGCGUGGAGAUCGAGAUGAGCGAGAAGUUCCGUAUCGUGGUGCAGGGCAAGCUCCAUCAGCUGAAGAUCAUGAACACCGGCAGGGCCGACGCGGCCGAGUACACCUUUGUGUGCGGCAACGACCGCGUGUCGGCCACGCUCACCGUCAGCCCUGUGCUGGUCACCUCCAUGCUGAAAGACCUGAACGCUCAGGAGCGGGACACCAUCACCUUUGAGGUCACCGUCAACCACGAGGGCAUCACCUACAAGUGGCUGAAGAACGGCGUGGAGAUCAAGUCAUCCGAGAGGUGCCAGGUUCGAAGCCGGCAGCUGACGCAUUCCCUGACCGUUCGCAAUGUUCAUUUCGGAGACGGCGGCGAGUACCGCUUUGUGGCCGGAUCUGCCGCCAGCGCCGCCAACCUUUUUGUCGAAGCUCGUGUCAUCGAGUUUACCAAGAAAAUCAAAGACAUCAAGAUCACGGAGAAGAAGAAGGCCAUCUUUGAAUGCGAGGUGUCGGAGCCCAACGUCCAGGUGGUGUGGAUGAAGGACGGCCUGGAGCUGGACCCGUCCGAGGAGAGGUUCGUGGUGACGGCCGAGAAGUACGUCCACCGCCUGAUGAUCCAGACGGUGCGCAUGUCGGACGCCGGCCAGUUCUCGGUGGUGGCCGGCUCCAGCGUGUCCAAGGCCCGACUCACCGUGGAAGGACGGGACAUCGGCAUCAGGGAGCCUGCCCGGCGACUCGUCACGGUUCUGGAGAAACACCGUGCCACUUUGGAGUUUGAGGUGAACGAGGAUGAGGUGGAGGGGCGCUGGCUGAGGAACGGCGUGGAGAUCCAGUUUUCGGCCGAGGAGCGCUUCAGCUACGCCGUCAUCAGGAGGCUCCAUCGCCUCACCAUCUCGGAAACCUUCAGGAGCGAUGCCGGCAACUACGUCUUUGUCGCCGGAAAGAACUCCAGCACCGUCACUUUGCAGGUCAACAUCCCGGAAGCACCUCAAAUCUUGCACCACAUGGAGGACCAGUCGGUGGAGGCGGGCAAGCCGGCUCGCUUCUCAGUGGCCGUGAGCGGCAUCCCCGAGCCUCAGGUCUUCUGGUACAAGGACUCGCAGGCGCUGUCUCCGGGCUUCAAGUGCAAGUUCCUGCGUGAUGCCCAAGAGCACACUCUGCUACUCAUUGAGGUUUUUCCAGAGGAUGCCGCCAUCUACAACUGCGAGGCCAAAAAUGACUACGGCGUGGCCACCAGCACUGCCACGCUCACUGUGGAAGUGCCGGAGGCGGCUUCUCCGGACUCGGCUGCCUACGUCGCCCCGCCCGUCGUCGUCUCACCCAUGGCCAGCACCUCCACGUUGGAAGGACGACCGGCUCGCUUCCAGUGCAGAAUUCGGGGAGACGAUGUCAAUAUAAGCUGGUUCCACAAAGACAAAGAGAUCAAGCAGUCAGAAUUCUUCAGGAUGUCUCAGUUUGAUGACUGCUGCCAGCUGGAGAUCUCCAAAGUUUAUGCGGAGGACGAGGGCCAGUACACCUGCGUGGCCACCAAUGGCGGCGGCACCGUGUCCUGCUCCGCCACCCUCAUGCUGGAUGGGCAAAAGCAAUCAGCGGAACCUCCCGCACCGCGGCACGACUCGACCACCCUCAACGCCCCGAGCCAGAAGCCGCCACUCUUUGUGCGGCCGAUUGCGAGCUGCUCGGUGCCGCACGGGGAGGUGGCCCGCUUUCACGCGUGCGUGUCGGGCACUCCCGGCAUGGAGAUAAGCUGGUUCCACAACCGGCAGCCGAUGCCGCCCAGCAAAAACGUGGUGUUUCAUUACGACGAGGCGACAAGCACAGCCACCCUCAUCGUGGUGGAUGCCUUCCCGGAGCACGCGGGCCAGUACACCUGCAGGGCGAGCAACCCCGCAGGAGAGGCCGCAUGCUCGGCCACACUGGUCAUCGCCGAGGCCUGGCAGGAAGAAAAAGUGGCUGUCGAGCGAGAAGAAAUCGAGGCCACCGUUGAGCAGGAGGUGAAAGAACGUUCUAGCACUACUGUCACCACGGUGGAGGAACAAGAGGAGACCUACUAUACUGGUGUCCAGUUGGCUCACAAAUCCAAAACACUUGAACUCAUGCCAGAGCCCAAACGUUACUCUUCUACGAUAGAGAAGAAAAAGGAGAAGCCAGUGUUUCUCAGCCAGCUCACUCCAGUGGCGGUCAGCGCCGGAGAGAGCGCCGUCUUUAGUGUCAAAGUGUCUGGCACGCCCAAGCCCACCAUUCAGUGGUCUCGCGAUGGCAAAGCCAUCAAGAGUUCUUCUGUUUACAAACUGGUGGAGGAGAAGGAGGAGUUUACCUUAAUUCUCACUCGCGUCACGUCGGAGUACGAGGGCGAGUAUUCCUGCACCGCCUCCAACCGCUUUGGCCAUACCACAAGCAGCGCGUACCUGGAGGUGAAAAAGGAGGACCUUAGCCAGGCAGAGAAGUGGGUGGAGAAAAUGUUUCAGUACACAGGUAAACCUCCGGCGUUCACAGUGCGGCUCCAACCCGUGAGCUGCUCGGAAGGGACAGAGGUUCGCUUUGAUUACAAAGUCGGCGGGGAUCCGGUGCCCAAAGUGCAGUGGCUCAAGGGUACUUUUGAGAUCCAGUCAAGCCCCAAGUGUGCCGUUACAGCUAACCCAGACGGCUCUGGCUUCAUUACCAUCAAGGAUGUCAAACAGGAAGACAGCGGCAUGUACACGUGUAAAGCGUCCAACCAGUUUGGGGAGGCGUCGAGUGGAGCGGAGCUGGUCGUGCACAGAGAAUCUCUCAAAAAGCAGGUGGUCCAGAAAAAAGGUUAUAAAGUUUCCAAGACAGAACAAGCUACCGAGUCUCGCUUGUUCCAGGUCAGCCUACCGGGCCAGGACAGGGUCAGCUCUGACCAGAUGGUAUAUACCAUCGGUACUGAAGACCGGCGCGUUAUUCCCAGUGAGCAAGUGGGCGCCCUCACCGAGCUGGAUAUCUCUGCUGCCACCGUUCACCGUGAGAAGGUGACCCAUCAGGCAGCAGUGCUCCAGUCUCUCGAGGUGGAGGAGAGAGUUUCGGAGGCGCCAACCCACCCGGCUCGAGUUUCAGCUGUUUCUCAAAAGCAGCUUCACAUGGCGGCUUUCACAUCAUCUGUUGAGGAGAGUCCGGGCCUCACAGAGCAGCACUGUGAGCGCAUCCUGAGUCCCGAGGUGAUUGAGCUCCAGGCAAGAAGGGAGGAGAGGUCGCAAGUGAUGUCGGCCGUAGCCGAGGAGCUCACCCCUCUUGUUACCGCCAGCACCGAGCCGCUGGCCGACAGAAAGUCCACGUCAAUCCAGCCCAGAUCAGAGCCCAAGCAUCUCGUUAGCGGGCAUCAGGUGGAGUCGCAAAUGGCAGUUAUGAAAGAACAGUCCCAAGAGCUUUCUGGGGCGCAGGAGGAGAAAGGUUACAAGGUGAAAGAGGGGGUCAAAAUCCUGUACUCGGCCCAGUCUACCGAGAAAUAUGCACUUCCAGAGGGUCACGCCGCUGAGCUAGCGACAACCGACUCUGCUGUGACCACUUCUGUCAAGCGAGAGGAACAUCGUCCAGUUAAGGCCACAGUUAGCGAAUCCAAACACACGCUGGCCAAGGAGACGGACUUCUUCAUGCAGACACCGGCAAAGGAGACAGCCCUCCUCAGUAAGGACCGCGUGACCAAAGUGAGUCUAACAGAAGAGGUAAAGCACCCGUUUCGGGCCGAGUCCUCUCAGCAGUUGCCCUCCUUGGACAGCGCCGUAUUCAUUCAGUCCCAAGUAGAAGGGGAGCACCUAUUGCACUUGCAGGUUACCACCGAUCAAGACCUGCUCCCCUCUGAAACCGGUUUCACUUGCGAGAAACCCCACGCAGAGCAGGCGAGGACCAGGACAAGUCCUACCGUCUUGCACUCGGUCAGCCAGGACGAGCAGAGGACAGUGGUUUGCGAGGACACGUCCGUGUUUGAGACCGGGGCGAGUACUGUUGCUGUUAAGCCGAGUAAGGAGUCCCCUACUCUGCUUCACCUCCCGUCAAACCAGUCUGUCGAGGUGCUUCCCAAAGAAGGUGUGCUUGUGACCGAGAAGCCCCAACACCAGACAGCUACACAGAAAGCCGAAAAGGCUCGUAGUCACGCGGCUAUCUCUGAGGAGAAACGCCAGCUGACUGCAGAGCGGCACUCUGAGCUCAGUUUGUCUGUGACUGGAGUUCAGUCUCAGCUUCGAACUGAGCCCAGGCCUCAGAACAUCCUCCAGCUGUCUUUUCAACCCAUGCAACUGCCCAAAGAGACGCCAGUCACAUCUGACGUUAAGGAGCAGAGAGCCUUGGUGCAGAAAGAGGAUCGCUGGAAUGUGAUGCACCUCACCAGCGCAGCUGAGAGUCGGCCGAUAGAGGCGGGACACGCAGAGAGCCUAGGAGCUGUAGACAAAGUCACCUGCAAGAGCACGGUAGAGCCAAAGGUUCCCUCAGAGCCGGUCCAGGUGGAGGAGAAGGAGCGCUGCACUGAGAGCAGUGACAUUCUUGAAGCGGCACAGCAGGACUUUGCGGUCCAGAUCCAGGAAGGCCAAUCAGUCAGGCAGUCGAUAAUAAUGGACGAAAAGCAAAUACUGACGGGGGAGCUCUCUCGAGAGAUCGUCAAGUCCGAGUCGGCUAAAGUCACCGCUACUAAGCAAGCCCAACUGUCUCUGCACGCGUCCGAAUCCAAAGACAGCACAAUUCUUCCCAAAGAGAUGACGUUUGUGCUUCAGAUGCCAAAAGCAUCCAGUGUGAGCGUACGUCGUCAGCUCAGAAAUGCGCUUCAGGCUGCAGUAGCCACUGAGCACGCCGUGUUGUUGGCGGACGUCGUCGGCGGGCUCCAGGCGGCAGAAGUACAGGAAGUCAAAGUUCAGAGAGAACCCAAGCACACAUUGUUUACAUACCUGAUCACAUCAACGGGCACGCCUUUGGAAAUCACUCUGGCUUUCCAGGGCCAAUAUCCUCGCACAGCUGACCUCAGAAGCGAACUUAGGGCAGCGCUCCACUCCAUUGUUCACCAGGAGGCUCACGUUCUGACUUCAGAUCUGCCAGGCACCAUGCAGCUAGACAAACCUCAGCGGGCGCAGGUCUCCUCUGCCCGCUCAAAGCAAGUCAGCUCCUCUGUGGUGCAGACAGUGAGCGUGGCAGAGAGCUCAGUAGACCUUACUGCCGUUGAAUCUCAAGCGGCAGCCCUCAGGACCGAGUCCAAAAUGGCGGUGGAGUGCGCCUCGGCUGAACAGCGGGUCGUAGUCCAGGAAUCCAGGGAAGCGAGGGUGGCGCAGUCCAUUUCAUCGCGGGUCCAAGUUUCCACUGAGGCUCAGGUGGCUUUUGAGCAGUCGGUGGUGGUGUCCAGAAAGGAGGUGAAGAGCCAACACAAAGCUGAAGGGACUGCGGCGCUUGCCCCCUCUGAACCGACUCGGGGUGUCACGGAGGAGAGAAUGGAGCAGUUGGUCAAAGAGGAGAUUUCAGUGGCCAGGCCAGAACAGAGAGAACGUCCCCUUAUAGUCGCUCCUCUGCAAGAUGCAACAGCUGAGGAAGACGCUGACGUGACAUUUAGUGUCAGCAUCAAGUAUGUCACCCGAGUGAACUGGUUCUUCAAUGGGCAAUCGGUGCAUUCUGGCAAUGAGUUCAAGUGUUUGACGGAGCUCGACACGCACUCGCUGGUUAUCAGAAAAGUUGUCAAGGAGAGACACCAAGGAGAAUAUGUUUGUGAGGCUGAGAAUGAAGCCGGACGAGCGACAACGUCUUCCAGACUCACAGUGGUCUCAAGAGUGCCGCCCAUCUUUAGGCAGAGAAUCACCCCUCUGGAGAUAAACGUCGGCAGCCACGCCAGGUUUGAGUGCGAGAUCGAGGAGGCCCCGAGUGUGACCUUCAAGUGGUACAAGUCCGGUGUGGAGAUCAAACCGAGCGACAAGUACCGCAUCGUCAGCCAGCACAGCGGGUCUUCCCUGGAAGUCUUGAACCCCGCUAAAGCUGACAGUGGAGAAUUCAGCUGCAAGGCCACCAACCAGUUUGGUGUCGCCAGCUGCGGAGCCUCUCUGGCAGUCACUGAAAUGUACCCGCCGCUUUUUGUAUCAAAACCAGAGCCAGUGACAUCCUAUAUGGGAAAAACGGCCGUGUUCCAGUGCUCGCUCACUGGCUCGGCGCCGAUAGAGGUGGUCUGGCACAAAGACAACAUAGCCCUCUCACCGUCAGGGCACUACGGCAUGAGGUGCGAGAAGAACAAGUACUCCCUGCACAUCUCCAAUCUUGAGCCCAGCCACCAGGGAGUGUACUUGUGCAAGGCGUCCAACAGCGCUGGCGCUGCUACUUUUAGCACAGAGCUCAAAGUCAUCAGCAAGCCCAAAUUCGUUAAGAACUUCGAGCCAGUGUCCGCCGCCGUUAACCAGAUGCUGAGGCUGGAGUGCCAGGUGGACGAGGACACUGGUGUGACAGUCACCUGGAGCCGGGACGGUAAGAAGGUCCACCAGAGCCUGGAGUGUAAGCAGUCCUUUGAUGACAGGGAGGCGGUUCUCGAAAUUGCCAAGUCCAAAGUGAAGGACUCUGGUGUGUACGUGUGCACGGCCUCCAACGAGGCCGGGCGCUCCUCCUGCGAGGCUCUGGUGACGGUUCAAGAGCCUCCGAGCUUUGUGAAGAAAAUGGACCCAAGUAUCACGUGGAAGCAGGGAAUAGCUGCUCGCUUGCAUUGCACCAUCAAAGGUUCCCCAGAGCUCCGCAUCCACUGGUUCUGGAAUGAUCGAGAGCUGGGCUCUGGAGACAAACACAAAAUGUCUUUCGCAAACGGCACAGCCACUUUGGAGAUCAUGGACCUUCUUGUCACCGACAGUGGUCGCUACACCUGCGAGGUGUCAAACGAUGCCGGCAGCGAAAGCUGCAGCGCGGCCGUGGCUGUCAAAGAGCCACCGUCCAUUAAGAAAGCACUGCAGACAGUGGAGGCAGUAAAGGGCGCCAGCGCUCUGCUGGAGUGUGAAGUCGCGGGAAGCCCUCCCUUUGAGAUCACUUGGUCCAAAAAUAAGAAGACCAUCAGUAGUGACCACAAGUACAAGGUCAUCUCCCAAGAGCCCAUGUUGAGGCUGGAGAUCCAGCCCUUUGAAAGUACAGAUAUGGGAGAAUAUCAGUGCGUCAUAUCCAACAAUGUGGGGAAAGUCACCACCAAGGGCGUAGCCAAACUUAAAGAGCCACCGACCUUCGCAAAGAGGGCGGAAAGCGUCACGGCGGUGUUGGGAAACACAGUGAAGCUCCAGGGAACCGUGAAGGGUUCGUCUCCCGUCACGGUCAAGUGGAUGAAGGACUCUGAAAUACUGAGGGACGACGAUCCAAACAUCACUAUGACGUUUGAGAACAAUGUAGCCAUCUUGUCCAUAGCCGUGGUGGCCACCGGCCACGCCGGCAAAUACCUGUGCCAUGCCGAGAACGAAGCUGGGCAACAGAAAUGUGAAGCUGCCCUCACAGUCCAUGAACCCGCUCGAAUUGUAGAACCGGCAGAGUCCAUCAGCGUGACGGCAGGCGAUUCGGCCACGCUGGAGUGCACUGUCUCGGGAAGCCCGGACCUCAAAGUCAAAUGGUUCCGUGACGACAAGGAGAUGAUCAGCGGGCGCAAGUACAAAAUGAGCCAGAAGGACAACGUGGUUUCCUUGAAGAUCCUCAAAGCAGAAAAAGCCGAUACGUCAGUGUACAAGAUGGAGGUCACCAAUAAAGUCGGGAAAGACCAGUGCACGUGCUCGGUGACAGUUCUAGACCGUAUAAUGCCUCCAGCCUUCACCAAGUUCCUAAAACGGGUCGACGGUAACAUUGGCAGCGACAUCUCACUGGAGUGUAAGGUGUCUGGGUCCCAACCCAUCACCAUCGCUUGGUUCAAAGAUGAACAGGAAAUUGAGUCCGGAGCCAAAUUCCUGUCGGACUUCAAGGAGAGCUCUGCCUCGCUAACCGUCAGACAGCUGGAAAAAGCUGACUCCGGAGUCUAUAAAUGCAGAGCCACCAAUCCAGCCGGCGAGAAAGAAACCAGCGGCAUACUUUAUGUCAAAGAGCCGCCGCUAUUCACAGUGACACCCGAGGACCGGGACGUUAUCCCUGGAACUACCGUGUGCCUUCAGACCGCUUUUACUGGAACCCCUCCGCUGUCUGUCAAGUGGUUCAGAGAGGAUCGGGAAAUGAUCAGCGGAGGCUCUUGUUUCAUCAAGAAAGAAGCCUCCGUGAGCACUCUGGAGCUUUCCUCCGUCAAACCCGGCGACUCGGCCAAAUAUACGUGCCAGGUGUCCAAUGACGCCGGCAAGGUGGACUGCACUGCGGUGGUUUUUGUCAAAGAACCUCCCGUCUUUGUGAUGAAGCCCGAGGCCACCGCGCUGGUGGUCAGCGGCAACUCGGUCAAGUUGCAGUGCAAAGUGACGGGCAGUCCUGUCAUAGGUUUCAGGUGGCUGAAGGAUGGCAUGGAGAUGAGCCACAGUCCCAAGUACACAUUGACCUCGGUAGAUUUGGUGGCCUCUCUGGAGAUAGUCGAGUGCACUGUUGAUGACAGUGGAAAUUACGUGUGCAUGGCUACCAGUGAGGCUGGCAGCGACUCUUGCAGUAGCACAGUCACAGUCAAAGAGCCCCCGGCGUUUGCUCGUUUCAUGGACCCCAAAGAUGCGGUGAAGGGGUCUGAGAUGAUGCUGGAGGCCCAAGUGUCCGGUUCGGCCCCAUUCGCGGUGUCGUUUUACAAAAACACAAAGCUGGUGAGGAACGAUAAGAAACACAGGAUCACGGUGAAGGAGGACCUGGUGGCCCUCCAGGUGCUGGCUUUGGAAGAGGGAGACGUGGGCUUGUACCAGUGUAGAGUGGAGAACGAAGUGGGGAAGGCCACUUGCGAAUGUCGAGUCACUCUCAAAGAGCCUCCUUCGUUUGUCCAAAAGCUGGAGAGCGUGAGUGCCUUGGCAGGAAGCGAGGUGUCCUUGCGAUGCACCCUGAAGGGCUCGGAGCCCAUGACCGUCACCUGGUUCAAAGACAACUACGAGCUGAAAGAGGCCGAAAACAUUCAGAUUUUGUACAAGGACCGGACGGCCCUGCUGCACAUCACCAAGAUUGACAGCAAGCAUGGCGGCAAAUUCUCGUGCCAUGCUCAGAAUCAGGCGGGGAGCCAGACCUGCUCUGCCGUUCUGACCGUAAAAGAACCGGCUAAGGUCACCGAGGAGGCCAAGUCCAUCAGUGUGACUCAGGGAGACCUGGCCACCUUGGCAGCCAGGUUCUCGGGCACCAAGCCCCUUAAGGUGCGCUGGCUAAAGGCCGGCAAUGAACUGGUCUCCGGCCAGCGGUACAAAGUACAAAGCACCGACUCCGGCUCUGUGCUAAAAAUCAAUAAAACCGAUAAAAGUGACGACGGGGACUACACCUUUGAGGUUUCAAACGAUGUAGGGAGCAGUUCUUGCAAGGCGAAGCUCACCAUUUUGGAUCAAAUCCUUGCGCCGACAUUCACGAGGAAGCUGAAGCAAAUCGAAGGUAUCAAAGGCUCCUUCGCGCAUCUCGAAUGCGUCGUCUCUGGCUCACUGCCGCUCAGCAUCCAGUGGUACAAAGACGAAAAGCAGAUCCAGACGGACGACAAACACAAGUGCACCUUCUUUGAGAAUGUCGCUUUCCUGGAAAUCUCCGACCUGGACAGCAACGAUAGUGGCAGCUAUGCCUGCAUCGCUAAGAACAAGGCGGGAAGCGCUCAGUGCUCGGGCACCUUGUUUGUCAAAGAGCCUCCCUGCAUUAUCGAACCACCAGAAUCAAUGAACGUUCUGCCUGGCUCAAAGGUCCAUUUCAGCGCUUUGGUCUCAGGCACGCCGCCGCUGACCAUAAAAUGGUUUAAGAACCAGAAAGAGAUCUUGUCCAGCUCCGACUGCCUGGUAACAAAGGACAACACCUCCACUUCUUUGGAGCUCUUCUUUGCCAAAACCUCAGACUCCGGCGACUACGUCUGCGAGGUUCACAACGAUGUCGGCACCGUCUCCUGCCAAGCCACACUCUUCGUCAAAGAACCGCCGAAAUUCACGCGUACGCCAGCGCGCUUGUCUGUGAUCCGACCGGGUCAGAGUCAAGUCUUUGAGUGCCAAGUGAGCGGCACUCCCGAGAUAGACAUCUACUGGUUCAGGGAGGGUUCCGAGAUCAGCCCCGACAUUCGCCACAAGAUGACCUUUGUCAACUCCUUGGCCACCCUGGAGUUGUGCGGAACCGACGUCAAAGACAGCGGGACCUACUUCUGCGAAGCUCGCAAUGAAGCGGGAAGCGAGAGCUGCAGUAUGGAACUGCAGGUUAAAGAGCCGCCCGUGUUUGUACGAGAGCUGAUGCCCGCUAGCGUUGUGACAGGCAGCGGCGCCUGGCUAAACUGUCAACUGGCCGGCACCGCCCCCUUUGACAUCACGUGGCACAAAGACGGCAAGGAGCUGAAGGCCAGCGCUAAACACGGCCUCUCCCUGCUCAAUGACACGGUGGGCCUGGAGGUGAACAGAUGUGACACGGGCGAUGUUGGCGAAUACCAGUGUACCGUAGCCAACGAGGUGGGAAGCUGUAGUUGUAAGGCCGUACUGAGCCUCAAAGAACCACCGACAUUUACAAAGAGAAUGGAAAACGCCACCUGUGUUCUGGGUAAGAAGGUGGUCUUUGAGUGCUCAGUGGGCGGCUCCCCAACCAUUUCUGUACAAUGGCAAAAGGACGGCAACUGGAUUUUGGAAGAUCCAAACAUAGAGAGAACUUUUGAGAACCAUUUGGCUACACUCAGGAUCCUUGCCUGUGAAGCAGGUCACAGCGGCUCUUACACUUGCCAGGCCAUGAAUGACGCCGGCCAGGAUAAGUGUGUGGCCACCCUGGCGGUCCAAGAACCUCCUCAGAUCUCCGAGAAACCCCAGGUGGUGAGGGUGACGGCCGGAGACCCGGUCAGUCUGGACUGUAAGGUAACGGGCUCGGCAGAGCUCAAAGUGCGUUGGCUGAAAGAGGGCAAGGAGCUGCAGUCCAUCAGGCAGCACAAGCUGAGCUUUGAGAACAACAUCAGCAACCUGAAGAUUCAGUCAGCGCAGAGAGAGGACGAAGGCGACUAUGUCUUUGAAGUGUCCAACCACAUCAGUAGCUGCAGUUGCACUGUCCAAGUGGUUGUCUCAGAACAAGUCAUCCCGCCGAGCUUCAUCCAACCCCUCAGAGACAUGCAAGAGAUUUUGGGCUCUUUUGUUCAGAUGGUUUGCAAGAUAUCUGGGUCCAUUCCCGUCUCUGUAGAAUGGCAGAAAGACGGCAGAAAGAUCUCCAGCGGGGUUAAGCACAAGCUGAUUCAGCAAGACAACUCUGUGUGCGUGGAGAUUGAGCACUUAGAGAUUUCAGAUGCAGGUUCUUACUCCUGCAAACUCAGCAACUCCGCAGGAAGCUGCCAGUGCACCGCAAGCCUGAGAGUCAAAGAACCGCCCACCUUUGUCACCAUGCCAGAGUCCCAGGCCACCAUACCCAAUGCCACGGUGCGUUUCAAAGGAAGUUUCAAGGGGACACCACCCUUCAGUAUCAAGUGGUUCAAGGAUGAUUUGGAGCUGAUGACAGGGCCCGCAUGUCUCAUGGGGCUGGAGGGGCUCUCCUGCUUCCUGGAGCUCUACUCUGUGGGUGUCACCCAGAGCGGCGUCUACUCAUGCCAAGUCAGCAACGAUGCCGGCUCCGUGCGAUCCAGCGCAGACUUGACAGUCAAAGAACCACCCGAGUUUGUGCUGAAACUCCCAGCCAGUAAGUGUGUGAAGCGGGGCGAGCCACUCCGCCUGGAGUGUAGGGUCACCGGUACCGGACCCAUCAAGGUGACCUGGUACAAGCAGGACACCAAGCUGAUGGACGGCGGCAACUUCAGCAUCUUGUUUGUCGGCUCAGUGGCCACCCUGGAGCUGCACACGUCUGCCUUCGACGAUGACGGCGUUUACACGUGCGAGGCUUUUAGCGACGCCGGCAGUGUCAGCUGUAGCACCACGCUUACUGUGAAAGACCCGCCAUCAUUCAUUCGAGUACCUGAACCGGUAGAAGGGCUGAAAGGGAAGGAUGUGAGUCUGUACUUCGAGAUGAGCGGCACAGCCCCCUUCCAGACUGUCUGGUUCAAGGAGGGCAAGCCUCUGAUGGAGAACAGAAAGUACAAGAUGUUGAGUGAGGGCUGCUCGGCCACGCUGCACAUCAUGGAGAUUGAACCAGCUGACGCCGGGCGCUACGAGUGCAAGGCAUCAAACCCUGUAGGCAGCGACACCGGCCAGGCGUCAGUUAAACUCAGAGAGCCUCCGUCCUUCGUGGAGAAACUGUCCAAUGCGACAGUGGUUCUGGGACAAGAGGUGAGCCUCGUGGCCACCGUCAGAGGCUCUGAACCAAUCGCCGUGUCCUGGCUUCUGGGCAAGGACCAUAUUCUCCGGGACGGCGACAACAGAAAAAUCAGUUUUGAGAACCAGCGAGUGUGUCUCAAAGUUUUUGCGGCUGAUGCGACUGCAGCGGGCCGGUACACGUGCCAGCUGUGCAAUGACGCUGGGAGCACAGAGUGCUUUGCAAACUUGACAGUUUUAGAACCUGCCAAGAUCGUGGAUAAGCCUGACGCUCUGAGCGUGACAGCCGGCGACAUCGCUGCCCUGGAAGUCAAAGUGUGCGGCACCCCAGAGCUGGUGCCCAAGUGGUUCAAGGAUGGAAUGGAGCUGGCCUCUGGCAGGAAGUACAACAUUUCCUUUUCCCGCAUGAUCUCCAGCCUGAACGUGCUGGCAGCGGAGAAACUGGAUUCCGGAGACUACACCUUUCAAAUUACCAACGAGGUCGGGAAGGACCUGAGCAAAAUUAAUCUCACUGUCUUAGACAAAACCAUCCCGCCUUCUUUCACGAGAAAACUCAAGGACUGCAACACGGUGGUGGGCCAAAGCGCCGAGAUGGAGUGUAAGGUGUCGGGUUCGACCCCUUUCACCAUUUCCUGGUACCGAGAUGAUGAGGAACUUCACAGUGGGCCCGCCUACGGCAUCUCCUUCGGCGACAACAACUGCACCCUGAGGCUACCGAGCCUCAAGCUGUCCGACUCGGGACGAUACAGGUGUAAGGCGAUCAAUGAAGCGGGAUCCAGCGAAACCAGUGCCACCUUGGACGUCAAAGAGCCGCCGUCUUUCGCGGUUCCGCCGCAGCCGGUCGAGGCGACACCGGGCUCGGACGUUAUCUUCUCGGCCAUCGUAAAGGGCAGCGUCCCCCUCAGGGUGAAGUGGUUCAGGGGUGCCAAGGAGCUGGAGGCCGGGCGGGACUGCGACUUCUCGCUGAAGGACAACCAGGUCCUCAUGCAACUCUCCCGGGUGGAUAGGAGUCACGCCGGAGAGUACACGUGCCAGGUCAUCAACAACGUGGGCAAGGACAGCUGCUCCGUCAACCUGCUGCUCAAAGAGCCAGCUUUGUUCGUGAAGAAGCUGAAGGAUGUGUCUGCGGAGAAAGGUAAAUCUCUGAGGCUGGAGUGUACGUACUCAGGUACGCCCGAGAUCUCGGUGAGCUGGUUCAAGGACGAGCAACCGGUGUUUGCGUCGUACAAAUACAACCUGAGCACUACGGAGAGCGCCUGCAUCCUGGAAUGUCUGAGCACAGACAACAAGGAUGUCGCCGGAAAGUACACCUGCCGCGUGGCCAACGAUGCCGGCAAAGAUGAAUGCGAGGCCACCGUCACCGUCCUGGAGCCGCCGUACUUCCUGGAGCCCCUGGAGUCCAUGGAGGUCACGUCCGGCGACCCCGUCUGCCUCAAAUGUCACGUGGCGGGCACCCCAGAGAUCAAAGUGUCCUGGUUUAAGGGCGAUGGCAAAGUGCGCUCCAGCGCCGCCUGCAGACUGGAGUACAGCAAAGGCGUGGCCUGCCUCAAACUCAGCAAAGCCACCAAGGUCGACAUGGGCGAGUACACCUGCAAGGCCGAGAGCAAGAUCGGGAUGGCCGCCUCCACGUGUCGCCUCAGCGUGCAAGAGGCUAAGACUCCGCCGAGCUUCCCCAAGAAGAUUGUGAGCCUCCAGCAAACCUUGGGAUCUACGGUCUAUUUCGAGUGCCGCGUGGCCGGCUCAUCCCCUCUGGACGUUGCUUGGCUGAAGGAUGGCGAGCCGGUGCAGGACGAGGAUGACUUUACGGUGCUCUACCACGACAACACAGCCAUGCUUACCAUUAACCGCAGCCAUAUGAGGCACGCCGGGGAAUACGCCUGCGUGGCCACCAACAGUGUUGGCUCCGCAUCGUGCAGAGCUAAGCUCACCCUGCAAGAGCCGCGGUAUCCACCAGUCUUUGACAGGAAGUUGUCGGCGACGCAGGCUGUGAUGGUGGGUGAUGGCGUAGAGCUGGAGUGUCACCUGACUGGCUCGACACCCAUGAAGGUGACCUGGUCUAAGGACCACAAGGACAUCCGGAGUGGCGGGAACUACAGGAUCCGCAUGGAGGAUAACACCGCCCAGCUCAUUAUCCUCAAGACCGACAAAGCAGACACGGGAAGAUACUCCUGCCAUGCUGCCAACGAUGUCGGGAAGGACUCCUGCUUCUGUGAUGUCACAGUCAAAGAGCGUAAGAACCCUCCAAUAUUCACCAAAAAGCCAUCUGAGGAAUUGGAGGACACUGAGGGUCGCCUGGUCAAGAUGGAGGCUCGGGUGUCUGGAUCCCAGCCCAUGUCCGUACUUUGGCUUAAGGACGGCGCCGGCAUCUCAGACUCUGACGAUUACGACUUGAGCUUUAAGAGCAACGUGGCUGUGCUAUGCAUCAAGAAGAGCCGACGUGAGCACAGCGGAAAAUAUAGCUGCCAAGCGACCAAUGAGGCAGGAAAGGCGGAGUGUGGCGUCACCCUUAAAAUCUCAGAGGGAAAGUCCGCCCCAGUGUUUGACGUACCACUGAAGGCCAUGUCCGUGUCUGAGGGAGAGCGUCUGAGUCUGCGCUGCCACGUCCGCGGCUCACCUCCUCUCCGGAUCCAAUGGAUGAAAGACCGAAAAGAAGUGGCGCUGUCCGCGACCUGUCGCGUCACCUUCUCCGACGGGACGGCCUGCUUAGAGAUCGGCGCGGCGACCCGUCAUGACGCCGCCGACUACAUCUGCAAGGCUACGAAUGACGCUGGCAGCGAGCUGUGCCGCGCUAAAGUCACCGUCAAGGAAAAAGAAGCCGCGCCUACUGACCUGGCUGCUGAGGUUGCUGCCGCCAAGAAGCUGGAGCAGCUCUUCUUCAUCCAGGAGCCCAAGGGCAUGCACGUCACUGAGAAGGACACGGCCACCUUCAUUGCCAAGGUGGGCGGGGAGCCCAUCCCCAGCGUCAAGUGGAUGAAGGGCAAGUGGAGGCAGCUGACCCAGGGCGGCCGCAUCUCCAUCGAGCAGAAGGGUCGGGAGUCCAAACUGGAGAUCCGGGAGGUGACCAAGUCUGAUUCGGGCCAGUACCGCUGCGUGGCCUCCAACAAGCAUGGCGAGAUCGAGUGCCCCGCCGACCUCCACGUAGAUGAGAAAAAGACGGCCGCCCAGCUCGAGGGAGACCUGAGAGCUAAGCUCAAGAAAACGCCGUCCAAGCAGAAGAGUCCCGAGGCGGAGCAGGACAUCGACAUUGUCGAGCUGCUGAGAAACGUGGACCCCAAGGAGUACGAGAAAUAUGCCCGCAUGUACGGCAUCACCGACUACCGGGGUCUCCUCCAGGCCAUUGAGCAGCUCAAGCAAGAGAAGGCUGAAGAAUCUGGUCGACAAGAAAUUGAGCGUGGACCCAGGGAGGACGAGGACAUGGCCAGGCUGGUGGCCGACCUGCAGAAGAGGAUGGAGCGCACAGAGCCCGUAACCGUGGUGAAAGACGUCUGCGACCAGUCUGUUCUCGUUGACGAGGAGGCUCUGUUUGAAUGUGAGGUGAAAAUCAACUACCCCGAAAUCAUGCUGUCCUGGUACAAGGGCACCCAGAAAUUGGACACCGACGACAAGUACCACAUCAGCGUGAGUGGAGAGUGCCACCUCCUGAAAAUUAAGGGGUGCCAACUCGCAGACCAGGGCAACUACCGGGUGGUGUGCGGACCUCAUAUUUCCAGCGCCAAGCUCAACGUCACUGAGGCUGUGGUGGAGACACACCUUCAGGACAUGUCGGGGAAGGAAGGCCAGUCAUGUACGUUGACUUGUCAGUUGUCCAUCCCCAAUGUGGAAGUGCAGUGGUUUAAGAAUGGCCGGCUGUUAGACACCAAGGGUGGCAGGUUCAAGUCCGAAUUCAAACACAAGCUGCAGAAGCUUCAUAUCAAAGACUUGAAGCCCGAAGACCAGGGCCGGUACACCUGCAGGUACCUGAACCUGCAGUCCUCUUCGGACCUUUGGGUCGAAGCUGAGCAAAUUCAUUUCACCAAACGCAUCCACAACGUGGAGGUGAACGAGCGUCAGGCUGCCACCUUUGAGUGCGAGGUGUCCUUUGACAACGCGGUGGUGUCCUGGUACAAGGACACCUGGGAGCUGAGAGAAAGCCCCAAGUACAACUUCCGCAGUGAGGGCCGGAGACAUUUCAUGGUCAUCCGAAAUGUGAGCGUCGAGGAUGAAGGCGUGUACUCGGUGAUUGUGAGGUUGGAGCCCCGGGGCGAAGCUAAGAGCAGCGCCGAGCUCUAUUUGUCUGGCAAAGAGAUCCAAUUAGCCACGGUUCCCUUUGAUGUGCAAGACGUUUCUGUGGAGAAGCCUGAAGCACCUUCAUCGGUGGACAUCGAAGUUAGUGUUCAAGAGGCAAUGGAAAGACAGAAAGUGGAAGUGAGAGAGGAAGUGCUUUCCAAAGUGGCCAAAGUCCGGGAGGAACAAGAAGUGGAGCUGGCAGCAGAGGAGGAAGAAGCAGUGCGCCUGCAAGUGACCAAAGUGGCAGAAGAAGUUCGAAUGGAGAAGAAGAAGAAAGUCGUCAGCCCGGUCGAAGAAGCCGAGGCAGUCGCAGAGCCCCCGACACCAAAGAAGCCGGAGCCAAAGAAAGACGAGCCCAAGCCUCCAGCACUGGCAGAGCCUAAAAAGGUUCCACCUGAAGUCGAACCGGUGGUGAAGCUUGAGCUGGAGCCCGAGCCCAAAGUCAAGCAAGUGGCAAAGCCCGAGCAGGAGCCUAAAGUCAAGCAGGUGGCAAAGCCUGAACCCGAGCCUGAACCAAAGCUUAAAGUCAAACCGGCGGUGAAGCCCAAAGCGGAGCUUGAGCCCGAGCUUGAACCAAAGCUUAAACUCAAACCGGCGGUGAAGCCCAAACCGGAGCCUGAGCCCGAGCCGGCGCCCAAACUCAAGCCGGUGGUGAAGCCCAAGCAGGAGCUCGAGCCGGAUCCCAAGGUCAAACUGGCAGAUCCCAAACUCAAGCCGGUUGCAAAGCCUGAGCCAGAGCCCAAACUCAAGCCGGUUGCAAAGCCUGAGCCAGAGCCCAAACUCAAGCCGGUUGCAAAGCCUGAGCCAGAACCGGAGGGCAAGCCUGUGCUGUUGAAAAAGCCGACCGCACCGUCACCCAAAGUCUCCGAGGAGCCAAAACCAGAACCUGUUCAGAUCAAGUCCAAACCUGAAGUGGGAAAAGCAGAGCCAGUGGUGGUGCCCGAACCAGCGCCUGUAGCAGUAUCUAAACCAGCCAAAGCAGAGCCUGUCGUGGAGCCCAAAGCACUCGCACCAGUGCCUGCGGUAGAAACUGGACCUCCUAAACCUGAGCCUGUAGUGGCAUCCAAACCAGAGCCCUUGGAGAUACCUCAAGUGCCUAAAGUGAAGCCCGUGGAGGCACCAAAACCCUCCAAAGUGGAGCCUGUGUUGAAAAAAGCUCAAGUAGCAGAGCCCACGGUGACCAAAGUAGAACCGCCAAAGGCCAAAGAACCAAGGGAACCUUCCACAAAAGUGCCAGAGAAGCCAGCGAAGAAGGAGGCUGCUGCAGAGCUUCAGAAGCCCUCCAGAGAAGAAGAAACACUCAAGAAGGUCACCCGAGUUCCUGUGGCAGAGAAGAUAGUAGAUGAACCGAAAGCGACCAAGAAAGCUGAGACUGCUGCGCUUCCUCCCAAAGGAGAGCCGGCAGAACUACAAAGAGCUGGGAAAGCUGACCUCUUGCUCCGAGACCGGCACGCGCAGUAUGGACAACCUCAGAAGAUGCCCUGUGAGGUUGUCGUUCCACCAGACUCUCUCCAGGAAACAACCGGGGAGAAAAUACUAGAGAAAACCCCAGAUAAAGCUGAGAAUGGGCCAGAAAAGGUGGCAAAGAUGCUUCCUGACAAGGCUGACAAUAUACCUGAGACGUUUGGUGAUGAACCUCACAAAGCACCAGGAAAAAAGCUUGCUGGUGUACCAGAGAAAGAAUCAGAGAGCCUUCACCAUCAAGCUGAGAAAAUAGCCCAGAAGACUCUUGGUGAGGCUGAUGAAGUACCAGAGAAGUUGAAUGGUAAACCCGAUGCACUGCACGGGAAACUUUCUGGUACAGCUGAAAAAGUACCCGAGAGGCUUCUCGAUACAUGUGAAGAGAAAGUAUCUGCGGCCAUUCGUGAUGAAGACCCAGACAAAGCAUCUGAGAGGCUUUGCGAUGAACCUAAGAAAGUAGCGGAAAACGAGGCAGGUACGCUUCUUAGUAUGACCCAUGAAGCAGCGCCCAAGCUUCACCAUACGCCUGAUCAAGUGCCAAGGAAGCUUCCUGCUAUACCAGAGAAUGGAGCAAAGCUGCUUGGGAAGCCCCAUGAAGUAGUGCUCAAAGUAGCAGGAAAUCUCUUGGAUAAAACUGAGGAAUUUCGAGGGCAGCAUCCUGGUGUACCAGAGAGGCUUUGGCAGAAACCCCAUCCUAUCCCAGAAAAGCUUCAUGAUAAACCUGAGAACCGUCAUGUAAAAUGUCCCCAUAAGCAACCUAAGAAAGUACAAGAGAAACGCCAAGAUAAAGCUGAGAGUCCUCCCAAGAAAACACUCGAGAAAGCAGAUGAAGUACCAGAGAAGCUUUACGAAGCUCCCGAGAAAGUACCGGACGAGCUUCCCGAUAAACCGCGUGACACCGUCGCAGAGCGCCUUUCUGAAACGACAGGUGCGAAAGUACCAGAGAGGUUCCCUGUAUCGGAGAACCUCUCUGAUAAACCGCGCGCCAAAGUGCCGCCGACAAUUCUUGAGAAAAUACCAGAGAAGCUUCGUGACAAACCACAUGAGAAAAUAACUGUACAGAAAGCCCCGGAGAGACGACACGACAAACCCGCAACACCGCGAGACAAGAGCCUACCGGAGAAGCCUCCUGAUAGCGUACCGGAGAAGCUUCAUUAUAAACUCCGUGAGAACAUGCCCGAGGAACCUUCUGAGGAAACACGAGAAAUAGUGGCAGCGAAGCUUGAUGAUAAGUCACUCCAGAAACUAGUAGUAACAUUUCACGAUAAACCUGAGAAAAUACCAGGGAAGGUUCCUGAGAAAAUACCAGAGAAGCUUCCUGAGAAAAUACCAGAGAAGCUUCCUGAGAAAAUAUCAGAGAAGCUUCCUGAGAAAAUACCAGAGAAGCUUCCUGAGAAAAUACCAGAGAAGCCUCCUGAGCAAAUACCAGAGAAGCUUCCUGAGCAAAUACCAGAGAAGCUUCCUAAGAAAAUACCAGAGAAGCCUCCUGAGCAAAUACCAGAGAAGCUUCCUGAGGAAAUACCAAAGAAGCCUCCUGAGCAAAUACCAGAGAAGCUUCCUGAGAAAAUACCAGAGAAGCUUCCUGAGAAAAUACCAGAGAAGCUUCCUAAGAAAAUACCAGAGAAGCCUCCUGAGCAAAUACCAGAGAAGCUUCCUGAGGAAAUCCCAGAGAAGCCUCCUGAGACAAUACCAGAGAAGCUUCCUGAGAAAAUACCAGAGAAGCCUUCUGAGAAAAUACCACAGAAGCCUCCUGAGCAAAUACCAGAGAAGCUUCCUGAGAAAAUACCAGAGCAGCUUCCUGAGAAAAUACCAGAGAAGCCUCCCAAGAAAAUACCAGAAAAGCUUCCUGAGAAAAUAACAGAGAAGCUUCCUGAAAAAAUAACAGCAAAGCCUCCUAAGAAAAUACCAGAGAAGCUUCCUGAGAAAAUGCCAGGGAAGCUUCCUGAGAAAAUACCAGAGAAGCUUCCUGAGAAAAUACCAGCGAAGCCCUCUGAGAAAAUACCACUGAAGCCUCCUGAGCAAAUACCAGAAAAGCUUCCUGAGCAAAUACAAGAGCAGCUUCCUGAGGAAAUACCAGAGAAGCUUCCUGAGAAAAUACCAGCGAAGCCGCCUAAGAAAAUACCGGGGAAACCCCCUAAGAAGAUACCAGAGAAGCUUCCUGAGAAAAUAACAGAGAAGCUUCCUGAGAAAAUACCAGAGAAGCUUCCUGACAAAAUACCAGAGAAGCAUCCUAAGAAAAUACCGGGGAAGCCUCCUGAGAAAAUACCAGAGAAGCUUCCUGAGAGAAUACCACAGAAGCCUCCUGAGCAAAUACCAGAGAACCUUCCUGGGGAAAUACCAGAGAAGCUUCCUGAAACAAUACUCGAGAGGUUUCCUGGUGAAAUAGAGAAGCUUCCUGAAACGAUACUAGAGAAGUUUCCUGAUGAAUCUGAGACGAAACCACAGGCGCUUCAUGACAAACCAGAGAAACAUAAAAAAACAGCAGACGUAGCAGACAAACUUCCUGAUAAACCCGAAAAUGUAUCAGAGGAUGUACCAGAGCAACAUCUUGAUAGACCUCAGGAAGUACCUGAUCAGAAACCUACUGAAAAAGCCCAGCAAGUAGCAGUUGGACCCGCUAGCAGAGUAGCAGAAACACUUCCUGAUAAGACUCAGCAAGUACCAAGGAAACAUACGGACAAAGUGCCAGAGAAACUUCCCGAUAAACCUCAGAAAGCACCACGGAAGCUUCCUGAGAAAGUAGCAGAGAAGCUUCCUGCUCAAAACCACGAGGGAGUACCAGAGGAGAUGUCUGAGAAAAAGCCACCCCAGAAAAAGGCGGAAGAAGUCCUGGUUGAAAAGGACAGCGAGAAGUUUCCACAAAAGGUGCUAGAGAACAGAGUUGUUGAACAAAAGCCUGUUCAGGCUCCCCAGAAAGCAUCUCAAGAUGCCAGAGUUCCUCUCUCGACACCUGAGAAGGAGCCAAUCUUCUCAGGGUUUGAAGUAGCAGCAAAUUCUGCCACAGCAAACGUCUCGGAUGACAAAGUUGAAGAUUUAGAAACUCGGAAAGUUGUCAAGACGCCAACUUUGGUGAUUGAACCAGAGGAGAAAGGGUCUCUCCGAGAAGAAGCGAGACCAAGCGGGCUUGAGCAGCCACAGGAGAUGCCUCACGCCGCAGAGACGGCCUUUCUCAUCGAGGAAGCUCGCUCUUACGAGGCCGAGCCACGAGACGGCGCCCGAGUCUCGGAGCAGAAGGCCUUGUGCCCCCCGGGGCACGUGAAAAUUUCCUUGACGGAGACCCGCCAGAAACAUUCUGAGCGUAGAGGCGAGAUGUCUGCGACUGAUGGUAAGGAGACUGCUGCCGUAGCGGAGAAACCGCAAGAGCUUGAGAAUGAGCGGGCCACCAACCAAGAAGUUAGCAACCAAAGAAAACACCAGAAGCAUGUGGUGGCAGUCAAGAUAGAAAGCCAGGAUAUCAUCUGGAGAGAAUCCGAGGAGGUCUCCAGGGUGAAACCGGAAGCGGCCCACAAAGACCGCAUUGCGUCUGUAGCGCGAGACAAAAGAAGCCGCAGUCCGGAAGAGCUAGGAUUAGACAAAGCUGAAGCCAAAGAUGAACGUUUAGCAGGACGUCACCAGGGAGCCGAGAAAAAGCAAGAAGAGAGUCCUCGACUGAUUGAAGGGCCGACGAAAGCAAAAGCAGAGGUCUUGGGGUCCGAGAUCCCGUCUCGGCAAGCCCUGCGUCGUGGCCAUAGCCCAAAGGAAGACUCCGGGCUUCAGAUUCAAAGGUUAAGAAGAAGCCAAGAGCAAGAAGACGCAGCUGCUUCCAGAGGAGCUGACAGGUUCUCCGCCAUUGAGAAGUUGGAGAAAAAAAGCCAGAGAGCUUCGGUGGAGGAGUUGCGACCGCCGGUCAAGGAACUGGCAGCCAAGCCUGCGGUUCCAUCAAAAGAUCGCCAAGCACCGACACCAGUUGAAGUCAAAACGCCAGAUGAGGUUGAGCAGCUGCAAGAAGCCCGGACCAAGCCAGCGGUCAAGCCGCUUGUGAAGGCUGAAGAUCCCACUGUGAAGGUUGUGGCAGAAGAAAAAUCUGUGAAAGUGGCCCCCGUGACAGAUGAAACCAAGGGACCAGUUCAAGCACCGGCGGGAGUCAAGAAAGAACCAGCUCGGCUAAAAAAAGGUAAAGUUCCCACGGAGGAGACAGGGACAUUUGAGGUCCCGACUCUCAGGAAAGCCACUCCGGUCUCGAGGGAAGAGGUGGAGCAGGGGCUGGAAAAGGUCCAGCUCAAGAAGAUUCUGUCGGUGUCACCUAAAGAGGCUGAGAAGGAGCAGAAACUCGGAGAGGCCACCAGGACCACGCAAGUUGACAUAAUCCAGCUGGUGCAUGAAGAGCGUGCAGUCGAGAUGACGGUUACAAGCAGGAGUUCUGGAGAGGAGUGGACACCGAGAGACAAAGCAGAGGUGGAGAAAAAGCAGGAAAUUCCAAAGCCAAAACAAGAAUUAGAAAAAGAAGACCUUGAGCCUAAAUGGAGCCGUCAAAAAGAAACUCCAAAAGAUGACAGACCAGAGGAAGUGGUUUUGCGGAAGAAAUCUGCCAAAACUACGGAGGAGGAAGCAGGCCCUCCUGCUGCUGCUGCCUUGAAAAAAGUGAAAAAACUGCCUUCCGAUGAAGUGGAACAAGAAGUUGUCAAACUAAAACCCUUUGAGAAGCCGGUUCAAGCUGCCAAAAAGCCGGAGAAAACCAAAGAAGCUUUCCAAAAGGGAUCCAGGCUUCCCAGGGAGAUUGAGGCAGAGGAACCACAGAAGAUCCCUCAGAAGGUACCAACAGAGGUAAAGGAGCCCUCGGCAAAGGUGCCAACGCGAGUACCCAAGGAAAAAUCGGAGGAGGAGGAAGAUGCUAAAGCGCCAGUAAAGGUAAAGAAAACCCCAACAGGGCAGCCCGAGGCAGCGCCACAGAAGGUGGCUCUGAAGCCGUUCUCUCGGCCUUCAAACCAAGCUAUUGAACCAGAGAAGAAACCGUCAGCCGUUGAAGAGAAGGGGCCAACAGAGGACCGUGUAGUCCCUGUGGCUGAACCAGAAGUGAAAGUACCACUUGCUACACCAAAGAAACCUGAGACCCCUCAAGCGGAGGAGAAGAAGCGAGACCCUGAGCCACUUCCAUCAAAGAAGACUCCCUCUCAAGCGCCAUCUCCUUUGAAGAAAGCCGAUCAAGUUUCAGAGGAGCCUAAACGACUGAAGCUCAGGAAGGGAGUCACAGCCAAGGCCAAGGAUCAGAAAGAAGUUGAUUUGACACCUGAGGAGCAAAUCAAGAAAAUUCAGCUGAAAAAGACACCAUCGCCCAAAGUGGAGAAGAGCAAAGAAACCGAAGGGAUUCCUGCUGCCUAUAAACUCCGAAAAACUCCCAAAACAGUUUCACCCAAGGACUCCCCAGAUGCAGCCACUCUUAAGAAAGGAGCCAAAACGCCCUCGCCCAAGGAAACGAUUCCUCUGGUCAAGGAAAUUUCUCCCGGAGCGGUCGAGAUGAGAAAAGUAGCGACUCAGCCAGAAGAGGAGGUGUUUGAGGAGGACCUCAGGCUGGACGAGGAGGCGGAGCCAGAAGAGGAAGAGGCCUGGGGCUGGGAACUGGUUCCUGAUGAAGACUGGGAAGGUGAAGGGGAGGAGGAGGAGGGCGCUCUGGAGGUGCCGGGGGCGACCAGGAGAGAGGGACAGCCGGCAGAGGAAGCAGGAAGGGCAAGAGGAAGAGGCCUCAAACCCAAGUUGACGCCAUCGCCCGGUGAAGGCAGGGGACGUGGUCUCAGACCUGCCGGACGAGGCGCUCCUACACCUCCGGAGGAGCCUUUUGGAGGAUUCAAACUCAAAGCGGUGCCGCUCAAGUUCAUCAAGAAGCUGGAGGACAUUGUGCUGCAGGAGGCCGAGUCCAUCGGCUCUGCGGCCGUCUUUGAGUGCCAGGUGUCGCCGUCCACCGCCGUCACCUCGUGGAUGAAGGAUGGCGGCAACCUGCGUGAGAGCCCCAAACACAAGUUCACCUCAGACGGCAAAGACCGUAAGAUGAUGGUUAAAGACGUGCAGCUGUCGGACACCGGAGAGUACACUUGCGUCGCCAAGAACGCCGGCAAGGAGAUCAGCUGUACCGCCAAGCUCAUUGUCGAAGAGCUCCCUGUAAAAUGGAUCAAGGAGUUGGAGCCAGAGAUGUCGGCUGUGAAGGGUCAGCCGCUCUACCUGUCCUGCGAGCUGAACAAGGAGAGAGAUGUCAUCUGGAGGAAGAACGACGAGGUCCUGAAGAAGCAGGAAAAGAAGUUCCAGAUCAACAUCAUUGGGCUGGCGCACGCUGUGACCAUUCAAAACACCGUUGAGGAGGACGCUGGUUGCUACUCCUGCGAAGUGGCCAGCCAGGCUGAGUUGAAGACGUCAACAAACGUGAAAGUGACGGAGGUCAUCAAGGAUUGGCUCGUAAAGCCUCUGAGGGACCAGCAUGUGAAACCCAAGGCAAGCGCCACGUUUAAAGGCCUGCUGUUCAAGGACACUCCCAACUGGAAAUGGCUCAAAGGAGACAAGGAGUUGAUCCCCUCCGACAAAGUGGAGAUCAACAAGGACGGGAAGGACCUGACGCUGACCAUUAAGAACUGCCAGCCCGACGAUGUUUCCGAGUACUCGGUGGAGGUGGAGGGACGUGUCUACAGCGCCAAACUGACUCUCGGAGAGCGCGAAGCUGAAAUCUUGAAGCCCCUGACCAGUGUGGAGGUGUUCGAGAAGGAAGAUGCUGCCUUUGAGACGGAAAUAUCCGAGGAUGACAUUCCAGGACAAUGGAAACUCAAAGGGGAGCCUCUGACCAGAUCCCCGACCUGCGACAUCCAAAUGGAGCGUGGCGUGCGCCAACUGAAGCUUAAGAAGUGUCAAGUGGAUCAGUCGGGCGAGGUGUCCUACCAAGCGUUGAACGCAGUCACGAGCGCAGUGCUCACCGUGAAAGAAAUCCCAAUGGACUUUGUCGUACCACUCAAGGACGUAAGUGUGCCUGAAAAGAAACAGGCCAAGUUUGAAUGUGCCAUCACCAGAGAUGUCCCCAAGGCCAUGUGGUACAGGGGAAGCGAAAUAAUCACACCAGACACCAAGUAUGACAUCAUCGCCGAUGGCAAAAAGCACUUGCUCCUCAUCAACUGCUGCCAGUUUGACGACGAGGACGAAUACAGGAUUGAGGUUUUGGGCAAAGAGUCCAAGGCGAGACUCAUUGUGGAGGGCAUCAGGCUCAAACUGACUUCGCCGCUCAAAGACCAAACGGUGAAGGAGGGCAGCACAGUUUGCUUUGAGCUGGAGCUCUCCCACGAAGAUAUUCCGGUGACCUGGUACAGGAACGACGUCAAAGUCCAUCCCAGCCGAACGGUGCUAAAGCACGUGGAUGGAAAGCGUCACGUGCUGGAGAUCAAGGACGUGACUCUGGAUGACACUUGCCAGAUCAAGGCUGAGGCCAAAGGAGUAUCCUCCAUGGCGAACUUGACCGUCAUAGAGGGAGACGCGUACUUCAUCGUCAAGCUGCAGGACUACACAGCAGUGGAGAAGGACAAGGUGGCCUUAGAAUGUGAGCUCAACAAAGAUGUUAAGGUGCUUUGGUACCACAAUGAAGAAGAGGUGAAGGCUUCCAAGGUGGUGGCCAUCAAGGCCGAGGGCAGGCGCAGAACGCUGCUCAUCAGGAAAGUGGCCGACAUAGACAAGGGACAGUACGUGUGUGACUGCGGGACGGACAAGACAACAGCAAGCCUUCACAUUGAAGCCCGCCAUAUCCGAGUGCUGCGGCCGGUGUACGGCGUGGAGGUGUUUGAGGGGGAGACGGCUCGCUUCGAGGUGGAGCUGAGCGAGGACGAUGUGCACAGCCAGUGGAAACUCAACGGCCAAGUCUUAAGUCCAUCUCCCGAUGUGGAGAUGGUGGAGGAUGGAGCCAAGCACACUCUGGUGCUCUACAACUGCAAGGUGCCUCAGACCGGCGAGGUUUCGUUUAGCGCCGCUGACGCCAAGUGCUCGGCCAAUCUGAAAGUCAAGGAGAUUCCCGUUUCUUUCAUCACGCCGCUGGCUGAUGUGCGCGUCUUUGAAAAGGACGAUGCCAAGUUUGAGCUGGAGGUGUCCAGAGAACCCAAAAGCUUCCGUUGGUUCAAAGGCUCUCAGGAACUGAUGAGCGACGACAAAUAUCAGCUGCUGCGAGACGGAAACAAACACGCUCUUGUCGUCAAAUCCGCCAGAUAUGAAGAUGAAGCCAAGUACCUGUUUGAGGCCGAAGACAAGAGAACGUCAGGGAAGCUGAUCAUUGAAGGUAUCCGCCUGGAGUUUCUCAAACCCAUCAAGGACGUGACGGUGAAAGAGCGCGAAACGGCCGAGUUCAGUGUGGAACUCUCCCACGAAAACAUCCCGGUGGUUUGGUACAAAAGCGGCGCACGCCUGCACCCCAGCAAGGUGGUGCACAUGUCAGAGGACGGUCGAGUCCACACACUGGCCUUCAAGGAGGUCUCUAUUGAUGACACGUCCCUGAUCAAAGUGGAAGCCAUGGACAAGACGUCUGAGGCCAUGCUCACCGUGCUGGAGGGUGACCUCUACUUCACGCUCAAGCUCCAAAACUACAGCGCUAUCGAAAAAGACCAAGUGGUGCUGUCCUGUGAGUUGAGCAAAGCUUCUGGCGAGGUCCGCUGGUUCAAAGACGGGAAGGAAAUCUUUGCUUCCAAGAACAUUGUGAUGCAGUCCGACGGCAGGAAGCGCAUGCUGGUCAUCCGCAAGGUGUCCAAGAGCGACAAGGGAGCCUUCACGUGCGACUGUGUCACUGACAGAACCACAGCCCAGCUCAACAUCGAAGAGCGGGACAUCAAGGUGAUGCGUCCGCUCUACAGCGUGGAAGUCACUGAGACCGAGACGGCCAAGUUUGAAACGGAGAUCUCCGAGGAGGACCUUCACGCCACCUGGAAGUUGAAGGGCGAGACACUUCACCCGUCCACUGAUGUGGAGAUCAAGGAGGAAGGCGUCAGGCACACCUUGAUCCUCUUCGACUGCCGCAUGGAGAUGGCGGGAGGAGUAGAUUUUGCCGCCGCCAAUGCAAAAUCAUCUGCUCAGCUCCGCGUCAAAGCCCGAGUGGUGACCCUGACGCGGCCGCUGAGCGACGUGACUGUGACAGCCGGCGAGACGGCCACCUUCGAGUGCGAAGUGUCUUACGAGGACGUCCCCGUGGAGUGGUUCCUGGAGGGCGUCAAGCUGGAACCCAGCGACCGAGUGGUACUGAAGUCGGAGGGUAAAGUCCACAGCAUGACCCUGAGGGACGUUCAGCUGCAUGAAGCAGGACAAGUUCGUCUCACCACCAAAGACUGUCAGACCGAAGCUAGACUCAUCGUCAAAGAGCCACCGGUGGAGUUCACCAAGCCACUGAAAGACGAGACGGUGGAGGAGGAGGCCACCGCCACUCUGGAGUGUGAAGUCUCUCGGCCCAAUGGCGAGGUGGAGUGGUUCAGAGACGGACAGGAGAUCCGCAAGACCAAAAAGUACGAGAUGCUCGUAGACGGACGCAAAAGGACGCUGCUCAUCCACGGAUGCGCCCUGGAUGACUCCAGGACCUACUCCUGUGCUGCCAAAGAAUUCAAGACUUCCUGCUUCCUGAACGUAGAACCUCUCCGCGUGGAGUUUUCCAAGCCGCUCCAUGACUUGGAAGUGCAAGAGAAGGAAUCUGCCAGGUUUGAGUGUGAAGUAUCCCGAGAGAAUGUGAAGGUUUGCUGGUUCAAGGACGGAAGCGAAAUCCGAAAAGGGAAAAAGUACGAAAUUAUUGCUCAGGGACGGCAACAUAUCCUCGUUGUCCACAAGUCGGUGAUGGAUGACGAAGCCGAGUACGAGUGCGACGCUAAAACCGCCAAGACCUCCGGAAUGCUGACUGUUAUCGAGGAGGAGGCCAGGUUCACCAAGAACCUGUCCGACGUGGAGGGAACCGAGACCGACUCCGUGAAGCUCAUCUGCGAAGUCUCCAAAGCCGACGCUGACGUCACCUGGUACAAGGGCGAGGAAGAGUUGCCGGAGGGCGGCCGCUAUGACCAUAUUGUGGACGGCAGGAAGAGAAUCCUCCUUAUUCAGGACCUGAAGAUUCCUGACGCCGGAGAGUACAACUGCAGGCUCAGUCCCAGGGUCAGAACCUCAGGAAACCUCAGGAUUAAUGAACUGGCGGCCGAGUUUCUCUCCAGGCCUCGCAGCGUGGAGGUGGUAGAAGGCGAAAAGGCCGAGUUCACCUGCACCGUGUCCAAGGAGACCUAUGAGGUCAAAUGGCAAAAGGACGACAAGGAGCUGGAGGGCGGAGACAAGUACCAGAUGGUCAGUGAGGGAAAGAGAAGGACUUUGGUCAUCAAGAACUGCGAGCUCAGCGAUGAGUGCAAAUACGUGGUCUUGAUCGGAGCCACCAGAGCCAGCGCCCAGCUCACUGUACACGAAAAACUGAAGAUCAUCACGCCGCUAAAAGACACGGAGGCCAACGAAGGCCAGGAGGUGGUCCUGAUUUGUGAGGUGAACAACGAGGGCGCCAAGGUCAAGUGGCAGAAGAACGACGAGACCAUUUUCGAAAGCAGCAAGUACGUGAUGCUCCAGCGGGACAAUAUCUUCUCGCUGAGGAUCCGAGAUGCACAGCAGGAUGACCAAGCCAAUUACAGCGUCCACCUCAGCAAUCACAGAGGAGAGCAUGUCAAGAGCUCCUGCGGACUUAGUGUCAAAGAGGAACGUUUGAGGAUCGUGGUUCCUCUGGAGGAUGUGGACACACAGGAGAAAAAGACGGUCAGCUUCUCUUGCAAGGUCAACCGCCAUAACAUCACUCUGAAGUGGAUCAAGGCCGGCCAGGAGGUGGUCUUCAGCAAGCGCCUGGUAUACCGGGUGGACAAAGACAAGCACACGCUGACCAUCAAGGACUGCACGCUGGCCGACGAGGGCGAGUACACGGUGGUGGCCGGCGACGACAAGUCCACGGCAGAGCUGAUCAUCAGCGAGUCGCCCGCCGACUUUGCCAUGCAUUUGAAGGACCAGACCAUUACCGAGUUCGAGGACGCCGAGUUCUCCUGCAAGCUGACCAAAGAGAAGGCCGAGGUCAAGUGGUACAGGGACGGACGUGAGAUCAGAGAAGGACCCAGAUAUACGUUUGAAAAAGACGGGAAUAUGUGCUACUUGCGCAUCAAAGAGUGCCGACUAGACGACGAGCGGGAGUACGCGUGCGGUGUCGACGACAAGCGAUCCAGAGCCAGGCUCUUUGUGGAAGAGAUCCCGGUGGAAAUCGUCAGGCCCCCGCAGGACGUAUCGGAGCCGCCCGGCUCGGACGUAAUGUUCGAGGUGGAGCUCAACAAAGACAGAGUUGAAGUCAGUUGGUUGAGGAACAACAUGACCAUUGUGCAGGGAGACAAAUACCAGAUGAUGAGCGAAGGCAAAGUUCACAGGCUGCAGGUCUGCGAGAUCCGCCCUCGAGACCAGGGCGAGUACAGAGUGGUGGCCAAGGACAAAGAUGCCAAAGCCAAGCUGGAGCUGGCGGCGGCGCCCCAGAUCAAGACCACAGACCAAAACUACGUCACUGACGCGGGGAAGCCCCUGGUCAUGACGGUUCCCUACAGCGCCUUCCCUCAAGCCAAGGCUGACUGGCUGUACGGCAGUUCGAGUUUGUCCCAGGAUAGCAUCUACACUUCUUCUGACUGCACAGAGUACCGGAUGAAGGACCCCAGAAAGUCUGACGAGGGUCGCUACAAGGUCAUCAUCAAGAACAAACAUGGAGAGGGUGAAGCUUUCAUCAACCUGGACGUCAUUGAUGUCCCGGGGCCCGUGCGGAACCUGCAGGUUGUGGACACCGCUGACGGAGAAGUCAGUUUGGUGUGGGACGAACCGGAGAACGACGGCGGAAGCAAAGUCAUCGAGUAUGUGGUGGAGAGGCGAGACGUCAAACGCAAGACCUGGACGCUGGCUACGGAGCACGCCCAGAGUCCGGAGUACACCGUGACCGGACUCCAGAAGGACUCCAUGUACCUCUUCAGGGUCUGUGCCCGAAACAGAGUUGGCAGUGGACCCCUUGUAGAGACGGACGAACCGGUCCAGGCCAAGAACAAGUUUGACGUUCCCGAUCCCCCUCGGAAUGUGACGGUGGGGAAUGUCUCCAAAUUUGGUUGCACCUUGACCUGGGAACCGCCCCAGUAUGACGGCGGUUCGCCCAUCACCUGCUACAUUGUGGAGCUUCGUGACAGGACGUCCGUCAAAUGGUCGCCGGUCCAGGUGACCAAGGCCGAUGAGCUGAGCGCCAUCAUCAAUGAUGUCAUUGAGAACAAAGAGUACAUCUUCAGAGUCAAGGCGGAGAACAAAGCCGGCGUCGGAAAGCCCAGUGCCGCCACCUAUCCCGUCAAGAUCAUGGACGCUAUCGAGCCUCCCAGUCCGCCUCAAAACCUGGUCUGGCAGAACCAGAACAAAAACUCGGUGCAGCUGAGCUGGGAGACACCGCUCAGUAACGGCGGGAGCAUGAUUACCGGAUAUAUUCUGGAGCGCUGUGAGGACGGAACUGACAAGUGGCUCCGCUGCAACACCCGCCUCUGCCCCGACCUCUUCUACAAGGUGUCUGGACUCAAAUAUGGAACAUUCUACAACUAUCGAGCAUUCGCUGAAAACGCCGCCGGCAUCUCGGAUCCAUCCAACGUCAUCGGACCUCUGCUGGCCGACGACCCGCACACCCCACCUACCAUGGACCUGAGUGGCUUCAAAGACGGGCUAGAGGUGAUCGUUCCAAAUCCUCUCACUAUCCGAGUCCCUAUCACCGGAUAUCCCGUCCCCAUCGCCAAGUGGACAUUCGGGGAGAAGGAGCUGAGCGGUGCCGAUGACCGCAUCGCGGUGACCACCAGGCCCACGUUUGCGGAGCUCGUGGUGACUCCCAGCGUCCGUCCGGACAAAGGCACCUACACCCUGCAGCUAGAGAACGACGUUUCGUCUGUCUCCGGAGAAAUCAAAGUCAAUGUCAUUGCCGCGCCAAGUGCACCAAAGGACUUCAAGGUCCUGGAAGUGACCCGCCAGCACGUUCACCUGAGCUGGGAUCCUCCAGAGCACGACGGAGGAAGUCCUCUGACGGGCUACCAGGUGGAGAAACGAGAGGUCUCCCGCAAGACCUGGGUCAAGGCGGCCUCAGGCAUCCAGGAUCUGGAGAUGACAGUCACCGAUGUGAUUGAAGGCAAAGAGUACCUGUUCAAGGUCACGGCCUGCAACAAGUGUGGACCAGGAGAGCCGGCCUACAUUGACGAGCCUGUCAAUGUGUCCUCUCCUGCCACCGUCCCUGACCCACCAGAAAAUCUACGGUGGAGAGACAAGUCGGCCAGUGGCAUCUUCCUGACCUGGGAGCCUCCCAAGUAUGACGGCGGCAGUAGCAUCCGCGGCUACAACGUCGAACGCUGCCAGAGAGGAAGCGAUCGGUGGGUGCCUUGCGGAGACCUGGUCCCCGAACUCAAGUGCCAAGUCACGUGUCUGACCGAGGGCGAGUGGUACUCGUACCGAGUCCGAGCGCUGAACCGACUCGGAGCCGGUCGGCCCUGCAAGGCCACGGAUGAGAUCCAGGCAGUAGACCCCAAAGAGCCACCAGAGAUCCAGCUGGAUGCCAAGCUGCUUGCCGGUCUGACCGCCAAAGCCGGCAGCAAAAUUGAACUCCCCGCCCUGGUGACGGGCAAACCCGAGCCCCGGGUCAAGUGGACCAAGGCCGACCUGGUCCUCAAAGCAGAUGACAGAGUCCAUAUCGACACUAAACCGGGACACUCCACAGUCACCGUGUCCAAGACCAAGCGGGAUGACAGCUCAACCUACAUCAUUGAGGCCACCAACAGCUGCGGAAGAGCCACCGCCACCGUCGACGUCAAUAUUCUCGACAAACCGGGGCCCCCUGCAGCCUUCGACAUUUCGGAAAUUACCAACGAUUCCUGCUUCCUGGCCUGGAACCCACCGCGUGACGACGGCGGCUCCCGAGUCACCAACUACAUCAUUGAGCGCCGCGCCGCCGACAGCGAGAUUUGGCACCGGCUCUCGUCCACCGUCAAACAAACCACCUACAGGGCGGUGGACCUGGUCAAGUUCAAAGAGUACAUCUUCAGGGUUUUUGCCGAGAACCAGUUUGGUGUGGGCCCACCGGCUGAACACCCGUCCAUUAUCGCGAGAUACCCCUUCGACACCCCGGGCCCCCCUUACAAGUUGGAGCCUUCGGACAUCGCCAAGGACUCGCUGACUCUCAACUGGUAUGAGCCCGACGAGGACGGAGGAAGCCCGAUCACCGGCUACUGGGUGGAGCGAUACGAGCCCGACCACGACAGGUGGAUCCGAUGCAACAAGCUGCCCAUCAAGGACACAAACUACAGGGUCAAAGGUCUUCCCACAAGGAAGAAGUACAAGUUCAGAGUCCUGGCUGAAAACCUGGCCGGAACCGGAAAACCGAGCAAGGAAACCGAGCCAAUCCUUGUGAAAGAUCCGAUUGAUCCUCCGUGGCCUCCUGGCAAACCGACGGUGAAGGACGUGGCCAAGACCUCCUGCUUCCUGAUGUGGACCAAACCGGAGCACGAUGGAGGAGCCAAGAUUGACGGCUACGUCAUCGAGAUGCUCAAGAGCGGAACCACCGAUUGGAUCCGUGUGGCGGAGGACGUCGGCAUGACCGAGUACUUCCUGAAGGGCCUGAUGGAGAAGCAGGAGUACUCCUUCAGGGUGCGAGCCGUCAACGUGGCCGGGGAGAGCGAGCCCAGCGAGCCCAGCGACCCGGUCCUCUGCAAGGAGAGGCUCAACCCCCCUUCGGCUCCUCGCUGGCUGGAGGUCACCGGCAUUAGCAGGAAGAGCGCUGAGUUGAAGUGGACCGUUCCAGAGCGCGAUGGAGGCUCCCCCAUCACCAACUAUGUGGUGGAGAAACGGGAUGUCCGACGUAAAGGCUGGCAGGCCGUGGACACCACCGUCAAGGAGCUCAAGUACACGGUGGCGCCGCUCAACGAAGGCUCGCUCUACGUGUUCCGCGUGGCGGCUGAGAACGCAGUUGGCGUCGGGCCCUUCUGCGAGAUGGAGGACUCGGUGCUGGCCAAGGAUACUUUCACCACUCCCGGGCCACCGUACGCCCUCGCAGUGGACGCCGUGACCAAAAGAUAUGUCGACCUGCAGUGGGAGGCGCCCAAGAAUGAUGGUGGCAGACCUAUCCUCAGGUAUUCUAUUGAAAAGAAGGAGAAGCUCGGAACUCGCUGGGUCAAGUGCGGAAAGACUUCCGGGCCGGACUGCAAAUAUAGAGUGACAGACGUGAUCGAAGGAACAGAAGUUCAGUUCCAAGUCCGCGCCGAGAACGAGGCGGGAGUCGGACAUCCGAGCGAACCUACCGAGAUCCUGACCAUCGAAGACCCGACAGGCGUCCCGUCACCUCCCGUCGAGCUCCACGUGACGGCCGCAGGGCGGGACUUCCUGUCCAUCGGCUGGAAGCCUCCGCAGAGAGACGGCGGCUCCCCCGUCACCGGCUACCACAUCGAGAUGUGCGAAGCCGGGACGGAGAAAUGGAUGAGGGCCAACUCUCGUCCCGUCAAGGAACUCAAGUUCACCGUGGCGGAAGGUGUUGUCCCUGAGAAGGAGUACGUCUUGAGAGUGAGAGCUAUCAACUCUGUCGGAGUCAGCGAGCCCUCUGAUAUCUCUGAGAACGUCGUUGCCAAAGAUUCCGACUGCAACCCCACGCUGGAAUUCCAGACGCUGGAUUUGAUUGUGGUAGAGACAGAGAAGCUGCACAUCCCGGUUCCCUUCAGGGCAGUUCCCUCGCCCAAGGUCACCUGGCACAAAGACGGCAAGGAGCUGAAGGCCAGCGACCGGCUGGGCUUCAGGAAAGAGUAUACUUGCUGUCACCUGGAGGUGGACAGUAGUCUUCACUCUGAUGCAGGCCAGUACAAAGUGACUCUGGAGAAUAAACUCGGAGCCGCCAGUGCUGCCAUCAACGUCAAAGUCAUCGGUCUUCCAGGCACGUGCAAGGAAAUUGUGGCCUCUGAGAUCACCAAGAGCUCCUGCAAGGUCUCCUGGGAUCCUCCCGACUAUGAUGGAGGCACCCCGAUUAUUCAUUACGUUCUGCAGCGGCGUGAGGCCGGCAGGAGGACGUAUGUCAAUAUAAUGUCUGGAGAGAACAAAUUGAGCUGGAACGCCAAAGACCUCAUUCCCAACGGCGAGUACUACUUUAGAGUCCAGGCAGUGAACAAGAUUGGAGGAGGGGAGUUCGUGGAGCUUCGCAACCCUGUCAUUGCUCAGGACCAGAAACAUCCUCCUGACCCACCGGUGGAUGUGGAGACCCACAAUCCCACUUCGGGCACCAUCACACUGACCUGGAAGCCUCCCAUGUAUGACGGAGGUGCCAAGAUCAUGGGUUACAUCCUGGAGCGGCAGCUGAAGGGUGAGGACAAGUGGGAGAGGUGCAACGAUUUCCUGGUUCCGGUGCUGUCCUACACCGUCAGAGGGCUAAAGGAGGCCAAGAGCUACGCCUUCAGAGUGCGAGCAGAAAAUUCCGCUGGUGUCAGCGAUCCGUCCCGCAGCACCCUGUUUGUCAAGGCCUUGGAUGCAGUCGAUGCUCCGAAGGUUUUCCUUAGUGGCAGCCUUCAAUCUGGCCUAAACGUGAAACGAGGCAGUGAGAUCCGCCUGGAGGCCAACAUCUCCGGCUCACCGUACCCUGAGAUUACCUGGUACUGGAACAACCAGGUGAUCCGGCCCGAGGCGCCCCGCAGGAGGCCGGAGAGACCGCUGAAGAAAAAGGUGGAGAAGAAGGAGGAGCAGGAAGGAGAAAAGAAAGAGCAGGAAGUGGGAGAAGUCAAGGAUGCAGAGGAGAAGAAGGAGGAGGUGGCUGAGCAGGAGGCAGAGGAGACAGACUACCCGACUAUUGGCGAGCGGCUGAGCAUCAACAACAGCAGGAGGGGCGAGUCCACGGCAGUUAUCAAGGACUCACUGCGUGUCGACCACGGCGUCUACAUGGUGAAGGUGGAGAACGACCACGGCGUCGCGUCAGCCACCUGCGAUGUCAACGUCCUUGACACUCCUGGACCUCCAAUCAACUUCUGCUUUGAGGAGGUGAGGAAGAACUCUGUGAUCUGCAAGUGGGAUCCCCCUAAAGAUGACGGAGGCAGCGAGAUCCUCAACUACACGCUGGAGAAGAAGGAUAACUCCAAGAUAGAGCUCGGAUACAGCUGUGUCACCUCCACACUUAGAGGGUGUCGUUAUCUGGUGCCCAAACUCAUUGAAAAGAAGGAGUACAUCUUCAGAGUUGUCGCUGAGAACAAGUAUGGUGCUGGUCCCCCCUGCAUCUCCAAACCUCUCGUUGCCAAGAACCCCUUCGAACCUCCUGAGGCCCCCGAGAAGCCGGAGAUCGAUGACGUCACAGCCCACAGCAUGCUGGUCACCUGGAAGGAGCCAAACGACAACGGCAGCCCUAUCCUGGGGUACUGGGUGGAGCGUCGUGAGAUCAACAGUUCCCACUGGGCUCGGGUCAACAGAAACAUGGUCCCUUCUACCGAGCUGAAUGUGGAGGGACUCGUCGAGGGCUUAACGUACAUCUUCAGAGUGGCGGCCGAAAAUCAGGCGGGCCCCGGAAAGUUCAGCGUUCCUUCAGAUCCUAAAACGGCACAAGCCCCAAUAUUACCUCCCGGACCACCUAUCCCCCGAGUGGUGGCAACCACCGACCACUCCAUUGACGUUGAGUGGGACCCACCUGCCGACAAUGGAGGAGGCGAGAUCCUGGGAUACCACGUGGACAAGACUAUGGCCGGGACCAAAGACUGGUCCAGGUCUACAGAACGUCCAUGGAAGACUCGGGCAUUUACGGUAUAUGGAGUCCGUGAGGGAGCCAAGUACCUGGUCAGAGUCAUUGCCUGCAAUGCUGCGGGAGAGGGAACCCCGGGUUUCACCGAGUCAGUGUUUGUCAGGAAUCCUGCAGAAAUGCCUGCGGUGGAGCUGGACAUUUUAGUCAAGAACGGCGUGGUCAUCCGAGCUGGCGAGACACUUCGUGUUCCGGCGCUUGUCACCGGUAAACCCUACCCAACCAUCACCUGGACCGUGGACGAUAAGAAACCCGACAAAGACCACGUAGAAAUCCUCACCGAGGGCAACAACAGCGUUGUGCUCAUUAAAAGCGUGCAGAGGAAGGACUGCGGCAAAUACUUGAUCUCUGCAUGUAACCCCAGUGGCACCAGGUCAGCCUUCACCCGGGUGGAGGUCAUGGAUGUUCCCGGACCAGUCACUGACCUGAAGCCAGUCGUUGUGACUAGAACGAUGAUCUUCCUGAACUGGGAUGACCCGGUGGACGACGGCGGCAGUGACCUGACCGGCUUCCUGGUGGAGCGCAGAGAUGCCAAAAUGCACACGUGGAGGCAGCCCGUUGAAACUGUCUCUUCAAAAUGCGAGUGCGUGGGCAUCAUGGAGCGACAAGAGUACUUUUUCCGUGUCUUUGCCAAGAACAAGUACGGCAUGGGCCCGCCCGUCGAGAUCGGACCCAUCAAAGCUGUGGACCCACAAGGACCGCCGUCGCCCCCCGAGAAGUUCCACUACACGGAGCGCACCAAGAACUCCAUCACGCUAGCAUGGAAGCCGCCUCGCAAUGACGGCGGCAGCCCUGUCAUCGGCUACUUGUUGGAGAAGAAGCGUCACGACAAGCAGGCCUUUGAGCCUUGCAAUACAGAGCUCUGCCCUGACUUGACCAUGACGGUGGAUGGCCUGGACGAGGCCUGGAUGUACGAGUUCAGGAUCAAGUGCGCAAAUCUGAUUGGGCAAAGCGACCCGUCUCUUGCGCUGACCGUGGUCAUCCAAGACGAUGAAGUGGCCCCAGAGAUCCACAUGCUGAAGAUAUUCAAGGCUGACAGCAUCACGGUGAAAAAGGGCGAGCCCGUGGAGAUCCCUGCCGACAUCCUGGGCCUCCCCAUCCCCAAAGUGGAGUGGUCCAAAGAUGACGUGGUGCUGAAGAAGCCAACGGAAAGUCUGCUGAUUGAGACGACGGUGAUGGGCAGGAUGAACUGCAAGUCCACUCUGUCCAUCCCCGCGGCCGACCGGAAGGAUCGUGGCAGCUACACCAUAUUGGCCUCCAACAACAUGGGCUCAGCCAAGCACACCACUUGUGUCAUGGUUCUAGACCGCCCGCUUCCUCCCAGAAACGUGGCAGUGUCCAAUAUCAAGGCAGAAUCCUGCCAGCUGCAGUGGGACGCGCCUCUGGAUGAUGGUGGCAGUGAGCUGACCAACUACAUUGUUGAGAAGAAAGAAGUGAUCACAGACGAAGGGGAGGAAGAGGGACAGGAAGCGGAACCUCAAUGGGUGGAGCUCACCAACAGCAUCGUUGACAAGAAGUUUCGGGUGUGGAACUUGGGUACCAACAAAUCCUACCUGUUCCGCGUCAGAGCCGAGAACCGUUACGGCAAGUCUGACCCUUGCGCAACAGAGGAAGUUCAAAUCACAGACCCCUUCGGGCUCCCCGGCCCCCCGGAGAAACCGGCCAUCACCGAGUAUACCAAGAACUCCAUGACCCUGACCUGGGAGCCACCGAGGGACAACGGCGGCUCUAUGAUCAUUGGCUACUGGCUGGAGAAGAGAGAAAGAGGCUCCGCCUAUUGGGCCAGAGUCAACAAGAUGCCGGUCACCAAGAGGGGCAUGAAAGGCUGGGAGUACCAGGUGACUCGCUUGUUUGAAGGAAGCGAGUACGAAUUCCGAGUCGCCGCCUUCAAUUCGGCCGGAACGGGACCUUUCAGCGCACCAUCCGACCCGGCCUUUGCUGUCGACCCUCUGACUCCUCCCAGCAUGCCCAAUGCUCCCGUGGUGGCCGACAAGACCAAGCACAAUGUCACUCUGACCUGGAAGCCGCCGGAGAAGGAUGGCGGAAGCCCCAUCAAGGGCUACAUCGUCCAGAUCCAGGACGAGGGCAAAUCGGAUUGGGUGAGGGUGAACGAAGAGCCGCACCCCACCACCGAGUUCACCGUUCCCAACCUGCGUGAGCUCAAGCGCUACCGCUUCAGAAUCAUCGCAGUCAAUGACAUCGGUGAAUCGGACCCUAGCCCCCGCACGGGCGAGGUCUUGAUUGAAGACGUUCAGCUCAUGCCCUCCAUCACCAUUGACAUCUUGGUGGAUGAUCUGCUCUACAUCCGUGCCGGAGAUCCUAUCAAGAUCCCAGCCACCAUCAAAGGUCGUCCUGUGCCCAAGGUAACGUGGGACUUUGACGGCAAAGCCAAGUCUCACAAGAAGAACAAGUUGCACACUCUUCCCGUGGACUCGGAGGUCGAGUCCACAGACACCACGUCCGUCGUGAGCAUCCCCGUUAGUUUGAGGACCCACUCUGGACGCUACACCAUCACGGCCAAGAACAAGUCUGGACAGAAACACGUCAACGUCAGAGUCAACGUCCUCGAUGUUCCGGGACCUCCGAAAGAUCUGAAGGUGACCGACAUCACCCGUUCAACCAUGAGGCUGAUCUGGAAGCUGCCUGACAAUGACGGUGGAGAGAGAAUCAAAAGCUACUACAUUGAGAAGAAAUGCGUCACUGACAAGGCCUGGACGAAGGUGAACGCGGCCUGCGCCAGUCAAGCCUUUGUGGUCCCGGGCCUCUUGGAAGGACAGGACUACCUGUUCAGAGUGCGAGCCGAGAACCGGCUGGGCUUUGGUCCGUUCACCGUCACCACUGAUCCUGCCCGAGCCAGCGACCCCAUCUACCCGCCAGACCCACCUACCAAGCUGAAAGUCAACUUGGUGACCAAGAACACGGUGACCCUGAGCUGGGAGCCUCCCAAGAACGACGGAGGCUCUCCUGUCAAACAUUACGUGGUGGAGCGCUUGAGCUGGGACACCAGCGGCAAGGAGAAGGAAACCUGGAAGCAGUGCAACAAGCGAGACGUGGAGGAGCUCAGCUUUGUGGUGGAGGACCUGAACGAGGGCGGAGAGUACGAGUUCCGAGUGAAAGCCGUGAACGCGGCCGGACCCAGUCGACCCUCAGCCACCGCUGGACCGCUCUCCAUCAAGGAUCAGACCUGCCCGCCCGCCAUCGAGCUGCGGGAGGUGCUGGAGGGUGAGGAGGGCUGCGACAUCAGCCUGCCGGCCAAGGUCAGCGGCUGUCCUUUCCCCAGCCUCUCGUGGCAAAAGGCCAGCCUGGCGGCGCCCGAGCAGAAGGCUGCCGUGCGCUACGACCAGCGCGUGGCCAAGCUGGUGACGCACGACAAGUGUACGCUGCUGCUGCAGAGGGCCACCCGCGACGACAGCGCCCUCUACAGCCUGACUGCCAGCAACGCCCUGGGCACUGUCACCAAGGACGUCAAACUCUUGGUCUAUGGACCUCCCGGCCCACCCGUUGGACCUGUGAAGUUCACCGAGGUGUUUGCGGAGAGGAUCGGCCUGGCCUGGAAGCCGCCCCUGGACGACGGCGGCUCCAAAAUCACCAACUACGUGGUGGAGAAGCGCGAGGACAACCGCAAGUCUUGGGUGCACGUGUCCAACGACCCCAAGGACUGUGCCUACCUGGUGACCCGGCUCACGGAGAACCACGAGUACGAGUUCAGAAUCAUGGCGCAGAACAAGUUUGGAGUCGGGCCUCCGCUACUCAGCGAGCCUGAAAAAGCCAGGAACCUCUUCACUGUUCCCGGCCAAUGUGAGAAGCCCACCGUGACCAACGUGUGUCUGGAGUCCAUGACGGUGAACUGGGAGGAGCCCAAAUACGACGGUGGCUCGCCGGUCACCGGCUACUUCAUCGAGAAAAAGGAGACCACCAGCAAGCGCUGGGCUCGCGUCAACCGGCAGCCCAUCCGGGCGCUGCCCCUUGGAAACAACUGGGACGUCACCGGCCUGCUGGAUGGUGCCAUGUACCAGUUCCGAGUCAGCGCCGCCAACGCUGCCGGUUGUGGACUACCCAGCCUACCCUCAGACCCCGUUCUCUGUAGGGACCCCAUCAAGCCCCCUGGCCCGCCCACUCCGAAGGUGAUGGACUGGACCAGGUCAACGGUGGAGCUGGAAUGGCUUCCCCCCCUGGUGGACGGAGGCUCCAAGGUUACCGGGUACAUUGUGGAAUUCAAGGAGGUGAGCAAGGAAGAGGAGGAGAAGAAGGCUCAGAGGAAGCUGCUUCAACUGAGCAGCGCCGACGAUGACAAGGAACCGGAGAGCUGGGAGAAGGCCAAGGACUCAGAGAUCAGAGGAACCAAGUUUGUGGUGGCCGGUCUCAAGGAAGGUGGUUUGUACCGCUUCAGAGUCCGAGCCGUCAACGCCGCCGGGGUCGGUGAACCGGGAAACGUUUCGGAGCUGAUCGAAGCCAGAGACAGGACAAUUGCGCCCGAGAUGGACCUGGACGCCUCCGUCAAGGAGAGGAUCGUGGUCCACGCCGGCGGGACCAUCCGCAUCAUCGCCUACGUGUCCGGCAAACCGGCGCCGCACAUCAGCUGGUGCCGAGAUGACGGCGAGGUGCCCAAGGAGGCCUCGGUGGAGACCACGGGCAUCUCCAAUUCGCUGGUCAUCAAGAACUGCAAACGCCAGCACCAGGGGAUCUACACGCUCUGCGCAAAGAACGAAGGUGGCGAGAGGAAGAAGGCAGUCAUCGUGGAGGUCCUGGAUGUUCCCGGACCAGUCGGCCUCCCCUUCGCCGGUGAGAACCUGACCAACGACUCGUGCAAACUGAGCUGGUAUACCCCUGAAGACGACGGCGGCUCGGCCAUCACCAACUACAUUAUCGAGAAGCGGGAGUCGGACCGCAUGGGCUGGACUUCGGUCACUUACACGGUGACCAGGAACAACGCCGUGGUGCAGGGACUCCUGAACGGGAAAGGCUAUUUCUUCAGGAUCGCCGCCGAGAACAUCAUCGGCAUGGGCCCCUUUGUGGAGACGGACAAAGUCGUGCUCAUCAAAGACCCCAUCUCCGUACCCGAGCGUCCGGAGGACCUGAUCGUCACGGCCGUCACCAAGGACUCCAUCUCGGUAGCCUGGAAGCCGCCCAAGUACGACGGGGGCGCCCAAGUGACCAGCUAUGUCCUUGAGUGUCGCAUGAUCGGCCGAGACAACUUUGUCCGCGUGGGAGGUGACGAGAAGCUGAUGGACAGAAAGUUCACCUUGAGCGGACUCAAGGAGGGGUCCAGCCACGAAUUCAGAGUGGCUGCCGUCAACGUAGUGGGACAAGGCAAAUUUUCCUUUGCCACCAAACCCGUUCAGUGCAAGGAUGAGCUGGAACCUCCCAGUCUGGACCUGGACUUCCGAGACAAGAUGACGGUGAAGGCGGGAGACAGCUGCAUGCUGUCGGGACGCUACGGCGGCAAGCCGAGGCCCAGCGUCACCUGGACCAAGAACGAGGAGGAGCUGAAACCUGAUGCGGACCUAGCCGUCCGCUGCGGCGACACGCAACUCAGUCUGGACAUUGGGAAGGCCAGGAGAGACCACAGCGGAUGCUACUGCGUUAACGUGGACAACGCGGCCGGCAGGCGCAGCGGAAUCUGCGCCGUCACCGUCGUCGACCGACCUCAGCCUCCCGAGGGCCCAGUGAUCUUUGAGGAGGUCUACAGAGACCACAUGCUAAUUUCCUGGAAACCUCCCCUGGACGACGGUGGCUGCGCCAUCUCCAACUACGUCAUCGAGAAGCGAGACACCAACCGAGACUUGUGGAUGCCCGUCAGCGCGUCCUGCACGAGGACCACCUGCAGGGUGCCAAAACUGAUUGAGGGUCGCGAGUACAUCAUCCGAAUCAUGGCCCAGAACAUCUAUGGCAUCAGCGACCCACUGCUGUCCACCGAGGUCAAGGCCAGAGAUGUGUUCCGGGUGCCCGACGCGCCCAAGCAGCCCACCGUCAAGGCAGUGUACCAGGACCGCGCCCUGGUUCACUGGGAGCCUCCGGCAGAUGGAGGCAAGCCAAUCACCGGAUACAUUGUGGAGAGGAAGGAGACCAUGGCCAACAGAUGGGUCCGCUGCAACACAGAAAAGAUCCAUCCCAUGGUGGAGUACAUGGUCCUGGACCUGCUCAAGGGUUGCGAGUACGAAUUCCGAGUCCGCGCGGAGAACGUGGUGGGCGUGGGUGACCCCAGUCCGCCGUCCAAGCCCGUCUUCGCCAAAGAUCCCAUCGUCAAGCCGAGCCCACCGCAGAAUCUCAAGGCCGUGGACCACACCAAGGAGUCUGUGACUCUGACCUGGGAGCCGCCCGCCGACACCGGCCGAGGCAAGAUCUUCGGCUACCUGCUGGAGUUCCAGAAGGCUGGCGAGGAGGAGUGGCAGAAGGUGAACCACACUCCGGAUUCUUGCCAGGGGACCAGGUUCAAGGUGGUGGGCCUGGAGGAUGGCGCACUCUACCGCUUCAGAGUGAAGGCUGUCAACGCUGCCGGGGAGUCCGACCCCGCUCAUAUCAAAGAACCGGUCAGAGUGAUGGACCGACUCGAAGCACCAGAGUUGAUUCUGGAUGCCGGGAUGACCCGAGUGGUCAAGGCCCUGGUCGGCACUCACAUCACUCUCAUGGCGGCCAUCAAGGGCAUCCCCUUCCCCUCCGUGGUCUGGAAGAAGAACGACGCCGACGUGCCCACUAGGGCUGACAUUGAGACCAAACAAGAGGGCACCAAGCUGGAGAUGAGGUUCUGCAACCGCGGCGACUGUGGAGACUACACGCUCACGGUCGAAAACCCUGCUGGCUCCAAGACCGUCACAUGCACCGUCUUGGUCUUUGACAAACCUGGUCCUGUCCAGCACCUUCGCGUCUCAGAUGUCAGGAGCGACUCAGCUUUCCUGUCUUGGAAAGACCCGGAGGACAACGGAGGCGCUCGCAUCACCAACUUUGUGGUGGAGAAGAAAGACACAGGCUCCACGCAGUGGGUUCCCGUGUGCUCCACCUCCAAGAAACGCAGCAUGAUGCUGAAGCACCUGACGGAGGGACUGGCCUACACCUUCCGAGUUGCGGCCGAGAACCAGUAUGGUCGCAGCGAGUACGUGGAGACGCCCAAGGCCAUCAAAGCCAUGAAUCCGCUCUUCCCUCCCGGUCCUCCUAAAGACCUUCACCACGUGGACGUGGACAAAACGGAGGUGUGGCUUGCCUGGAACUGGCCCGACCGAAACGGCGGAAGUGAGAUUACGGGCUUCUUGGUGGAGUAUCAAGAAGAAGGAGCGAAAGAGUGGCACGAGUGGCAGACGGUCAGCAUCCCGGAGAGUCACGUGACUGGUCUGGAAGAAGGCAAGACCUAUCGCUUCCGAGUGAGAGCCGAGAACGCCAUUGGCCUCAGCAGACCCGACACCACCCUUCCCAUCCUCUGCCAGGAGAAACUGGUGCCUCCGAUCCUCGAGGUUGAUGUCAAGCUGACUGACGGCAUCAUCGUGAAGGCAGGCACCACCAUCAGGCUGCCCGCCAUCAUGAGAGGAACGCCACUCCCGACUGCCAAAUGGUCCAUCGAAGGAGAGGAGAUGACCAGCGGGGGCAAGAUCAAGAUCGACACCGACAACUUCUCCACCGUUCUCAGCAUUAACGAGUGCACCAGAAACCACACGGGCACCUACCUGCUCACCGUGUCCAACCUCGCCGGCACCAAGACGGCCGCUCUGAACGUCACCGUUCUGGACGUCCCGGCGGCGCCCAUCGGACCCGUCAACAUCCUGGAGGUGUCCCCCGACGCCAUGACCAUCGAGUGGCGUCCUCCCAAGGAUGACGGCGGCAGCCCCAUCACCAACUACAUUGUGGAGAAGAAAGAUUCCAACAAGGAGACCUGGGGAGGAGUGAGCUCUGGCAGCCUGGCCACCAAGCUCAGGAUUGUGCGCCUGCAAAAGGGCGUCGAGUACGUGGUCCGCAUCCGCGCCGAGAACAAAAUGGGCAUCGGGGCGCCCUUGGAGAGCAAGCCUACCAUCGCCGAGCAUACUUUCAUGCCGCCGAGUCCGCCCGGUAAGCCGCUGCCACAUGACAUCUCCGAGGAUGCCGUCACGGUCGGAUGGACCAUGCCCUUGUCUGACGGUGGCAGUCCGAUCACCGGUUACCUCAUUGAACGCAGACAUAAAGGAGGGAAAUGGAUCCGCGUGAACAGGACGCCCUGCAAGGACCUCCGCUACCGAGUCCAGGGCUUGUUUGUAGGCAACGAGUACGAAUUCAGAGUAUUUGCAGAGAAUAGUGCUGGCUAUAGUGGACCCUCACCCAUCUCUGACCUCUGCAAGCCUUGCAGGCAAAUCACAGUCCCGAGUGCCCCGAUAAACCCCAAAGUCAAAGAUUACAGCAAUUCAACGGCCGACUUGGUGUGGACCAAACCCACCAAAGACGGCGGCAGUCCCAUUCUGGGCUACACUGUGGAAAUGAAGAAGGCCGACGGCGACUGGAAGAAAGUCAACGUGGACGACUUCAUCAAGUUGUGCGUAUAUACAGUCAAGGGGCUCGAGCAAGGUGCCACCUACACAUUCAGAGUGUUUGCCUCAAAUAUGAUCGGUGACGGUGAAUCCAGCGAAGUUCCAGAGUCGGUCACGGCUCAAGACAUUCUGAUCCCACCGGAGAUCGAAAUGGACGCCACGUGUCGCGAGCGCGUCACCGUGCGCGUCGGACACAACGUCAACAUUGUCGGCUAUAUCAAGGCCCGUCCGGAGCCUGAAGUGCUGUGGUCCAAGGGAGAGACUAUUCUGGAGAACAGCAAACGUGUAACUCUGAUCCAGAACCUACCUGUGGUCCAACUGAAGAUCAAAGAGGCCACCAGAGCUGACCAUGGUAAAUAUACCCUGAAGGCCUCAAAUGUGGGCGGAGAGGCCUCCUGCUGCAUCACUGUCAAUGUUCUGGACCGUCCCGGCCAUUGCCAGAAUCUCCAUACCACCUACGUCACCAAGGACUCCUGCAUGAUCAACUGGGAUGCUCCAAAAGACAACGGUGGCUCUGAAAUCACCAACUACAUUGUGGAGUGCCGAGAGCCCAGCAUCAGCAUGUGGUCUAUGAUCUCUUCCCAUUGCACCAACCGCAAGAUCAAGACCAAGCUCAUGGAGGGCCACCAGUACCUGUUCCGUGUCUGUGCCGAAAACAAGAUGGGACCCGGGCCCUGUGUGGAGACCAAGGUCCCCGUGCUAGCCAUCGACCCCAUUGAAAAACCAGGCGAGCCCGAGAACUUCAGGGUGACAGACGUUGGCAAGAGCUACGUCUACCUGAGGUGGAGGAGGCCUGACUAUGAUGGCGGCAGCCCCAACCUCUCUUACAACCUGGAGUGCAAAGUCAAAGAUGCGCAGGAAUGGGAAAAACUCAACACGGGCGUCCUAACCAACACUUUCUUUUUGGCGGACAAGUGUGUUGAAAAUCAGACGUACACGUUCAGGGUGCAAAGCGUCAAUGAAGGAGGAGAGAGCGGCUGGGUGAAAUUGGCCGAUAUUCUGGUGCGAGAAGAGAUCCAGAAACCGGUCCUCGACCUGAAGCUUUCCGGAACAUUGACGGUAAAGGCUGGAGAGUCGGUCAGGAUGGAAGCUUCCUUGAGAGGAAAGCCCCACCCUGAAGUCAAGUGGAUCAAGGACAAGGCAACCGGUGACAACCCCAGAAUCAGCUAUGAGACCGGCUCUGACUACUCCAAGUUCCUUUUGACCAAGUCCCGACGCACUGACUCCGGGAAGUACAUUGUCACCGCCACCAACUCGGCCGGAACCUUCACAGCGUACGCCAGCGUGAACGUCCUGGACGUCCCCGGAGCCGUCAGGAACCUACGAGUCACUGGCAUCGGAGCAGACAAGUGCAGAGUCAUUUGGGAUGCGCCUGAGGAUGACGGAGGCUGCGAGGUGGACAGCUACAUCUUGGAAAAGUGCGAGACCAGGAGGAUGGUGUGGUCCACGUAUUCUGCCUCGGUUGUCACCGCGUACUGCAACGUGACGCGUCUGGUGGAAGGCAACGAGUAUAUCUUCCGAGUGCGGGCCGAAAACAAGAUGGGAACUGGGCCUGCCAUGGAGAGCAAGCCCGUCACGGUCCGGACUCAGUUCAACAGACCCGGACCGCCCGACGCCCCUGAGGUCACUAAGAUAAGCAAAGAGGAGAUGACGGUGGUCUGGACUCCUCCCGAGAAUGAUGGAGGAAAAUCCAUCACGGGCUACAUCCUGGAGAGGAAGGAAAAAAGAGCGGUACGCUGGGUGCCGUGCACCAAGAGUCCGAUCCCCGAGAGACGCAUGAGAGUGACCAACCUGAUCCCCAACCACGAGUAUCAGUUCCGAGUCAAGGCUGAGAAUGAGGUCGGACUGGGAGAUCCCAGCAAACCCUGCAGACCUGUCACGGCCAAAGAUCCCAUCGAACCUCCUGGGCCACCCGCAGGCCUGAAGGUGUCCGACAGCACCAAGACCUCCAUCACCCUUUCCUGGUCUAAACCCGUGUACGACGGGGGUGCGCCAAUCAUCGGCUACAGUCUGGACAUGAGACUGAAGAGUGAGGCGGACCCUGAAAAGCCCGCCGAAGGCUGGAAGAGGAUCGACACCCAUGGCCCACUGGUCCUUAAAGAGUUUACCAUUGGACAGCUGGAUGAGAAACAGGAGUAUGAGUUUAAGGUGUCCGCCCAAAACCAGGUGGGCUGGGGACGUCACGCCUACUUAAAGGAACCCGUCUUCCCCAAGGAGAUCCUGGAGGCUCCCGAGAUUGACUUGGACGCAAGUUUGAGGAAAGGUCUUUCGGUGCGGGCUGGCUGUCCCAUUCGACUUUUUGCGAUUGUCAGAGGACGCCCCUUCCCGAAGGUCACCUGGAAGCGCGUGGGGGUGGACAACGUUGUUCGGAGAGGUCACGUGGACCAAGUGGACACCAUGUCCUUCCUCGUCAUCCCUGAAAGCACCAGAGAAGAUUCGGGAAGAUACUCACUGACUCUGUCCAACUCGGCCGGAGAGAAGGCCGUCUUCGUUCGUGUCAAAGUCCUCGACACUCCUGGUCCCGUCGGUGGUCUGGAGGCAACCGACGUUACCAAAACUACAGCGCAGCUUUCCUGGUUGCCGCCGGAGAACGACGGCGGAAGCGCCAUCCUCAACUACAUUGUGGAAAAACGGGAGGUGGACAGAAAGACCUGGACCAAGUGCACAGAGGACCUGAAGAAGACGAGCUUCAAGGUGACCAACAUGGCCCCUGGCAUCGAGUACUACUUCCGGGUGAUGGCGGUCAACAAGUAUGGAAUCGGAGUGCCUCAGGACUCGCCCAAGUCUUACCUGGCCAAAGACCCGAUCAGUGAGCCAGAUCCGCCCAAGAAGAUGGAGGUUUUGGAGAUGACGAGGAACAGCGCCACGCUGGGAUGGCUGAAGCCUCUCCGAGACGGAGGAGCCAAGAUCAAUGGCUAUGUAGUGGACUAUCAGGAGGAGGGGGCGCCGCAGGACAGGUGGACACCGUACUCGGUGGUCAAAGACUUAACCAUUGUGGUCGUGGGCCUGAAGGAAGGCAAGAAGUACAAGUUCAGGGUGGCGGCCAGGAACUCUGUCGGCAUCAGUCUUGCUCGAGAGGCCGAGGGAGUCUUUGAGGCCAAGGAGCAGCUCAUGGCUCCCAAGAUCAUCAUGCCAGACACGGUGACUGUCCGAGCGGGACGCAAGAUGGUGAUCGAGGCUCUGGUGGCUGGUAAGCCGGCUCCCUUCUGCAAGUGGAAGCAGGGCAGCGAGGACGUCCUGACGUCCGAUCGCCUCUCGGUGGUCAAGACGCUCAGCAGCUGCACGCUGAUCAUCAACAACGUCACCCGCUCAGACAGCGGCUACUACAGCCUGUCGGCGGAGAACAGCACGGCCAAGAUCAACCAGAUCCUCAAAGUCGUAGUCAUGGACAUCCCAGGACCUCCCGAAGCUCCGCUGGAGAUCACAGAGCAGGAUAUCGAUGCCUGCACGCUUCUGUGGAACCCUCCUCAGGAGGAUGGCGGCAGCAACAUCACCAACUACAUCGUGGAGAAGUGCGACGUGAGCCAGGGCGACUGGCUCACUGUCUCCUCGUCCUGCACCAAAACCAGCUUCCGGAUGACCAAACUGAUCACCGGCACCGAGUACAUCUUCCGCGUCCGGGCCGAGAACAGGUUCGGCAUCUCUGAGCCCACCUACUCCGAGAAGAUGAUUGCCAGAUAUCCGUUCGAUCCUCCCAGUGAGCCGAGGAACCAUCGGGUAAACAAGAUCAACAAGGACUUUGUUAUCCUGUCCUGGGAGCGUCCCAGCAGCGACGGCGGAAGCCCAAUCACAGGGUACUGCAUCGAGAAGAAGGAGAGGAACAGUUUGCUGUGGGUCAGGGCCAACGAGUCCGUGGUCAAAUCCACCCAGUACACCUGCACCGGUCUCAUCGAGGGCCUGGAGUACACCUUCAGGGUGUCUGCCAUCAACCUGGCCGGACAGGGAAAACCCUGCAAGCAGACCGAAUUCGUCACGGCCAGGACAGCUGUUGACCCUCCAGGUAAACCCGAGCCCAUGGAUGUGACCAGGAGUUCCGUGUCGCUGGUGUGGACCCGACCCAAGCACGACGGUGGCAGCAAGCUUAUUGGCUACUUUGUGGAGUACUGCAAGUUGCCCGAGGAGAAGUGGAGCCGUUGCAACAGCAACUGCAUGAGUGUCCAGACCGAGGACUACGUGGUAAGCGGUCUGGAAGAGGGCCAGCGCUACGUCUUUCGAAUCAUCGCCAAGACGGCCAUCAACGUCAGCCAGCCCUCGGAGCUCUCGGAUCCCAUCGCCGUCAUUGCCGAGAACGUUCCUCCACGUGUGGAGCUGGGGGUCAACAUGAACAACUUGAUUGUGGUGAAAGCCGGGGCAAAUGUCUGCCUGGAUGCGGAAGUGUUUGGGAAGCCUCUGCCCAAGGUGAGCUGGAAGAGAGACAACGUUCCUCUCCAUCCAGCAGAGGGAAUGAAGAUGACCCAGAAGAAACACGUCCACCUGUUGGAGCUCUACUCCGUCACCAGGAAGGAAUCCGGAGACUACACUAUUCUCGCCGCGAAUGCCAGCGGCAGCAAGUAUGCCACCAUUAAAGUCAAAGUUCUCGACAAACCAGGUCCUCCGGCUUCAGUGAAGAUCACCAAAGUGUUUGCAGACCGCGUCAAGCUGCGGUGGGAACCCCCGCUGGCAGACGGCGGUUCUGAAAUCACCAACUACAUCAUCGAGAAGCGGGAAACCAGCAGGGCUAACUGGGCGCUAGUCACCGCCAACAUACAUGGACACAUCACCGACUGCUCGGUAGAAAAGCUCAUUGAGGGCCACGAAUACCAGUUCCGAGUCAGCGCUGAGAACCAGUACGGCGUGGGCGAUGCCACCAUGACCGAACCGGUCACGGUCAAGAAUCCCUACGAUGUUCCCGGCCCUUGCGAGCCACCCGUCAUCACCAACAUCACCAAAGACUCCAUGACGGUCAGCUGGAAGGCGCCCGCCAAUGACGGGAGAGCCCCCAUCCUGGGCUACAUGGUGGAGAAGCGCGAAGCCACCGAGUUGACCUGGGCCAAGGUGAACCGGCGGCCAGUGAUCGACAGAACCAUCAAGGCGAGUCAGCUGACCGAGGGCUCCGAGUACGAGUUCAGGGUCAUUGCCAUGAACAAAGCCGGUCUGGGAAAACCAAGUGAUGCGUCCAGCGCGGCUCUGGCCGUUGAUCCCGUCUAUCCCCCCGGCCCGCCCGCCUUCCCCAAGGUGGUGGAUUCUACCAGGAGGUCCAUUAGCCUGAGCUGGACCAAGCCAGCGUACGAUGGAGGUUGCGAAAUCAUCGGCUAUCUGGUGGAGUGCAAACUGGCCACUGCAGAAAACUGGACCAGAUGCAAUGUCCCUAAGAAGCUCCAGGCGACCAAGUUGUUGGUAACAGGCCUGAUGGAAGGCACAGAGUACCAGUUCCGAGUAUUUGCCGUUAACAAGAUUGGCUACAGCGAGCCCAGCGAAGUCCCCGGCAACCACACGGCCAAGGACAUUCUGAUCCCUCCGGAAGCCGAGCUGGAUGCCGACCUGCGGAAAACAUUGGUUCUCCGCGCCGGUGUCACCAUGAGGCUCUACGUCCCCUUGAGAGGGCGGCCGGCACCCAAAGUGACGUGGAGCAAGGUGGACGGAAAUCUGAAGGAGAGAACCGGCGCCCUGAUCAAGACGUCAGAAUGGGACACCCUGCUCUUAGUUGAAGACAUCAACAGAUACGACGCUGGCAAAUACGUCUUGAUGCUGGAGAACAGCAGUGGGUCCAAGAGCUACACCAUCGUGGUCAAGGUCCUCGAUUCUCCUGGACCACCUCAAAACCUUACUGUGAAGGAGACCUCCCUCAACCACGCCUGUAUCACCUGGGACGCCCCGUUGAUCGAUGGCGGCAGUCCCGUCAAGAACUAUAUCGUGGAGAAACGCCUGGCCGAGAGGAAGGCCUGGACUUGUGUGUCAGCCGAGUGUCACAAGAUCUCGUACAGGAUUCCUAACCUGGAGGCGGGACAAGCCUACUGCUUCAGAGUUCUCGCCGAGAACGCUUAUGGCAUCGGAGAGGGCUGUGAAACUGCCGGCAGCGUGCGAGCUUCAGAGGAACCUGGUCCAGUGAUGGACUUGAAUGCCACGAAAACCACUAAAGAUUCCAUCACUCUGGCCUGGAAAAAGCCCAUCAGUGAUGGCGGAAGCCACAUCAACGCCUAUGUUGUGGACCAGAGCGAAGGCGAGAAGUGGAAGCAGAUCUCUAAGGGAAAGAACACCUCACUGACGGUUGGGGAGCUCACAGAGGGCCAGGAAUACUUGUUCAGAGUCAAGGCACUCAAUGAGUCUGGAGAGGGGCCGCCCUCUGAGAUCACGGCUGUUGCCAAGGACCAGUUUGUGCUACCUGACUGCAACCUGAGCUGUCUGCACGACGGUUGCUAUGUGGUGAAGGAAGGGACUACCGCCCGCAUCAACAUUCCCAUCUGCGGCAUGCCCUAUCCCACUGCCACAUGGAAUAAGGGCGACGUAGCGCUCGGCGAUAUCGGCCGUAUGUGUGUCGAGGCCUCCCAGGGUGUUACCACUCUCCUGAUCAGAGACUGCCAGAGAGGAGACGCGGAAAUCUACACCGUCAACGUCAGGAACAGCUUGGGCUCCAAGGACUGUAAGUUGCAGCUCAAGGUUGUGGGCAAACCGGGCAUCUGCACCGGACCCAUCAAGUUUGACGAGAUCACAGCUGACGGCAUCACACUGGAAUGGGGGCCACCCAAAGAUGACGGCGGUGCAGAGGUGUCCAACUACAUUGUCGAGAAAAGGAGGACGACAGACAACAAGUGGGCCACGGUAGCGUCAGCUAUACAAAAAACCACCAUGCGAGUCAUACGUCUCCACGACGGAGUGGAGUACAUUUUCAGAGUGUUUGCUGAGAACAAAUACGGAAUUGGAGAGCACCUGAGGUCAGACACGGUCAUCGCGCAGCAUCCUUUCAAUGUCCCAGAGGCGCCUGCACCCCCAGAGAUAAUGAGCAUCCGUCACGAAUCAGCCAUCCUAACCUGGGCCGAUCCCAGAGACACGGGCGGCUCCCCAAUUACAGGCUAUCAUGUGGAGUUUAAGGAGAGGAACAGUCUGAUGUGGAAACGAGCCAGCAAGACUCCUCUCAGACUGAAGGAGUGCAGGGUCACGGGUCUGAUCGAGGGACUGGAGUACGAAUUCAGGGUGAUGGCCAUGAACGUGGCCGGUCUCGGGAAGGCCAGCAGACCUACUGAGGCUGUUGUUGCCCUGGAUCCCAUUGAUCCUCCUGGCAAGCCCGAGGUCAUUAAUGUCACCAGGUCAUCAGUCACUCUUAUCUGGACUCCUCCCAAAUAUGACGGCGGCUACAAACUGACUGGCUACAUGGUCGAGAAGUUAGAGGCUGGCGGUAAGGCCUGGAUGAAGGCGAACCACAUCAACAUUCAAGGCUGCGCCUUCACAGUCACUGACCUGACAGAGGGAACUCAGUAUAAAUUCCAAGUCAGGGCCAAGAACUCUGCCGGUGCUAUUAGUCUUCCCUCAGAGACGACCGACCUGUUAACGUGCAAGGAUGAGUUUGAACCCCCGAGCAUAACCAUUGACCCAGACAUGAAGGACGGCCUAUCAGUCCGGGCAGGAGAUACAAUCGUGGUGUCCGCUUCCAAGAUUCUCGGCAAACCUCCGCCCACCGCUGUCUGGUCAAAGGCCGGCCGUGAGCUCAAGAACUCCGACAUUGUCAGCAUCACCGGCACUCCGACCUCCUCCGCUGUGGCCAUCAAGUACGCCAGCCGGAAGAACACCGGAGAGUACACCAUCACUGCCAGUAACCCGUUCGGCAUCAGAGAAGAACACGUCAAAGUGAAGGUUCUGGAUGUUCCUGGACCUCCGGGCCCCAUUGAGGCCAGUAACAUCUCUGCUGAAAAGUGCACCCUGACCUGGCUUCCACCAGAGGAGGACGGAGGCUGCUCUAUUAAGUCUUACACCCUUGAGAAGCGAGAGACCAGUCGCUUGCAGUGGACCAAGCUGGCUGAAAAUGUCAUGGACUGCAGAUGUGUCGCCAGCAAACUGAUCAAAGGCAACGAGUACAUCUUCAGGGUGUCUGCUGUCAACCAAUAUGGGACUGGAGACGCAAGCCUGUCCGGUCCAGUCAAAAUGGUCGACAGUUAUGGUCCACCAGGUCCACCAUCAAGCCCAGAAAUUGAUAAUGUCACCAGGAACUCUGUCACCAUUUCUUGGAAGAGACCAUUGCAGGAUGGGGGCAGUGACAUCAGGGGCUACCUUGUCGAAAGGAAAGAGAAACGAGGCAUGAGGUGGGUCAGGGCUUCCAAAAGAACGGUCCCAGACCUGCGCUUCAAGGUGCAAGGCCUAAGCGAAGGGGUCGAGUACGAAUUCCGAGUGACUGCCGAGAACAAGGCUGGCUUCGGAGAACCCAGUGAGCCUUCGCGUCCGGCCAUGACCAAGGACAUUGUGUAUCCACCAGGCCCUCCUUCCAACCCAAGGAUUGCGGACACCACGAAGACGUCUGCCACGUUCACCUGGGGCCGACCCCACUACGACGGCGGGCUGCCAGUGGAUGGAUACAUUGUGGAGUAUAAAAAGGAAGGGCAUGAUGACUGGGAGACAGAGACAGAGUACCAGCUGAAGGCUACUGUCUAUGUUAUCGGAAAACUGCAGAAGGGAGGCAGAUACCAGUUCAGAGUCAGAGCUGUGAACUCAGAGGGGGUUGGCGAACCUGCAGAGGUUGAGAAAGUAACAGAACUUGUGGACCAGGAGUCUGUUCCAGACUUUGAGCUAGACGCCGAACUCCGCAAAUCCCUGGUAGUCAGGGCCCGCACGUCGAUACGUCUUUUUGUUCCCAUCCGAGGCCGUCCUGUGCCAGAAGUCACCUGGACCAAAGAUGACGUCAAUCUGAAACUGCGUGCGCACAUUGACACCACUGAGUCUUACACCCUGCUGGUCAUCCCCGACUGCACUAGAUACGAUGCCGGAAAGUACAACCUCUGCCUGGAGAACGUGGCCGGAAAGAAGACUGGCUUCAUAAAUGUUCGGGUCUUGGACACACCGGGGCCCCCGGUGAAUCUCAAACCGAGAGAGAUUGCUAAAACGAGCAUAACCCUUCAGUGGGAGAUCCCCAUCAUUGACGGUGGCUCUAAGAUCCACAACUACAUCAUUGAAAAGAGAGAGGCCACAAAGAAGGCCUACACUGUCCUGAGCACCGACUGGCAGAAGUGCGCCUUCAAAUUCACUGACCUGGAGGAGGGCGCUUACUACUACUUCCGCAUCUCUGCCGAGAAUGACCUCGGCGUUGGCGAGCCCGCUGAAACUGCCGACCCAAUCAGGGCCUCUCAGGCCCCUUCGCCGCCAGAAAACCUGUACAUCACUGAUGUUACGGCGGACAGCGCCAGCUUGGCAUGGACCAAGCCUCUUCACGAUGGUGGUAGCUUGAUCACAGGCUAUGUCAUUGAGGCCCAGAUGAAGGACACUGAGCAUUGGCUCCACGUUGCUGCCAUCAAGGCUCUGGACUACACUGUGACCAAUCUGAUCGAGGGGGAAGAAUACACGUUCCGCAUAAUGGCGGUCAACGCUUCGGGUAGAAGCGAUCCACGCGAGAGCAGACCAGCGAUUAUUAAGGAGCAAACAUCGGCUCCGUCAUUUGAUCUACGUGGUGUCUACCAGAAGACGGUCAUUGCCAAGGCUGGCGACCGGGUUAAGGUAGAGAUUCCGGUGCUUGGAAAACCCAAACCUGUUGUGUCUUGGAAGAAAGGAGACACUGCUCUCAGAGAGACGCAAAGAAUCAACACAGAAACCACAGCAACGUCAACCAUCCUCAACAUUGGCGAAAUCAAGAGGACUGAUGGAGGCCAGUAUUCGAUGACAGGAAAGAAUAUGCUGGGCACAGUGACUGAAACAAUCACAGUAUUAGUCCACGAUAUUCCAGGUCCACCCACCGGUCCCAUAAAGAUGGACGAAGUCUCGUCCGAUUAUAUCCUUAUGUCCUGGGAGGCCCCUGAGAAUGACGGAGGUGUUCCCAUCAACAAUUACAUUGUUGAAAUGCGGGAGACCACCGGUACUUCCUGGGUGGAGUUAGCAGCCACUGUCAUACGCACCACAUUUAAGGCAGCCCGGCUCAUCACCGGAACCGGAUAUCAGUUCCGUGUUAAGGCCCAAAAUCGAUACGGCAUUGGACCAGCCAUUGUCUCUGAGCCGGUGGUGGCGACCUAUCCGUUUGAUGUCCCAGGCCAGCCAGGCCCACCUGCAGUCACAUCCCACAAUAAGGAUGCAAUGACUCUGAGUUGGAACGAGCCAGCUUUGGAUGGGGGCAGCGCCAUUCUGGGCUACCAUGUGGAACGAAAAGAGCGGAACAGCAUUCUGUGGCAGCCAAUCAGCAAAUCUCUUGUGGUGGGGAACAUCUUCAAAUCAACUGGCCUGGUUGAUGGAAUUGAAUAUCAACAUCGUGUUAUUGCUGAAAACCUGGCUGGUCUCAGCAAACCCAGCAAACCCUCUGACCCAUUGCACGCUCUGGAUCCGGUGGAUCCGCCAGGCAGACCCUUGGCACUGAACAUCACCAGACACGAGGUGACCGUUUCCUGGACCAAACCAGAGGCAGAUGGAGGAUUCCCCAUUACCGGAUACACCGUGGAGAGGAGAGAGCUGCCAAGCGGGCGCUGGCUCAAAGCCAACUUCAACAACAUCCUCGAGACGGUCUACACAGUCAGCGGUCUGAUUGAAGACGGAGUUUACGAAUUCCGCGUGUUGGCUCGCAACUCAGCAGGAGCUGUGAGUGCACCUUCCCAACCCUCGGAAGCCAUCACAUGCAGGGAUGACCUUGAGGAGCCCCGGCUCAAUGUCGACUCCAUUUACAGUAGCAAUGUUGUUGUCAUGGCCGGAGAGGUGUUUACACUGGAGGCCGACGUGACGGGCCGGCCCAUCCCCUCACUCGUGUGGACCAAGGACGGGAAAGAACUCGAAGAUACCGGAAAGUUGGAGAUCAAGAUGUCUGCUUUCCACACAAGUUUAAUCAACAAAGACUCGUUGAGAAGAGAUGGCGGUGCGUUCACCCUUACUGCCAGUAACCCUGGCGGCUACGCUAAAUUCACUUUCAACGUCAAGGUCCUUGAUCGACCGGGACCGCCAGAUUCCUUAACGGUUACCGACAUUGCCGCAGAGAAGUGUGUCCUCAACUGGCUGCAUCCGACACAUGACGGCGGUGCCAAGAUUGAAUACUUCAUCAUUCAGAAGCGGGAAACCAGCAGGUUGGCCUGGACAAACGUGGCCACAGAUCUCCAAGCAAACAGGUUCAAGGUCACCAAGCUUCUGCAGGGCAAUGAGUAUGUCUUCAGAGUUAUGGCUGUGAAUAAGUAUGGCAUUGGAGAGCCGGUGGAGUCCCUGCCUGUCAUAUGUGCCAAUCCCUACGUUCCCAGUGACCCGCCCGGGCAGCCGGAGGUCACGACCAUCACCAAAGACUCAAUGGUGGUCUGCUGGGAGCGCCCCGAGCAUGACGGAGGGAGCAGAAUUAACACUUACGUCAUUGAGAGAAGGGAUAAGACUGGACUGCGCUGGGUGAAGUGCAACAAAAGGACUGUAACGGACCUUCGGUUUAAGGCCUCUGGCCUCACACCGGGUCACGAGUAUGAGUUCAGAGUUUUUGCAGAGAACAAUGCCGGACUGAGCCAGCCGAGUCCCUUGAGUCCGUUCUACAAAGCCAUGGACACAAUAUUCCAACCAGGACCUCCGGGGAACCCGAGAGUUCUAGACACGACCAAGUCUUCCAUCACUCUUGCAUGGAAUAAGCCCAUCUAUGAUGGUGGUUCUGAAAUCACUGGCUACAUUGUGGAGACUUGCCUGCCAGAAGAGGAUGAAUGGACAAUUCACACUCCUAAGAAGGGAUGGACAGCUACCUCCUUCACCAUCACUGGGCUGAAAGAGAACCAAGACUACAAGAUCAACAUCUGUGCCACCAACUGCGAGGGUGUGGGAGAGCCCGCUGCUGUCCCCGGAACUCCAAAAGCCGAGGACAGGUUACUACCUCCUGAAAUUGAACUCGAAACGGAUCUCCGUAAGGUGGUCUGCAUCCGAGCCUGUGGCACACUCAGACUCUUUGUGCCGAUUAAAGGCAGGCCGGCACCUGACGUCAAAUGGUCAAGAGAGCACGGGGAGUCCCUAGACAAAGCUAUCGUUGAGGUCACGUCAUCAUUCACCACUCUGCAAGUUGAAAAUGUUGACAGGUUUGAUGGUGGUAAAUACAUAGUCACUGUGGAAAAUGCCUCGGGAAGUAAGAGUGCUUUUGUCAACGUCAGGGUACUCGACACCCCCGGGGCACCUCAGAACCUUCUCAUCAAGGAGGUUACCAAAGAUUCGGUCUCGCUCAUUUGGGAUGCGCCUUUAAUUGAUGGCGGCUCCAGAGUCCGCAACUACAUUGUUGAGAAACGCGAGUCAACCAGGAAGGCCUACUCCACUGUGAGUUCAAGCUGCCACAAAUCCAGCUGGAAAGUUGGAGAACUGGAGGAAGGCAAGAUGUACUUCUUCAGAGUUUUGGCUGAGAACGAAUAUGGCAUCGGCCUCCCGGUGGAGACGUUUGACCCCAUUAAGGUGUCGGAGAGACCCCUCCCUCCAGGAAAGGUGACUCUCCGCGAGGUUACCGGCACCAGCGUUACACUCACCUGGGAGAAGCCCGACCAUGACGGUGGCAGCAGAAUCACCGGAUACAUUGUUGAGAUGCAGGCGAGUGAUAGUGAAAAGUGGACCCAGGUUAUGGCGGUCAAGACCAAUGAGGCAAUUGUAACGGGUUUAACGCAGGGAGAGGAGUACAUGUUCCGUAUCUCAGCAACCAAUGAAAAGGGAGUUAGUGAUCCACGUUCUCUCAGCAUGCCAGUGGUGGCCAAAGAUCUGGUUAUAGCGCCAACCUUCAAACUGGCUUUCAGCACCUUUAGUGUGCUAGCCGGAGAUGAUCUGAAGAUUGACGUGCCUUAUGCCGCUUGUCCCAAAGCAACAGCGACGUGGUUAAAAGACGGGGUCGCCCUCAAGGAGACGACGAGAGUUCACGCUGAAAGCACCAACAAGAACCUUUUCCUGGUCAUUAAGGAGGCCUGUAGAGAUGAUGUGGGCGUGUAUUCCAUCAAACUUAGCAACACAGCAGGAGAGGCAACCGCAAACAUAAACGUGGUGGUCCUAGACAAGCCAGGCCCUCCGACUGGCCCAAUCAAGCUGGACGAAGUCACUGCAGACAGUGUGAUCUUGUCCUGGAAUCCGCCAGAGUACGACGGUGGCUGUAGCAUCAACAAUUAUGUCGUGGAGAAGAGAGACACGUCGACCACUAACUGGCAGAUUGUAUCGGCCACGGUAGCCAGAACCACUAUAAAAGCUGUACGUCUGAAGACCGGAUGCGAGUACCAAUUCAGGAUUGCCGCAGAGAACCGCUAUGGCAAGUCCUCUGCGCUGCUGUCUGAAAUCAUAGUGGCUCAAUAUCCAUUCGACGUACCCGCUUCACCACGUUCCGUGGUUGUCCAGUCAGCCACCAAGGAGAGCAUGCUGGUCGUAUGGGAUAAACCCAGCAGUGAUGGUGGAAGUAAGAUCCUGGGCUACCACGUGGAGCUCAAAGAGAAAAACAGUAUUCUGUGGGUGAAGCAUAACAAACAGCUUAUCCCAGAAACCCGAUUCAAAGCGGUUGGCCUGGAAGAGGGUAUUGAAUACGAGUUCAGAGUUUAUGCUGAGAACAUUGUCGGCCUAAGCAAAGCAAGCGUCGUGAGUGAUUUGCAGGUAGCCAGAGACCCUUGUGACAGACCAGGAAAGCCGGAGGCUGUUAUCGUAACCAGAAACCAGGUGACCCUCCGAUGGGCCAAACCUGAGUAUGAUGGUGGCAUAAAAAUCACUGGCUAUGUGGUAGAGAAGAAGGAAGGAGCCGGACGCUGGAUGAAGGCCAGUUUUGCCAACGUCAUCGAGACUUCAUUUGUUGUCACGGGUCUCACUGAAGAUCAGAUUUAUGAGUUCCGCGUCAUUGCAAAAAAUGCAGCUGGUGUGAGCAGUCAACCGUCCGACUCCACCGGAGCCAUCACUGCCAAGGAUGAGGUGGAUCCGCCCCAAAUUGACUUAGAUGCCAAAUACUCCCAGGCUGUGGUCGUGAACGCCGGAGAGUCCUUCACGCUCGAGGCGGCUUUCUCCGGCAAACCCGUACCCACGGUACAAUGGCUGAAGGAGGGUCAAGUCAUGAGUGAAGCAGCACGCCUGGAAAUCAAGAACACAGACUUUUUGGCCUGCAUUGUUGUCAAAGAAGCCAUUCGUGUCGAUGGGGGCCAGUACACGUUGCUGGUAAAGAAUGUAGGUGGAGAGAGAUCUGUGAACAUUCUUGUCAAAGUUCUGGACAGGCCUGGUCCGCCAGAGGGCCCUAUUUCAAUCUACGGUGUAACAAAUGAGAAAUGUUCCAUUUCCUGGAAACCACCUUUCCAAGAUGGCGGUAGCGAUGUCUCACAUUACAUUGUUGAAAGGAGAGAGACGAGCAGACUGGUUUGGACAGUAGUUGAACAGAAGGUUCAAACCCUCAACCUGAAGAUCACCAAGCUUCUCCCCGGUAACGAAUACAUCUUUCGAGUGAUUGCAGUGAACAAAUAUGGAGUCGGUGAGCCUCUGGAAUCCGAGCCCAUGAUUGCCAAAAAUCCAUUUGUCCCGCCCGACCCACCAAGAGAGGUCGAGGUCUCCACGAUUACCAAAGACUCCAUGGUAGUGACCUGGGAACGGCCGAGUAACGACGGCGGCAGCGCCAUUCAAGGUUAUGUUGUGGAGAAACGUGACAAGGACGGCGUUAGAUGGACCAGGUGCAAUAAGCGUAACGUAAGCGAGCUCCGUUUCAGAGUUAGCGGUCUUCUAGAAAACCACAGCUAUGAAUUUAGAGUCUCUGCAGAGAAUGCUGCCGGCAUCGGAACGCCCAGUCCCACGACAACAUAUUACAAAGCCUUGGAUCCUAUCUUCAAACCAGGCCCGCCAAACAAUCCCAAGGUGGUGGACACGUCAAGAUCCACCGUUUCCUUGACCUGGGGUAAACCCAUCUAUGACGGUGGCUGUGAGAUUCAGGCCUACAUUGUAGAAGCAUGCAACAGUGCAUCAGACGAGUGGUUCAUAUGCACUCCUUCCUCUGGAAUCGCAGAAACGUACUUUACAGUGACAAAGCUCCUGGAGAAGCACGAGUAUCAGUUCAGAGUGUGCGCCAUCAACAAAAUGGGUGUCGGCGAGCAAGCUGAUUUCCCGGGGAAAAUCGUUCUGGAAGAAAAGCUCGAAGCUCCAGACCUGGACCUCGAUGCCGAUAUGAGAAAGAUGAUCAACGUCAGAGCCGCAAGCACACUUAGGCUCUUUGUUCCCGUGAGAGGUCGUCCCGCCCCUGAGGUCAAAUGGGGCAAGGCUGAUGGGGAGAUUAAGGAGACAGCCCAAAUUGAUAACACAGACAGCUACGCAUCGCUUGUCAUUGAGAACGUGGACCGAUUUGACAGUGGCAAAUACACGCUUACUGCAGAGAACGCCAGUGGAAUAAAGUGCGCCUUCAUCAGCGUCAGAGUCCUGGACUCCCCGAGCCCUCCAAAUAACCUUUUCGUCAAGGAGAUCACCAAGAACUCCGUCACCCUGACGUGGGAGCCUCCGCUCAUCGACGGCGGCUCAAAGAUUAAGCAGUACAUCGUGGAGAAGCGGGAGAGCACUCGUAAGGUUUACUCCCCAGUCACCGUCUGCAAUAAGAUGACAUGGAAAGUAGAAUCUCUGCCAGAGGGUGGAAUAUUCUUCUUUAGAGUGAUGGCUGAGAACGAGUACGGCAUCGGUCUGCCUGCCAAAACCAUUGAGCCGAUCAAGGUAUCUGAGAAGCCGCAGCCCCCCGGUAAAGUCAGCGUUGUUGACGUCACGCACAGUAGCGUCACCUUGACGUGGGAGAAGCCCUUACAUGAUGGCGGCAGCCGGAUAAGCCACUACGAAGUUGAACUGGCUCCAAGGGACACUGACUCCUGGUCCGUCUGUGCCAGUGGGAAGGCAACCGAGGCCCGAGUGAGUAACUUGCUCAAGGGAGAAGAGUAUCAGUUCCGAGUGGUGGCUGUCAACGACAAGGGCAGGAGCGACCCCAGGCAACUGGCUCAGCCGGUCGUCGCAACGGACCUUGUGAUCGAGCCUGCCGUUCGUCCUAAAGCCAGUAGCUACAGUGUUCAAGUGGGACACGACCUCAAGAUGGAAGUGCCAAUUGCGGGACAUCCAAAGCCGACCAUCUCUUGGUCCAAGGAUGGAGCCGUCCUCAAGCAGACCACCAGGGUAAACGUCACAGAUUCACCGCAUCAGACCACACUCACGAUAAAGGAUGCCACGAGAGAGGACGAAGGCAUGUACACCAUCACCGUUGCCAACGAUCUGGGAUCCAAGGAAGCCACUGUCGAAGUUAUCACUUUAGACAAGCCUGGACCGCCGAUGGGACCUGUCAAAUUGGAUGAUGUCAGUGCAGAGAGUAUCACCCUUACAUGGGAACCUCCCACUUAUACAGGCGGCUGCCAAAUAUCAAACUAUGUUGUCGAAAAACGAGACACAACCACCACCAACUGGGCAGUGGUUUCUGCCACCGUGGCCAGAUCGACACUCAAAGUGGGCAAUCUGAAGACCGGUGCGGAAUAUCAAUUCCGAAUCUAUGCUGAGAACAGAUACGGCAAGAGUUAUGCCAUUGAUUCGGACCCGGUCGUGGCGCAGUAUCCAUUCCAAGAGCCCGGGCCACCGGGCACGCCGUUUGUGUCUUCAUACACUAAAGACUACAUGGUCGUGGAGUGGCACAAAUCUCCAUCUGAUGGCGGCAGCACUAUCCUGGGCUAUCAUCUUGAAAGGAAAGAGAAGAACAGCAUACUUUGGACCAAGAUUAACAAGACUCUCGUCCAAGACUGCAGGUUCAAGUCCACUCCUCUGGAGGAAGGCAUCGAGUAUGAAUACAGGGUCUGCGCCGAGAACAUUGUCGGCAUUGGAAAGUGCAGUAAAGUCUCAGAGGUCUAUGUGGCCCGCGAUCCGUGUGAUCCUCCUGGGUGUCCAGUAGCACUGAUUGUGACCAGACACUCAGUGAAGCUCAGGUGGGCCGCCCCGCAGUACAACGGCGGAAGUCUAAUUAUUGGAUAUGUAGUGGAGAAACGGGAUCUUCCUGAAGGCAAGUGGAUGAAGGCCAGCUUUGCAAACGUCACGAGCCUUGAAUUCACGGUCACCGGCUUGACAGAAAACAGCAAAUAUGACUUUAGGGUCAUUGCAAGGAACGCGGCCGGUGCAGUCAGCAAGCCUUCCGAGAGCACCGGAUCCAUCACGGCGAUAGACAAAGUUAACCCGCCCGGCUGUGAGACGGACGCCAUGUACAAUCAGACGCUCGUCGUCAAUGCUGGGGACACAUUCAGUUUGGAGGCCAAAGUGGACGGAAAGCCCGUUCCUACAGCUCAGUGGUUUAAGGGAGAUGUUGAAGUGGAGAACUCGGCCCGAGCGGAGAUUAAAAAUGAAGACUUUAAGGCUCUUCUUGUUGUGAAGGAUGCCAUCAGAGUGGACGGCGGCCAGUACACACUGCUACUGACCAACGUGGCCGGCAGCAAAACUGUCCCGUUCAGCGUGAAAGUCCUCGACAGACCGGGUCCAUCGGAGGGUCCUCUCACUGUCAGCAAUGUCACAGAGGAGAAGUGCUCCCUGUCGUGGCUUCCGCCGAGGCAUGACGGUGGCAGCGGCAUUUCUCACUACGUCAUUCAGAAGAGAGAGACCAGCCGACUGGCGUGGACUGUGGUCUCCAGUGAUUGCGUUGCCACCAUGUUCAAGGUCACCAAACUCUUGAAGGGUAACGAAUACAUCUUCAGGGUCAUGGCGGUCAACAAAUAUGGCGAGGGGGAGGCUCUAGAGUCAGCUCCAGUUAUAAUGAGGAAUCAAUUUGUCCCGCCUGGCACACCUCGAGAGAUUGACAUCACCAACAUUACCAGGGACUCCAUGACUGUCUGCUGGAACCGCCCCGAGACCAACGGAGGCAGUGAAAUUGUUGGCUACAUUGUGGAAAAGAGAGAUCGGGCUGGCAUAAGGUGGACCAAGUGUAACAAGCGCAGGGUAACGGACUUGCGUUUCCGAGUGACGGGACUGACCGAGGACCACGAAUAUGAAUUCAGGGUGUCUGCCGAGAAUGCAGCUGGCGUGAGUCAGCCGAGCCCUCCCACACCUUACCUGAAAGCCUGUGACCCCACUUUUGAGCCUGGCAGCCCCACCGACGUUCAUGUGACAGACACCACAAAGGACUCCAUAAGUCUGGCAUGGCACAGGCCCAUAUAUGAUGGUGGCUGCGAGAUUCAAGGUUACGUUGUUGAAGUCACCAAGGCUGAUGAGGAGGAGUGGACUAUUUGCACGCCACCUUCUGGAGUAAAUGUCCCCAGGUUUACCAUCACCAAGUUGACUGAGCAUCAGGAAUACAAAGUGCGCGUCUGUGCCAUCAACAAGCUGGGCAUUGGGGAGCCGAGCCAGGUCCUGGGCACACUUACGCCUGUGGACAAGAUGAAUGCCCCGGAGAUGAUUCUGGAUGCAGAACUUCGAAAGGGCAUUACCGUCCGUGCGGGAGCCCCCAUGAGAAUUGGCAUUCCAUUUAAGGGUCGUCCUACACCGGAGAUUAGCUGGGCCAAGGAGGACGGUGAACUUCCCAGUAAAGUUCAACUUGAAAUGGAAGAUGACUACACGCAGCUCUCCAUCGAUAUCUGUGACAGACAUGAUGCCGGGAAAUAUGUCCUCAAUCUGCAAAACAGCGCAGGCACCAAAUCUGCAUUUGUAGCUGUCAAAGUUCUGGACACCCCAGGAGCGCCCAUGAACCUGAUCGUCAAAGAUGUCAAACGCGAGAGCGUCACCCUGAGUUGGGAGCCCCCUCUUAUUGACGGGGGUGCAAGAAUAAAGAAUUAUCUGGUCGAAAAGCGUGAGUCCAACAGGAAGGUUUAUGCCAACGUAGACAACAAGUGCACAAAGACCAGCUAUCGAGUAACCGGGCUCACCGAGGGAAUCGUUUACUACUUCCGGGUCCUUGCCGAAAAUGAGUUUGGUGUCGGACUACCCGUUGAGACGACAGACUCGGUUAAGACCGCUGAGCCUCCUCUGUCAGUCGGUAAAGUCAAUUUAACCGAAGUCACUAAAACAACAGCCUCGCUGUCAUGGGAGAAGCCAGUCCACGACGGAGGAAGCAGGAUUAUCGGUUACUACAUCGAAAUGCAAACGAUGGACUCUGAGGAAUGGGUGGAGGCCACCACCACCAAGACCUGCGAAGGCACGGUCACAGGCCUCACUGCCGGACACGAGUAUCUUUUCAGAGUAUCUGCCUUUAAUGACAAAGGUAAGAGUGACCCUAGGGCUCUCGCCGCACCGGUCAUAGCCAUGGAUUUGACCAUGUUGCCCGGAUUCAGCAUGACAUUCAACACGUAUAGUUUGCAAAAUGGUGAAGAUUUGAAGAUUGAGAUUCCAGUGACUGGGCGUCCAGUCCCGACAGUGGAGUGGAAGAAAGAAGGACAGGCUCUUAGAGAGACGACCAGGCUCAAUGUAUCUGGUACCCCUACAUCGACAAAGCUGUGCAUCAAGGAUGCAAAGAGGGAGGAUUCCGGCAAAUACACCGUCACAGCUACCAGCAAUGUCGGAACUGCAACCGAGGAGAUCACCGUUAUCGUUCUCGAUAAACCGGGUCCGCCCACCGGUCCUGUGAAGAUUGACGAAGUGAGCUCCAAUUACGUGACAUUCUCCUGGGAACCACCAACGUAUACUGGCGGCUGUCAAAUUAACAACUACAUUGUCGAGAAGAGAGACACCACCAGCACAGCUUGGCAGAUUGUGUCUGCGACCAUCGCCAGAACAACCAUCAAGGUCAGCAACCUGAAGACUGGAGUGGAAUAUCAAUUCAGAGUGUCUGCUGAGAACAGAUAUGGAAAGAGUUCCGCUAUUGUCUCACCACAAGUCAUGGCUCGGUAUCCAUUCAGUGUGCCCGACGCACCAGUGGCACCUGUUGUGACCGCGGCGACCAAGGACAGCAUGGUGGUAGAGUGGAAGCCGCCCCUAAACAAUGGUGGCAGUCCCAUUCUUGGUUACCAUCUGGAAAGGAAGGAGAAGAACAGUCUCCUGUGGACUCAGCUCAACAAGCUGCUUAUCCCCGAUGCACGGUUCAAGACCGGUGAUCUGGAGGAGGGCAUCGAGUAUGAAUUCAGGGUGUGUGCCGAAAACAUUGCAGGACUAAGUCCCGUGAGCAAAGUCUCCGAAAGCACCGUCGCUCGGGACCCCUGUGACGCACCGGGUACUCCCGAGGCCAUUGAAAUAACACGAAACCACGUCACGCUUCGGUGGGCCGCUCCAGCGUACGACGGAGGCAGCGUGAUUACCGGCUACGUGGUUGAAAGGAGGAAACACCCGGAUACUCGCUGGAUGAAGGCCAGCUUCACCAACAUCCUUAACACCCAGUUCACGAUCACUGGCCUGACUGAGGACUGCAUUUAUGAGUUCAGAGUUGUGGCCAAGAAUGCAGCAGGCACAUCCAGCCGUCCCUCUCCAAGCACAGGAGAAAUAACUGCCAAAGAUGAAAUUGAGGCCCCCGAAGCAACCAUGGAUUCCAAAUUCAAGGACCUAACGGUGGUUCGUGCUGGCGAAACGUUUGUCAUUGACGCAGACUACACCGGCAAGCCUCUGCCUGAGGUCAUCUGGUUAAAGGAUGGGAAGGAGAUUGACAAGACUACGCCAAGAAUGGAGAUCAAGACCACACUCACACGCACCGUCUUGACAGUGAAAGACUGCAUCCGCACAGACGGGGGACACUUUGUUCUCAAACUCGUGAACGUGGGAGGAGUUAAAAACAUGCCGGCUAACGUCAAGGUUCUAGAUAGACCCGGCCCACCGGAGGGCCCGUUAAAGGUCAAAGGCGUUACUGCUGAAAAGUGUUAUCUGCAUUGGAACCAUCCCUCGCAGGACGGCGGAGCUGGCAUUUCACACUAUAUCAUCGAAAAGAGAGAAACCAGCCGUUUGUCGUGGACUAUGGUGGAGCCCAACAUACAAGCCAUCAGCUAUAAAGUCACCAAACUGCUGCCUGGGAACGAGUACAUCUUCCGAGUCACGGCUGUCAACAAAUACGGUGUUGGAGAGCAACUCGAAUCUGAGCCAGUUGUCGCACGCAAUCCAUUCACCACCCCGAGCGCACCGAGCAUACCAGAGGCCGGUGCCAUCACCAGAGACUCCAUUGUGCUCACCUGGGAACGGCCAGAGAGCAACGGGGGAGCCGAGAUUGAGGGAUACAUCCUUGACAAACGUGACAAGGACGGCAUCCGAUGGAGCAAAUGCAACAAGAAGAGGCUGACCGACCUGAGGUUCCGAUGCACCGGUCUCACCGAGGGCCACUCUUACGAAUUCAGGGUCUCUGCUGAAAAUGCCGCUGGCGUGGGCACGCCCAGUGCACCGACUCAAUACAUCAAGGCGUGCGAUGCCAUUUACCCACCAGGACCCCCAAACAACCCGAAGGUCGCCGACCAUUCCAGCACAACGGUCUCCUUAACCUGGACGAGGCCUAUAUAUGAUGGCGGAGCACCCGUCAGCGGUUACAUUGUUGAAAUGAAGGAGGCCGAAGCGGAUGAAUGGGUCGUUUGCACCCCACAAACUGGGGUGCAGGCUACCAACUACACAGUGAAGAAAUUGAGGGAGAACGCAGAGUACCGUUUCCGCAUCUGCGCCGUUAACUGCGAGGGCGUGGGUGAACACGUAGACCUGCCUGGCAGCAUCAUCGCCGCUGAGAAGCUGGAAGCUCCCGAAAUUGAACUGGACUGCGAUCUAAGAAAGAUGGUCAACGUCAGGGCCACAGCGUCCUUGCGUCUAUUUGUCACAAUCCGAGGGAAGCCUGAGCCCGAGGUCCGGUGGUCAAAGGCAGACGGCACUCUCAACGAGCGUGCUCAGAUUGAGGUGACGAGCUCCUACACCAUGUUAGUGAUUGAGAACGUCGACCGAUUUGAUACCGGGAAAUAUGUACUGACGCUGGAGAACAUGAGCGGUUCUAAAUCGGCCUUCAUCAACGUCCGAGUCCUGGACUCACCUAGCGCCCCCACGAACCUUGAAGUGAAAGACGUGAAAAGAAAUUCAGUCUCUCUCUGCUGGGAGCCGCCUCUUAUCGACGGAGGGGCAAAGAUAUCUCAUUACGUUGUGGAGAAGAGAGAGCAGAAGAGAAUGGCCUUCACCAGCGUGAGCACCAAUUGUGUGAGGAACUCUUACAUGAUCUCUGACCUACAGGAGGGAGGCCGGUAUUACUUCCGCGUGCUGGCUGUAAAUGAACUUGGUGUGGGUCUGCCCGCCUCCACGGAACAAGUCAAAGUCUCUGAGGCUCCUUUGCCUCCUGGCAGAGUGCAGCUGAUGGACGUCACUCGCCACACUGUCACUCUGUCCUGGGAGAAACCUGACCAUGAUGGUGGCAGCAAGAUUACAGGCUACAUUGUGGAGAUGCAGCCCUACGGAGACGAAGUGUGGAGUUUGUGCAGUGAAGUUAAAGCACUCGAGGCCACCGUUGAAGGUCUUGCAACAGACGAGGAGUACUUCUUCAGGGUUUUGGCGGUGAACGACAAGGGCAGGAGUGACCCCAAACCUCUAGCUGAGCCCGUUUUGGUGCAGGACACCACCGUCAAGCCCACCAUCAACCUGCUGUUCAACACGUACAGUGUCAAAGCUGGAGAUGACCUGAAGAUUGACGUUCCCUUCAAAGGCAGGCCGCAGCCUGACGUGACCUGGAAGAAGGAUGGUCAGGUGCUGAAGCAGACCACUCGAGUCAAUGUUCUCACCUCGCAGAGCUCGUCGAAAAUUGUCAUCAAGGAUGCCACCAGGGAAGACGUAGGAAAGUAUGAGCUCACUCUUACUAAUGCAGUGGGCACGACAACAGGUGAAAUCUCUGUUAUCAUCCUGGACAAACCGGGCCCGCCCAGUAACAUUAAGAUGGAUGAGGUGAGCGCUGACUUUGUAUCUCUGUCUUGGGAUGCUCCGACCUACCACGGCGGAUGCCAGAUUAAUAAUUACGUGGUGGAAAAGAGAGACACGACCACAACUGUAUGGCAGAUUGUGUCUGCGACCGUCGCCAGGACCUCCCUCAAAGUGUGCCGUCUAACUCAGGGAACGGAAUAUCAGUUCCGCGUCGCAGCCGAGAAUCGAUACGGCAAGAGUCACGCUGUCGACUCUGCCCCCGUCGUUGCUCAGUAUCCGUUCGAACCGCCGGGCUCUCCCGCCAACGUUCGUGUUUCCCAUGCCACCAAGUCUGGCAUGCUUGUUGUUUGGGACCGACCCAUCAGGGAUGGUGGAAGCCCCGUCGUUGGUUAUCACAUUGAGUGCAAGGAUCAAAGCAGCAUCCUUUGGACCAAGGUGAACAGAGGUCUUGUGACCGAGAGUCAGUUUAAGAUGAGUGGCAUCGAAGAAGGCUUGCUCUACCAGUUUAGAGUCUAUGCGGAGAACAUUGCCGGCAUCGGUCCAGGGUCCAAAGCCAGUGAGCCGGUGGCAGCAAGGAAUCCUUGUGAACCUCCUCGCAAUUUAAAAGUCACCAAUAUCACCAGGACCUCGGUCUCCCUCUUCUGGGACAAGCCAGAACAUGAUGGUGGAAUCAAGAUUACAGGCUACAUUGUUGAACGCAAAGAGGUUCCGAAUGGCCGCUGGCUGAAGUGUAACUUCACCAACCUGCAAGACACUUACUUUGAUGUCACAGGCCUAACUGAAGACGUCCAGUAUGACUUCCACGUUAUCGCUAAGAAUUCUGCCGAGGUGUUAAGCGUUCCUUCCGACAGUACUGGACCUAUAAAAGUCAAAGAUGAUGUCGAUCCACCCACAAUCAUCUUGGAAGAAAAGUUCAGACAGCUGCUUGUCAUCAAAGCAGGAGAAAUGAUUCAAAUUGACGCUGAAACUACCGGGCGACCGCUUCCUGUCGUGACGUGGUCUAAGGAUGGAAAGGAGAUUGAGGCUAAGGCCAGGUGUGAAAUCGCCACCACCAACUUCGCAACUACCCUGCUGAUAAGAGAUGCUAUCAGGAGAGACUCUGGCCAGUACGUUCUGACUCUGCACAAUGUGGCAGGAACCCGGUCUGUGGCUAUCAACUGCAAGGUUCUGGACAGGCCCGGACCUUCUUCGGGACCCUUGGCUGUGUCUGGCUUGACAGCAGAAAAAUGUACUCUGACCUGGGGACCUCCUCGGGAGAACGGCGGCGCUGAUAUUAUGCACUACAUUGUCGAAAAACGGGAGACUAGCAGACUGGCGUGGACUCUUGUCCAUGGUGACAUGAAGGCCACCACCUGCAAAGUCACCAAGCUGCUUAAGGGAAAUGAAUACAUCUUCCGAGUUAGAGGAGUGAACAAAUAUGGGGAUGGCGAAGCCCUUGAAAGUGAGCCAACAAAGGCCAUGGAUCCGUUCACCGUCCCCGCUGCUCCCACUAAUGUUCAGGUUACCUCAGUUACCAGCGAGGCAAUGACCAUCUGCUGGGAAAGACCAGUCUCUGACGGUGGCAGCAGCAUUGCUGGCUACGUCAUCGAAAAGAGAGAGAAGACUGGCCUUCGCUGGUGCCGUGUUAACAAGAAACCCGUUUAUGACCUCAGAGUCAAAGCAUCACACCUUCGUGAGGGCGCUGAGUAUGAAUACAGAGUGUUUGCAGAGAAUGCUGCCGGUCUUAGCGCUCCCAGCGUUGCCUGUCCGCUCACCAAGGCAGAAGAUCCCCAGUUCUUGCCUUCCCCGCCAGCGAAGCCCAAGAUCAUUGACUCCACAAAGUCCACUGUCACUCUGUCGUGGAAUAAGCCACUGUUCGACGGCGGUGCGCCCGUGACGGGAUACCGAGUGGAAUAUAGAAACACUUUGGAUGAUGAAUGGACAGUCGGUGUCCAGAACACCAAGAAUACAGAGUUCACAGUGGUAGGACUGACACCUGGUGCAGAGUACGUGUUUGUGGUGAAGUCCAUGAACAAGAUUGGAGUCAGCGACCCCAGUCCAGAGUCUGACAAGCAGCUGGCCAAGGAACGGGAAGAAGAGCCCAUCUUUGACAUCAGCAACGAUAUGAGGAAAACUCUUAUCGUGAAGGAUGGUAGCUCCUUCACCAUGACAGUGCCCUUCAGAGGCAAACCCAUCCCCAGUGUGACUUGGAGCAAGCCAGAUGUUGACCUAAGGAUCCGUGCUGUCAUUGACACCACAGAAACGUUCACCUCAAUCACUUUAGAGAAAGCCACUCGCAACGAUUCUGGAAAAUACACAAUCACCUUGUCCAAUGUAGCUGGUACUGCCUCCUUGACUCUCAAUGUCAGAGUCCUGGAUUCUCCUGGACCUCCAGCAUGUGUCAUGGUCAAGGAUGUGACCAAGAACUCUGCAACUGUGACAUGGGAUACUCCCGAGAAUGAAGGAGGAGGACCGGUAAAGAACUACCUGGUGGAUAUCCGGGAGGCCAGUAGGAAGGGCUGGACUCAGCUGACUGACACGUGCCAUAGGCUGACAUACAAGGUGUCAGACCUGCAAGAGGGCGGCGUGUACUACUUCAGAGUGACUGGCGAGAAUGAGUAUGGCGUCGGAGUGCCUGCUGAGACCAAAGAAGGAACCAAGAUCACGGAAAAACCAAGCCCACCGGCAAAGCUUGCUGUUACUGAUGUGACCAAGGAAAGCGCAACUCUGGCUUGGGUCAAACCCGAGCAGAGUGGAGGCAGCAGAAUUACGGGAUAUUUAGUGGAAACGUUGGAGAGAGGCCAGGAGAAGUGGGUCAAGUGCGGCGUAACCAAGUCCUUGCAGUAUACCGUGUCUGGUCUGAGGGAGAACGUCGAGUACUUCUUCAGAGUCCGAGCUGAGAACCACGCUGGAUUCAGUGAUGUCAAAGAAAUGAUCACCCCGGUGUUGGUCAGAGACCAAUAUGAAUCUCCUGAGGUUGUGAUGAAGGACUUCCCCCACAACACAGUGUAUGUCAGAGCUGGCUCCACCCUCAAAUGUGAGAUUCCGUUGACAGGCAGGCCACUGCCCAAGGUGUCCCUCUCCAAGGACAAUGUGAUACUCAAGUCAACCAUGAGGUUCAACUCCGAGGUCACUCCCGACAGCAUUAGGAUCACGCUCCGUGAAAGCGUCGCGGGAGACGCUGGGCGUUACGAUAUCCUCGCUUCCAACUCGAGUGGCACCACCAAGUCCUUUGUCAACGUUGUGGUUCUGGACAGGCCCAGUGUUCCGCUGGGGCCCGUGGAGCUGUUUGACAUCACGGAGGACAGCGUGAGUCUGAAGUGGCUGCCGCCUGCUUAUGAGGGUGGCAGCGCCAUCACAAACUACAUCGUCCAGAAGAGGGAGACAACCACGGCCAGCUGGACAGACGUCUCGUCUGCUGUGGCUCGCUGUACCAUCAAGAUCCAGAAGCUUACAACCGGCCUGGAGUACCAGUUCAGGAUUAGAGCCGAGAACAGAUAUGGAGUCAGCGAGCACAUUGACUCGCCGGCUGUUUCCGUUCGCCUGCCGUACACCUUGCCUGAAGCGCCGUCCACUCCGGAGAUCACCGGUGUGACCAGGGAGACCAUCACUGUAGCCUGGAAGGAGCCCAAGUCGGACGGAGGCAGUCAAGUCAUUGGCUACCAUCUCCAGAUGAAAGACAGGAACAGCAUCCUGUGGCAAAGAGUCAACAGAAUGGUCAUCCGGGCCAGCCACCUUAAGGUCACAAGCAUUCACGCCGGACUCAUUUAUGAGUUCAAGGUGGCGGCAGAGAACGCCGCUGGAAUCAGUGAAUUCAGCAAGGUUUCCGAUGCAGUGCUGGCAAUUGACGCCUGUGAACCACCCACCGCUUUACGCAUUAGCGAUAUCACCAAAAACUCCAUCAGCCUGGCCUGGCAGGUGCCCAACUUUGAUGGAGGAUCCCAGAUCACAGGGUACUUGGUGGAGAAGAGAGAAGGAGUCAAUGGCAGGUGGACCAAGGCAAACCUAACCAACAUCAAAGAUACACGCUACACUGUGACUGGCCUGACUAAAGAUCAGAUCUAUGAGUUCAGAGUCAUGGCCAAGAACGCCGUAGGCUCGGUGAGCAAUCCUUCCAUGACAGCUGGACCCGCCACAUGCGUUGACACCUUUGGUGCUCCAGAAAUAGAAAUACCAGCAGAGUACUUGAACGAGUUGAAACACAGGGCGGGCUCGGAUGUCCAGCUCAAGUUUAACAUCAUUGCCAAGCCUGCUCCCACCAUUGAGUGGCUGAAGGAUGGAAGAGAACUCAAACCCAGUGCCCAACUGUCCUUUAAACACAUCUUUGAGUCCACAAGUGUGUACCUGAGGGACACCUCACGCCUAAACUCUGGUACCUAUGAGGUCCGGCUGAAGAACUCCCUGGGUUCAGCCUGUGCGGCUGUCAGAUUGCUCAUCCAAGACAGGCCAGGUCCCCCCGCUGGAGAGAUCCAGUUCAAGAAGGUGACCGCUGACAACAUCACCAUCAUGUGGUCUCCUCCUUGUGACGAGGGUGGUGCCAUGGUAACGCACUACCUUGUGGAAAAAAGGGAGACCAGCAGAGUCAUGUGGUCCAUCAUCUCGGAGAAACUUGUCGACUGCAUCGUUAACGUGCCCAGACUCAUCCAGGGCAACGAAUACGUAUUCAGAGUCCGUGGUAUCAACAAGUAUGGCGUCGGUGACCCUCUGGAAUCGGCGCCCAUCGUCGCCAAGAACGCUUUUGGUCCUCCCAGCGAGCCAUCGAAGCCUCAUGUCUCCAUGAUCACCAAGUCAACCAUGACGGUACUUUGGGAGAGACCAGCUCUGGAUGGUGGCAGCGACAUCGACGGUUACUACCUGGAGAAAAGGGAAAAGAAGAGUCUUCAGUGGUUCAAGGUGGUGAAAGGCACAAUCCGAGACACCAGGCAGAAGGUCAGCGGGCUUGUGGAGAACAACGAGUACCAGUACCGGGUAUGCGCUGUCAACAAGGCAGGAGCAGGAAACUACUCAGAGGCCUCCGAAUUGUACAAGGCCUACGAUCCUAUUGAUCUCCCUGGCGAGCCAUCCAAAUUGCGUGUGGUGGACUCAACCAAGACCUCUAUCACCCUCGGAUGGGAGAAGCCUGUGUAUGAUGGUGGCAGCGAGAUCACGCAUUAUUUCCUGGAGCAAAUGAACUCAGAGGAGCGAGAAUGGGCGACGGUCAACCCGCAAGUUAAGGCCUGCGAGUAUGUGGUUUCUCACCUCAAACCAGCAACCUACUACUUCUUCAGAGUUUCUGCAGUCAAUUGCAAGGGCAAGGGAGAGGAUAUCAAGAUGUACCAGCCUGUGCAAGCCAAGGAUAUCCUGGAGGAGGCUGACGUUGACUUGGAUGUUCCCAUGACCACCCACUAUACGGCGCGGGCAGGGCGUGACGUGGAGGUGUUUAUUCCGCUGAAGGGACGUCCCGCCCCUGGCGUCACCUGGCGCCGCGGGGAGCGCAACGUCGCCGCCGACACCCGCUACACCAUCGCCAGUACCGAGCGCGCUACCACCCUUCUAAUUCCCAAGGUCACUCGCGACGACUGUGGCAAGUACAUGCUGGAGAUUGAGAAUGGCGUGGGAGAGCCCAAGAUCAUAACGGUUUCCCUGAAGGUGCAAGACAGUCCGUCCACCUGCCAAAAAUUGAUGAUUAAGAAUGUGUCCAGAGGUAACUUGACGCUGAGUUGGGAGGCUCCCCUCAUUGAUGGCGGCUCCCCUGUCACGAAAUACAUUGUUGAGAAGAAGGCUUCCACCAUGAAAGCGUACCAGAUGGUCACGGACCAGUGUCCCAAUACGAGCUAUAAGGUGUCGGGCCUUGAGGAGGACAUCGCUUACUUCUUCCGGGUGUCAGCUGAAAAUGAGUUUGGUGUGGGUGACACCUGUGAGACCUUGGAGCCUGUCAGAGCCACUGAGACCCCCGGUGCAGUUAAAGACCUGGUCGUGCUUGACUCCACAAAGACCUCCGUCACUCUGCAGUGGACCAGACCCGACCAUGACGGCGGCAGCCACAUCUCUGACUACGUCAUCGAGAAGAGAAACGAGAACAAUGUCAGCUGGACUUUAGCUGCAACUUGUAAGCGCUGCACAUGCGAGGUGACGGAGCUGGAAGAGGAUUCGGAGAUGAACUUCAGGGUCUAUGCAAAGAAUGAGAAGGGCACCAGUGACUUCUCACAGAUCGGCCCAAUCACAGUGAUGGACUUUGUCAUUUCCCCCGAGGCUUGCCUCAGUGACUACCCCAACGGAGAGCUGGCCGUUCGUGUGGGUCAGAACAUCCACAUUGAGCUGCCCUUCAAGGGAAAACCCAGGCCUGCCAUCAGUUGGCUUAAGGACAAUUUGCCUCUUAAGGAAAGCGAAAACGUCCGCUUCAGGACCACUGACAACAAGACGGCGGUUACAGUCAGAGAUGCCAAGAAGGAGCACGCAGGCCAGUAUACCUUGGUUCUGGACAACAGAGCUGUAAAGAACUACUUUGACAUCGAGGUGACCGUCCUCGGGCCCCCCUCUGUGCCCGUUGGCCCCAUCCACUUUGACGAGAUCAAGGCCGAAACUAUUAUCAUUUCUUGGAAUGAGCCCAAAGAGGACGGAGGCGGCGAGAUUACCUGCUACAGUGUGGAGAAGCGUGAGACUUCCCAUGCCAUCUGGAAGAUGGUCUGCUCAAGUGUGGUCAGAACAUCCUUCAAGAUUCCAAACCUGGUGAAGGGAACUGUGUACCAGUUCAGAGUCCGUGCAGAGAACAAAUAUGGCGUCAGUGAGUCACUCAUCUCCACAGAGGUCCUUGCAGAGCAUCAAUACAAACCUCCAGGUGCUCCUGGAAGGCCAGUGGCCUACAACGUAACCAGUGAUGGCAUGAGCAUUCGCUGGGAAGCGCCAGAGUUUGAUGGCGGGUCGCCCAUUCUUGGCUACCACGUUGAGAAAAAAGACAGGAAUAGUCUCCUGUGGCAGAAGGUCAACUCCACCAUCAUCUCCAACACAGAGUACAGGAUCAUCAGUCUUUUGGAGGGUCUCGAGUACUCCUUCAGAGUCUAUGCAGAGAACAAUGCCGGACUCAGCCCGGUUAGCGAGCAGAGCAAGCACGCACUUGCUAUCGCCCCUGUCGAUCCACCUGGCACCCCGACCUGCAUCGAUGUGACCCGAGACUCGGUCACUUUGACGUGGGAUAUCCCCAAGCGAGACGGAGGUAGCAAGAUUGUGGCCUACAGCGUGGAGAGGCGCCAGGGCAGGGGGAAAUGGCUGCGGUGCAACUUCACUGACAUCAGUGAGACACAAUUUACAGUGACCGGUCUGUCUGCUGGAGACAGAUUUGAAUUUAGGGUGAUCGCCCGCAAUGCCGUGGGCACCGUUAGCCCCCCGUCCAACUCCUCUGGAUACAUCACGACCAAGGAUGAGAGCAUCUCUCCUGAGAUCGAAUGGUCCCCAGACCAGGUGCUGACGCUGAGAGCCGGAGAGAAUGUCAAGCUGAGCUGCAACAUCACCGGUCGUCCAGUUCCGCAAGUUGUGUGGUACAAGGAUGGAAAAGAAAUCGACAAGAGGACCACAACGGACAUGGAGAUUACCGCUGGUAUCGGGACCAGCGGCGUGUUUGUUCGCGAUGCAAACAGGAACCACCGUGGCGUCUACACCGUGGAGGCCAAGAACAGCUCCGGUGCCAAGAAAGCCGACGUCAACGUCAGAGUCCAAGAUACCCCUGGACCAGUUGAAGGUCCCAUCCGUUUCACUGGCAUCACGGCCGAAAAGUGCUCAGUGUGGUGGAAUCCCCCGGAAAAUGACGGUUGCGCCGCCAUCACCCACUACGUGGUCGAGAAGAGGGAGACGUCUCGGCUUUCCUGGGCUUUGGUCACCUCCAAAUGCGAAGCCUGCUCGUUCAGCGCCACCAACCUCAUCAAGGGCAACGAGUACCAGUUUAGAAUCUCUGCUGUCAACAAGUUUGGUGUUGGCAAACCACUGGACUCUGUUCCCUUCAUUGCUCAGAUGCAAUACACUGUGCCCGAGGCACCCGGUACCCCGGAUUCUACACAUGUCACCGGCAACAGCAUCACCGUGUGCUGGACCAGGCCAAGGUCAGACGGCGGCAAUGAGAUCAAACACUAUAUCUUGGAGAGACGUGAGAAGAAGAGUCUGCGCUGGGUGAAGGUUUCUGCAAAAAGGCCCAUCACAGAGCUCAGGCAUAGAGUCACCAACCUCACUGAGGGCAAUGAGUACGAGUUCCGUGUCAUGGCGGAGAACGGCGCCGGUGUCGGACCGGCCAGCGGCACAUCCAGGCUCUUCAAAUGCAGAGAGCCUACCAGUGCUCCCAGCGCCCCGACCCUAAUCAAGGUUAUUGACUCCACCAAAUCCUCUGUCACCCUGGAAUGGACCAAGCCAGUCUUUGACGGCGGCCUCCCAAUCAUUGGCUACAAUAUUGACAUGUGCAAGGCCAGUCUCGAAGAGUGGCAUCGAGUAAAUACCCAGAUUUGCUUCCACAAGCGGUACACUGCCAAGGGCCUGGUUGCCGGUGAGCUUUACAAGUUCAGGGUCAGCGCUGUGAACGGAUCUGGGGAAGGUGACUCGUCAGUGAUGCCCAGCGCUGUGCAAGCUCUCGACAGGCUAACGUCGCCCGAGUUCGACAUCGAUGCCAACUUCAAGCAGACGCAUACAGUGAAAAAUGGCGGCACCCUCUCCCUUCACGUGGCUUUCCGGGGCAAACCGACUCCUUUGACCACCUGGUCCCGAGUGGAUAGCGAACUGCCGGUGAUGGCCGAUAUUAAGAGCACAGAUUCCCACUCGACUCUCACCAUCGAGAGCUGCACGCGCUACGAGGCUGGCAAGUACACGCUCUCCCUAGAAAACAACAGUGGGCGCAAGUCCAUUACAUUUACUGUCAAAGUGCUGGACACGCCCGGACCUCCAGGCGCCUUCACCUUUAAGGAUGUUACACGCGGAGCAUUAACCAUGAUGUGGGAUGCCCCGAGCAACGACGGCGGCUCGCGGAUCCAACACUAUAUUGUGGACAGACGCGAGGCCAGCCGCCUCACAUGGCAAGAGGUCAGCUCCAAGUGCACCCGGCAGAUGAUCAGGAUAACCGGUUUGGACAUAGGGGUGUCGUACCUCUUCCGAGUCAUUGCUGUUAACCAGUCUGGCCAGGGGGAACCUCACGAGAUGAACGACCCCAUCGUGGCGACCGAAGAACCCGCUCCGCCAAAGAGAGUCGAUGUUGUCGACACGAGCCGUUCGACAGCCUCACUGGUGUGGCUCAAGCCUGAACAUGACGGUGGCAGCCACAUCAGAGGUUACAUCGUGGAGUUCAGAGCUGAGGACAAACAGUUCUGGUCUGUCGCAGGGGAGACCAAGUCCCUUAAGAUGCUGGUGGAAGGUCUGAUUGAAGAUACAGAGUAUGAAUUCAGAGUCAAGGCCAAGAACGACGCGGGAAUCAGUGAGCCUCAGGCGACCUUAUCCUCGGUGCUCAUCAAAGAGCCUCGGAUCGAACCCACCGCCGAUCUCAGCGGUAUCACCAACCAACUCAUCACCUGCAAGACCUCCAAUACCUUCACCGUUGACAUUCCCAUUAGCGGCAGGCCGGCACCCAAAGUCACCUGGAGGCUGGAAGAGAUGAAAUUGAACGAGACAGACAGAGUUUCCAUCAAGACCACCAAAGAGAGAACCACUCUGGUAGUAAAAGAUAGCAAGAGAAGUGACAGCGGCAAAUACUACCUGGCUCUGGAGAAUGCUGCCGGAGCCAAAACCUUUACUGUGACUGUGAUGGUGGUCGGAAGACCCAGCCCUCCCACAGGCCCUGUGGUGGUUUCCGGUGUAUCCUCCGAGUCCUGCUCGUUGUCCUGGUCCGAGUCCCCUGACGACGGCGGCACAGAAAUCACUAAUUAUAUUGUGGAGAAGCGCGAGUCGGGCUCGGCCUCCUGGCAAGUGGUCAAUUCCAGCGUGAAGAGAACUACCAUCAAGGUCACUCAUCUGACUAAGUACAUGGAGUACACUUUCAGAGUUUGCGCUGAGAACAAGUUUGGAGUCAGCAAGUCCAUCGAGUCUGCAGCCGUGAUCAUUGAACAUCCUUUCGUUCCUCCAAGUCCUCCAACCCGUCCGGACGUGGUGACUGUGUCCGCCAAUGCCAUCAGCAUUAAAUGGGAUGUGCCCUAUGCCGAUGGCGGGAGCAUGGUGACUGGUUACUGGAUUGAGAAGAAAGAGCGUAAUACCAUUCUGUGGGUGAGGGAGAACAAGCUGCCUUGUCUGGAUUGCCACUACAAGGUGUCCAGCCUGAUUGAGGGUCUCGAGUACCAGUUUAGAGUCUACGCCAUGAACGUCGCCGGAAUCAGCAAGGCCAGUGAGGCCUCCAGACCAGUGGUGGCGCUCAACCCCGUCGAUCCUCCCGGUCACCCUCAGGUGACAGACAUAACUCGCUCUUCCGUGUCACUGUGCUGGACCGUGCCCGAGAACGACGGCGGCAGCAAGCUUGUCGGCUAUGUGGUGGAGAGGAAAGUCUACAGUACUGAUGAGUGGGACGAAAACCGCUGGCUCAAGUGCAACUACGCCACCAUCACGGAGAACUACUUUACGGUCACCAACCUGGGAGAGGGAGAAACCUUUGAAUAUCGCGUCAUUGCCAAGAAUGCCGCCGGGGUCCACAGUGCUCCAUCCGUAUCCACUGGACCCGUGACCUGCAAGGACGAAUACUCUCCUCCUCGAGCAGAGCUGGACAGCAAGCUGAUUGGCGAGACCAUUGUUGUCACCGCCGGCUCCGAUCUCGUCCUGGAUGGUGCGGUGGGUGGUAAACCGGAACCCACCGUUUACUGGUCCAAGGGCGACAAGAUCAUGGAUCUGGGCGAGAAGUACUCACUGACCUACACGAGCACAAGAGCAAUGGCUGUCAUUAAGAACUGUGACAGAUUUGACACGGGCAGAUACACUUUGACCGUCAAGAACGUCAAUGGAAUCAAGACGGCGGCUGUCACCGUUAAAGUCCUGGACACUCCUGGGCCCCCAGCUGAUAAAAUCGUGAUCAGCAGAGUGACGGAGGAGAAGUGCACCGUGUCCUGGAAGAUCCCCCUGGAAGACGGCGGUGACAUUGUCAGCCAUUACAUCGUAGAGCGCCGUGAGACCAGUCGUCUCAACUGGGUCAUCAUGGAGACCGAGUGCAAGAGCUUGUCCUGUGUCAGCACCAGGCUGAUUAAGGGCAACGAGUACGUCUUCCGAGUGCGGGGAGUCAACAAGUAUGGACCUGGUGUUCCACUGGAAUCGGAGCCGGUCAUAGCCAGGAAUGCUUACACUUUGCCAUCGCCACCGGGCACACCAGAGGCCACGGCCGUGGGCAAGGAACACGUCAUUAUCGAGUGGAUGAAGCCAGAGAGUGACGGAGGCAGCGAGAUCAAAACUUACCUCGUGGACAAGAGGGAGAAGAAUAGCACCAGGUGGACGCGGGUCAACAAGACUUACACCAUCUACGACACGCGCCUCAAGAUCACGGGCCUGCUGGAAGGAAGCGGAUACCAAUUCCGCGUGACGGCCGUCAACGCGGCGGGAGACAGCCAGCCCAGCGACGCCUCGCCAUACAUCCUCCUCAAAGAUCCCAGCUACACCCCAGCUCCGCCAUCAAUGCCUCGCAUCACAGACACAACAAAGCACAGCAUCAGCAUGACUUGGACCAGACCCAUGUACGACGGCGGCUCGGAUGUCACCGGCUAUGUGUUGGAAAUCCUAGAGGAGGGUUCCGAGCAGUGGUAUCGCGCCACAGCCAAGGCUCUCAAGACCAACGAGUAUCUGGCCGGCGGUCUGGUCGGCAAUAAGAAAUACCAAUUCAGGGUGGCAGCUGUCAACAGCAACGGCACAGGAGAGUUCAGUGAACCCAGCGCUGAAAUCGAGCCCCUGGAGAGAAUUGAAAUGCCUGACCUGGAAUUGGACGAGGACCUGAAGAAGACUGUUUGUCUUCGUGCUGGAGGAACUUUGCGACUUUUUGUGACUGUCGGCGGACGCCCAACACCGGUUGUGUCCUGGAGGAAGACGGGCGUGGAGCUGCAGAGCCGCGGCUUCCUGGAGACCACUGACAGCUACACUAUGCUGAUUGUGGAGAAGGUUGACCGCUACGACUCUGGGAAAUACGUAGUGGAGGCAGAGAACCCGUCAGGCAAGAAGUCUGCAACCAUCCUGGUCAAAGUCUAUGACACUCCUGGUCCUCCAGCUUCUGUGAGAGUGAAGGACUAUACCAAGGAGUCAGUUGUCAUCACCUGGGACGUCCCAACUAUUGACGGCGGCGCUCACGUCAGCAACUAUAUCAUCGAGAAACGAGAAGCCAGCAUGAAGUCUUACAAGACUGUCACCACAGAGUGUCGAAAGACCCUGUUCAGGAUCACUGGCCUGGAGGAGGGUGCGCACUACUUCUUUAGAGUACUACCAGAGAACAUCUAUGGCGUCGGUGAGCCCUGCGAGACAGCUGAGGCUGUGCUGGUGUGCGAAAUGCCAUCGAUGCCUCAGAGCCUCCACGUCAUUGACGUCACAAAGUCUUCGGUCACUCUGCGAUGGGACAAACCCAUGCAUGAAGGCGGCAGCAGGCUGACGGGCUACAUUAUUGAAGCCUGCAGGGUGUCAACAGACAGGUGGACCACAGUGGUCACCGUCAAGGCCUCCAUCUCCCAGUACACUGUCGAGUCUCUCACAGAGAACGACCAGUACUUUUUCAGAGUCCGAGCUUGCAACAGCCGAGGAAGCGGUGAGGCCGUGGACAUCGUCACCCCCGUCACCGUACAGGAAAUCAAAGUCACGCCAAAGAUCGACAUGACCAGCAUUCCUCAGAGGAUUGUCUACGUCCCCAGUGGUAAACCCAUCGAUCUCAACUUGCCAAUUACGGCCAAACCGCAGCCGGUCUGCUCCUGGUUCUUUGGCGGUGUCCAGCUAAAAGACAGCCUGGAGCGCAUCAAAACAGAAAGCAAUGGCAAAUACAGCCAUCUGGUCAUCCGUGAGACCACCAUCGACGACUCAGGAGACUACAUGCUUAAGGUCAAAAACGCCAUCGGUGUGGCAACUGAAGUUAUUAAAGUGGUCAUCCUAGGCAAACCCGGCAUACCGGUCGGCCCCAUGAAGGUCGUCGAGGUCGAUGGCCAAUCAGUGACAGUCAGCUGGCAACCUCCAGAGAAGGAUGGCGGCGCUAACAUCAGCGGAUAUGUGGUGGAACAGCGCGAUGCUCACCGCCCCGGCUGGAUCACAGUCUCAGAAUCGGUGACCCGACCGUGCUUCAAGUUUACUCGACUUUCUGAGGGAAUAGAGUACGUGUUCCGCGUUGCCGCCAUGAACCGCUUCGGUGUUGGUGGCUUCCUCCAGUCGCAAGUGGUGGAAUCUAAGAGCACCAAAACCAUCCCUGGACCUCCGAGCAGACCGGAGGUACUCGACGUCACUCACGAGGGGAUGACCCUCACUUGGCAUCCGCCGGAGGACAACGGUGGCUCCACCAUCACCGGUUAUAUCAUUGAGCGCAAGGAGCCUCGUUCUGACCGAUGGCUGAGGAUCAACAAAAACCCAGUGACCAUGACCAGGUACCGCUCUUCCGGUCUGAUCGAAGGCCUGGAGUACGAGUACCGCAUCACAGCCAUUAACUCCAGAGGAACGGGCAAACCCAGCGAGACCUCUGCCAUCACUGUUGCCAUGGACCCCAUAGCGCCACCAGGUCCUCCAGGUCAUCCCAAAGUCACAGAUACCACCAGAACCUCCGUGUCUCUGGCCUGGUUGCCUCCUGUAGAGGAGGGUGGCUCUGUGGUCACCGGUUACUUUGUUGAGAUGCAAAAGGUGGACCAGGUGGAGUGGACCCUGUGCAACACCACACCCACCAAAAUGUGCGAGUAUACCCUCACACACAUGCCGCAAGGUGCAGAAUACAAGUUCAGAGUCAUCGCCUGCAAUGCUGGUGGGACUGGAGAACCCGCAGAGAUUCUUGGGGUUGUCAAAGUCCAGGAGAUGCUCAAUUAUCCGGAAUACAAGCUGGACAGUGGAUAUGAGGAGGGCUACGUGGUGCGCCAAGGAGGAGUCAUCUGCCUGUCGGUGCCCUUCACUGGUAAACCCAUCCCUACGUGCAAGUGGACCAAGGAUGGACGCGACAUCUCCCACCGGGCCAUGAUCGCUGUCAAUGAUGACGUAACGGAGCUUGUCAUCAAAGAGGCUCACAAAGAUGACACGGGUACUUAUGACCUGCUGUUGGAGAACAAAUGUGGCAGGAAAGCCGUGUACAUCAAGGUGAAGGUCAUCGGGCGUCCCGAUGUGCCGGAGGGCCCUCUGGAGUUCGACGACAUUCAGGCCAGAUCAGUCCGAGUCAGCUGGCGGCCCCCGUCUGACGACGGAGGCUCUGACCUCCUCGGAUAUAUCGUGGAGAGACGCGAAGUCCCCAAGGCUGCUUGGUGUACGGUGGACGCUCGGGUCACAGAGAACUCCCUGGUGGUCAAAGGCCUGAAAGAGAAUAUGCAGUACCACUUCAGGGUCUCUGCCGAGAACCAGUUUGGUGUCAGCCGCUCUCUGAAGUCCGAAGAGCCUGUCACAGCAAAGACACCUCUCUGCCCGCCGGAACCCCCCAGCAAUCCUCCAGAGAUCAUGGACGUAGCCAAGUCCUCAGUCUCCCUAUCAUGGGCUCGGCCCCGGGACGACGGUGGCUCGCGUGUCACAGGAUACUUUGUUGAGAGGAGGGAGGUUUCCACAGAGAAGUGGGUCCGCCACAACAAGACUCACAUCACAACCACCAUGUACAAUGUCACCGGCCUCAUCCCCGAUGCGGAGUACAUGUUCCGAAUCGUGGCACAGAAUGACGUCGGGCAGAGUGAGCCGGGCCCUGGGUCCGAGUCGGUGGUCUGCAAAGAUCCAUUCGACAAACCAAGCCAACCGGGAGAGAUCGACGUCAUCUCUGUAACCAAAGACUGCAUUACCAUCCAUUGGUUACGGCCCGACUUUGAUGGGGGGAAGGAGAUCUUGGGGUACUGGAUUGAGUACAGGCAGUCCGGUGAAAGCGCCUGGAAGAAGUGCAACAAAGAGCGUUCCAAGGACCGCCAGUUUACCAUGGGGGGCCUGAUGGAAGCCACGGAGUACGAGUUCAGAAUCUUGGCCGAGAACGAAGCCGGACUCAGUAGGCCUAGGCGCACGUCCAUGGGUAUCAAAACCAAGUUGAGCGUCGGCGAGGCUCCGGCUUUGAAGGAAGACAUCACGGACGUCACAACCAAACUCGGAGAGUCUGGCACGCUGUCCUGCGGCAUUAUCGGCCGACCUCUGCCAGAGAUCAAGUGGUACCGCUAUGGCAAAGAGCUGAUUCAGAGUCGCAAGUACAAGAUGAGCUCAGAUGGCCGCAACCACUCCCUUAGCAUCAUGACAGACGAGCAGGAAGACGAGGGCCUGUACACCUGCAGGGGCAUCAAUGAAGCCGGGGAGAUGGAGACCAGCGGCAAACUGCUGCUACAGGCUGCACCUCAGCUGCACCCCGGCUUCCCUCUGAAAGAGAAAUAUUAUGCCGGGGCUGGCACCAGUCUCCGCCUCCAUGUGGUCUACAUCGGCCGCCCCAUUCCCCAGAUUAUGUGGUUCUAUGACAAGAAGCCUCUGAACUCGUCCGAGAAAGUGAUCAUUGAGAACACGGAGAGCUACACCCACCUGGUGGUGAGGAACGUCCAAAGGAAGACCAACGCCGGCCGUUACAAAGUGCAGCUGAGCAACAAGUUUGGCACCGUUGAUACAGUAUUGCGGGUUGAAAUCCAAGAUAAGCCGUCCAUCCCGGAGGGCCCGGUGGUGGUCGAAGCUCUGCUGAAGAGCGCCGUCAUUAUCGGGUGGAAGGCUCCCAAAGAUGACGGCGGCGCCAUGAUCACCAACUACAUUGUGGAGAAACGCAUGGCCAAGGAGGGAGAAGUGUGGAACCUCGUGUCCUCUUCUGUCUCUGGAACCACGUGCCGCGUACCCAACCUUGCGGAGAGUGCCGGAUACUACUUCAGAGUUUCUGCUCAGAACCAGUACGGUGUCAGCGAGCCUCUGGAGAUUCCCUCAGUGGUCAUCAUCAAGAGUCCAUUCGAAAAACCUGGCAUACCACAGCAACCCUUCAUCGUCAGGGCCUCCGAGGACUCGUGCGUUGUCGGCUGGAAGCCACCAAGCAGUGACGGUGGCGCUAAAGUGUCCGCCUACUAUCUGGAAAAGCGUGAGAAGAAGCAGAACAAGUGGAUGUCAGUCACCACAAAGAAGAUUGUGGAGACCAGCUUCGAGGUCACAGGCCUAAUUGAGGGCUUUGAGUAUGAGUUCCGUGUCAAGUGCGAGAAUAUGGGUGGAGAGAGUGACUGGAGCGAAGUCUCAGAGCCCAUUGUGCCCAAGUCCGACCAGUCUCUGCGUGCUCCCGGCUUCAGGGAGGAGAUCCGAGACAUGACUGUCAAAUACCAUGCCAAUGCCACCUUUGUUACCAAGGUGGUGGGACAUCCCAAGCCUGUGGUCAAGUGGUACCGAAGUGGAAAGGAAAUCCAGGCUGACGGAGCCAAAAUCAAAGCCCUUGAGUUCAAGGGCGGUUACUACCAACUGGUCAUCACUGCCGCUGACGAGAGUGACGCCACAGUCUAUCAAGUCAGAGCGACCAACUCUGCAGGCUCCAUCUCCACCACAGCAAACUUGGAUGUGGAAGUUCCUGCCAAGAUUCACCUGCCAAAGGAGCUCCAAGGAAUGGGAGCAGUCCGCGCUGUUCGGGGUGAGCACAUCACCAUCAAGAUCCCCAUCUCGGGAAAGCCCGAACCGGCAAUUACCUGGCAGAAGGGCCAGGAGAUCCUCUCCAACUCUCCCCAUCACCAGAUCAUCGCCACUCGCUCCUUUACAUCGCUGGUCUUCCAGAAGGGAGUGCAGCAGAAGGACACGGGCUACUAUAGCAUCACUGCCAAAAACAGGUUUGGAAUGGACAAACAGACCAUCGAGGUGAGCAUAGCAGAUAUUCCCGAAGCGCCCAAAGGACUGGUGGUCAGCGACAUCUCCCGAGACUCCAUUACGCUGGCCUGGGAGCCCCCUGCCAGCGAUGGCGGGAGUGACAUCAUCAGUUACAUUGUGGAGAAGUGUCCCACCUCUGCGGACAGGUGGAUUCGCGCCGCACAGACUGCUGACUGCAGCACCACCAUCCUCAACAUCUUUGGCAAGGCCAAAUAUCAGUUCCGCGUUAUUGCAGAGAACCAGUUUGGCUUGAGUCCUCCCUCUGCACCGACGGAGCCCAUUACCACAAAGGAGGACAAGUCUGUGAUCAGGAACUAUGAUGAGGAAGUGGACGAAAGCAGAGAGAUGAGCAAAGAAGAGGCUCACUCAUUCAAGAUCAAGGAGCUCCACUCCAAGUACACCAUUUCGGAGGAGUUGGCUCGUUGUCAAUUUGGAGUGGUCCACCGUUGUGUGGAGAUUGCAACCAAGAAGACCUUCAUGGCCAAGUUCAUCAAGGUCAAAGGAACUGACCGUGAGCUGGUUCUUAGGGAAAUUGAGGCCUUGAACGUAGCAAGGCAUAAGAACGUAAUCUACCUGCACGAGUAUUUUGAAAGUAUGGAGGAGAUUGUCCUCAUCUUUGAAUUUAUUUCUGGAGUUGACAUCUUCGAGCGCCUGGGAACAAGCAACUUUGAGCUCACCGAGCAGGAGAUUGUCCUCUAUCUCAGACAGGUCUGCUCGGCUCUCCAGUUUUUGCACAGCAACAACUUUGGCCACUUUGAUAUCCGCCCAGACAACAUUGUCUACGCCACAAGGAAAAGCAAAGUUGUCAAGAUCAUCGAUAUGGGUCAGGCUCGUUCGCUGGCACCGGGUGAAAACAUUCGAAUGUUCUUCUCAGCCCCAGAGUACUGCGCCCCGGAGGUCCACCGUCACGAUUUGGUCACCACAGCCACUGACAUGUGGUCCGUCGGUGUGCUUGCCUACGUGCUGCUGAGUGGUGUCAAUCCGUUUGCUGCGGAAUCUGUCACGCAAACGGUUGAGAACAUCUGCGCCUGUGAAUAUGUCUUUGACGCUGACGCAUUUAGGGACAUCAGUUUAGAGGCUAUGGAUUUUGUGGACAGACUUCUCGUCAAGGACAGAAAGCUCCGUAUGACUGCUCAUGAGGCAUUGGAGCACCCGUGGCUGAAGAUGAAGAUGGAGCACGUCAGCAGGAAGGUCAUCCGGACUUUGAGACACAGGAGGUAUUACCACUCGGUGGUAAAGAGGACCGACACCAUUGUCUCGGCAGCUCGCGUCGCCUACGGCGGCGCCUUCAAGAACUUGAGAGGAUUGUCUGUAGGCAAAGUGAAGAUCGCCAGCGAAUAUCACGGUCUCCGCGCCGGCCCUGUCAUGCACGCCUCUGCCGAGGAAGGUGGCCACGUUAGGUUCACUUGCAGCAUUGCCAGCUUUGACCAAAGUACACAGGUGACGUGGUACUUUGGCAGCCGCCAGUUACACUCAAGCUCCAAGUACGAGAUCACCUACCACAGCGGUUUUGCCAGCAUAUAUGUGAAGGACAUUGAAGAGAGUGACGACGGCGUCUACAGGUGCAAGGUUUUGACUGAUGACGGCGAGGAUAGUGCGUAUGGUGAGCUCUUUGUCGAGACAGUCAGAAGCAUCAGGGAGCACUAUGUGAGUCGCUCCAUCAAGAAACUAAGAAGGAGGGUUGACAAGACCAGAAUCCUCUACAGGCCACCGGAGUUCACACUGCCACUGUACAACCGCAGCGCUUACAUUGGCGAAGACGUGCGCUUUGGCGUCACCAUUACCGUGCACCCCGAUCCUCGUGUCACGUGGUUGAAGAACGGCGAAAGAAUCUCACCCGCCGACGGUGACCCCAAGUACACUUUCCUGAGCGACAAGGGCCUGUACCAGCUGAUUAUCCACAAUCUGGACACGAGCGACGACGCCGAGUACACGGUCAUGGCCCACAACAAGUUUGGAGAAGACAGCUGCAAGGCCCGUCUCACCGUGACACCACAUCCCGUGACAGAGGAAAGUUUGAGGCCCACGUUCAAGCGCCUGCUGGCCAAUGUUGAAUGUACAGAAGGGGAGAGCGUCCGCUUUGAUAUCAGAGUGUCUGGAAUCCCGACUCCUUCCCUGAAAUGGGAGAAGGAUGGCCAUUCUCUCCAGCUGGGUCCAAAGCUAAUUGUCAUCCAAGAGGACGCUGACCACCAUGUUCUGUGCAUCAGGGAGACACUGAUUGAGGACUCCGGUAUCUACCGAGUCACCGCCACCAACUGUGCCGGCUCUGUGAGUUGCCAGGCGACCCUGAGCGUGGACCGCCUCACGUACACCAGAAGAGAGUACAAGAGUGAGGAGGAGAAAUACAGAUGCGUCCAGAAGCAGAUUGAAAAGACCAACAAAAUGGCUCAGAAGAUUGUUGCCACAGAGGAGAUUGUGCCGCUGAAUCCGACGGCACAAGAAGCUCUGAGAUUUGCCGCCGAGAUGUACAAGCCCGCCGUCAGCACCAAGAACGUCGAGGGCGAGUUCGACAUCACUGUGGUCAAGUCGGAGACCAGGAAACUAGAAGACGAGAGAAGGAUUUUCAUGCCCUAUGAGAUUCCCGAACCUGUCGUUCAUGACCGCCGAGCUCUGCGUGAGGACCAAGUCAUUAAGCGAUUUGUCGCACUCUCUGACAUGAAGUGGUAUCGCAAAUUGAGAGAGCAGUAUCUGGUUUCAGAGAGAAGUGAAAGGUUUGUGCAAAAGCGACAAAGGCGAAUCCGCCUGUCCAGGUGGGAGCAGUUCUACGUCGUGCCGCUCCCCAGGAUCACCGACCAGUACAGGCCAAGAUGGCGAAUUCCAAAAAUGACUUUAGACGACCUGGAAAUUGUCAGACCUGCCCGCCGCUCACCGUCCCCCGAGUCCGCCGUUUCGUUCAGAUCCAGGAGACGAUCUUUGGGCGACUUGAGUGACGAGGAGCUACUGAUCAGCGCUGCAGAUGACGAUCUGUCCUCCAGGAGGACAGAGGAGGAGAAGAUGAUGCUGGAGGAUGAACUGGAGCUUGGCUUUUCUGCCUCCCCUGCGGUCAGUCCGGUUCGCAUUGAACGACGUGCGGUGCAGCGCGAAGAAAGGUCUCGAGAGAUACGACGGGACGCUUUGGAGAUUGCGGAGACGAAGAAAAAGCGUACUGUUUCUCAGUACAUGAGAAGGAGGCGCUCACUGUCCCCCACCUACAUUGAGCUGAUGCGCCCGGUCUCCGAGUUGAUCCGACCGGCUCGCGUGAGACUUGCGGCGGAAGCGGAGACCGAGCUUGUAGAGAGGAGAUCUCCAACGCCAGAGAGAACUCGUCCUCGGUCUCCGAGCCCCGUUAGGUCUGUCGAGAGGUCCUCCCGUUCCACCUCUCGCUUUGAGCGCUCUGCCCGCUUUGACAUCAUGUCCCGCUACGAGGCGAGAAAGGCAGCUCUGAAGUCUGAGAGGACGUACCAGGUGGUGAGUCAGUCGCCUUUCAGCCUGGACCACGGGCCCCGCGUGACCGUCAGGAUGCGCUCUCACCGCGUGCCACUAGGCCAGGACACCAAAUUCACUUUGAACAUCCAAGCCAAGCCGGUGGCCGAGGUCAAGUGGUUCCACAACGGAAACGGAAUCUGCGAAACCAGCAGCAAAUACAUCUUCAGCAACAUGAGCGGAGUUCUGACCCUCACCAUCCUGGAUUGCCAGGAGGAGGACAGCGGUACAUACCGCUGCUUCUGUUCCAACGCCAGAGGGGAAGCCUCGGACUACGCCACUCUGGAUGUGGCAGGAGGUGCCUACACCACUUUCUCUUCUCGCCGCAAGGAUGAGGAAGUUCCUAAAUCUAUCGUCCCCGAAAUGACUCGACUUGAUCACUACAGCUCGUCCCGCUUCAAAACUGGCUAUGAAUCGGAGAGCCACUUUGCAGUGGAAGAAAGCAAGACUAAGCUAUCUGAGACACGCGAAGACAUCACUCGAGAAAGGUACGACGGCGGGGCAUCUUCUGAGAGGUACUCGUCUGCUGAGCGCUACGGCGCAUCCAUCAAGUACGCCUCUACUGAAUACUUGUCAUCUGCCUCUUCCUACUCCUCGGACAAGUUUGCCCUUUCUGAAAAACACACUACAGCCGGAACCAAGUCAAAGUAUGCUGUAUCGUCCGAGCAGCUUUCUGCCCAAAGAGUGACGCCGACUGUCGCGGCUAGAUUCCUCACCAAGCCACAGUCUGCGACCCUUGCCGCGGGCGAGACAGCCCGCUUUUCCUGCGAUAUUGAUGGUGCGCCCGCGCCCUCUGUCAUCUGGAUGCACGAGGGGAAAACCAUUGUCACCUCCCACCGUCUUCAAGUCACCACCUCGCAGUACAAGUCCAACCUGGAGGUCUCUUGUGUUACAUCCUCUGAUGAGGGCAGUUAUACAGUCAUCGUAGAGAACUCGGCGGGCCGACAGGAGGCUCAAUUCACCUUGACCAUCCUCAGGCCCGUUCCCAAAGAGGUCAAGGGCAUCAAGUCCCCAGAACCCAGUGUGAAGUCACCGAAGCCUUCGGUCACAUCAACGUCGCCGUUGGUGACUUCCCCUGUUCCGAGUGUGAAGUCACCGGCGCCUAGCCUCAAGUCUCCUGAACCUAGGGUGAAGUCACCGCUACCUAGUGUCAAGUCUCCUGAACCUAGGGUGAAGUCACAGCCACUUAGCAUCAAGUCUCCUGAACCGAAUGUGAAGUCAGCCGCACCUGGCGUCAAAUCCCCUGAACCUAUUGUGAAGCCACCAGCAGCACCAAGUGUCAAGUCUCUGGAGCCAGAUGUGACGCACCCUGAGCCCUUAAAAGCCACUGUGAAGUCACCAGCACCCAGCGUCAAGUCCCCUGAACCUAGUGUGAAGACACCAGAACCCGGCGUCAAGUCCCCCGAGCCCAAAUCACCAAUACCCAGGGUGAAGUCACCGGUACCGGGUGUCAAGUCACCAACGCCGGCUGGGAAGACACCGAGUGUGAAGUCACCAGUUCCUGGGAUCAAAUCACCUGAACCACAGGGAAUAAAGUCUCCUGGGGGUGUUAAAUCUCCUGAACCAGGACCUAAGUCACCGCCACCAGUCAAGUCACCGGGAGCUGAGGAACCUAAAACGUCCCGGAGCAUCAAGUCACCUGAACCUGCAGAAAUGAAAACACCUAAAGGGAUCAAGUCCCCAGAACCCGCUGGCAUCAAAACACCAAGAGGCAUUAAGUCCCCAGAACCAUCUGGAAUCAAGUCACCAAGGGCUGUGAAGUCCCCUGAACCAGAGGGAGUCAAAUCUCCGACCAGAAUAAAGUCUCCACCUCCUGCCAUGUCCUCAAAGAGGGUCCUGUCACCGCCAGCUGAUGACUCUCCAACCCCCAAGCCACCCAAAGUCGUGAGUCAGCUGACGGCUGUGGCCUGCGAAGACUCCGUCAAGAUGUCUUGUGUUUGCGAGAGCAGCGUCAAGGACGUGUCGUGGUAUUGCAACGGUCGACGACUUUCCAAGAGCAGUCGCUUUAAGAUGCAAUACUCCGACGGUUCCUGCAGUCUCGUGAUACACGACCUGACCGACAGCGACCAGGGAGAGUACAUCUGCGAGAUGACAUCGGAGGGAGGCGUCUCAAAGUCCUCCUUCUCCUUCACUGGACAGGUUUACCAGUCCAUUCGCAUGAAGGUCAACACUUACCGUGAAAAGCAACUUGCAGUUAAAGGAUCCAGCAUGACGAGUUUCAAGGAGGCAUCCUCAUCCAGCUCCUCCAUGGCCACGAGGACAGCAACUCGCACAGUGGAGGAGGAGUCGUCCUUCUCCUCGUCCUCAUCUUGUGCCCAGAGAGCCACGAUGUCCUCCAUGAUGGAGUCCAGCUCCUUUGGCAGUAAGGCGGCCGAAAUGAAGUUUGAGACCAUGUCCAUGUCCAGCGUGUCCUCCAUGGCCUCCGAGUCCUAUGCCGCGAGCUCAAGCAGCGUCACGGGAAUGAGCUCGCACCUGAGCGGAUCCUCCUUCAGGGCACUCGGUUCCUCCGCCGCCGCUCCCAGAAUCGAGGCGGUGCCCGAGGACAUCAGCAUCGAGGCCGGCAAGGUCCUGACGGUGGCCUGCGCCUUCUCGGGCGACGCCAGCCACGUGGAGUGGUCCCGCGGCGGGCAGAAUAUCCGCUCGUCGCCGGGGGGCCGCUUCCACGUGGAGACGGGCGAGGACCUGACCACCCUCAUCAUCGCCGGCGUGCGGGAAGAAGACGCCGGAACCUACACCCUCAAACUGUCCAACGAGCUGGGAUGCGACACGGCCACCGUUCGCAUCAGCAUUCGAUCCCUGUAAAAAAGAUGAAGACGAUGAAGAGUCCCCACCCAGCCACUUCCCUUUCCCCUUCAGGAUUGCACUCCACUUGUAAAUAGGAACUCUUUUUGUACCGACCGUGACAAAGUGGAGUAUUACCACUCCAUGUAUUUUCCAACGCCAUGACACUUUUGCAGUGACGUGUACAUAAUGUAUAUAGCCGCCGGAUGUGACGGUUACGAGGAAUGUGUGCUAUGCAUCAUCGUUAUUGAUGACAGUUCAUAUGUUCAAGUGAAACGAGGAAACCAAAAUUGCCUUUAACAGGAGAAAGUUCCCAGAGCGGAGCGAAUACCCUGCUAAAGGCACAAACUCCAAACCGCGCCUCGACGCAACUCGCGUCGAUGUCUAAGAUUGCCUCGGCAGGUAGAGCGUCUCCCUGUCGACGACGUUUACUCGACCCUAGACUGGAAAAAAAAAAGACCAAAAAAAAAACAGCCCGCGUGAGCGAGGUCCCGAGCGCUCUUUGCGUCAACCCUCGCGUAAGCAGCGCCGACGGCUCUCGCGUCGCGACGGAUGAUGUCGUACCGCCGUUUUCGAUGACACGCUCACAGUGCGAGCGGCCUGCACUCCCUGAGCACGUUUUUGCUUGUUUCUUUUUCUUUGGUUCUUUUCAACGGAGGCCUGCAGCGUGUUAGCGUGGAGAGAACGGGCCGGCCUGCCUGCCCAUUGACCGACCCACAAAACGGCAUCACGUUCGGCGGCGGCGGCGGCCCCCCGAGGGAGAACUUCCUCCUCUUCACUUUAGUGUGUGUUGGUUUUUGCGCAGCCUCCUGGAACUUGAUUGAUUGAUUGAUUGAUUGAUUGAAUAAAGCGUGAUUGUCAGCACAGCAGCACA